GCGUUCUGUACGGUCGUCUUGUGUGCGCAAUUGAUAGUCGUUUUCGUGUUUUUCGCCGCUAAACCAAAAGCACCGACAGCAGACGAAUAUCUAUUUACGCGCGUUUUGUUAUAAUCGCGAUCAGUGUCGCACGCGUCGUUUACUCCGACAACGGUUUUUCGCGCCCCGUUUGAGUCCGUGUUCCCGGGGUCACCGUGCAUAAACGUAUGGCAAAUUUUCGCCGGUCACCGGCGCCGAAUCACCUUGUCACGGCCGUCCAGAAAUCGUCGCCGACAAAAGUUGAUCUCUUGCAAGGUUGAUCAACACCGGUCACAAUCGAACCGUGCGGAAAUCCGCACAGAAUAUUAUAGUUUACCGAGGUAAUCACGAAAUUCAUCCUUAUAAAACUAACCGCUUUCUAAACUGUUUAUAUUGAAUUUAUCGACAAAAGCGCGGACUUUUGCCGUACACCAUACCACUAUGAUAAUAAUAAAUAACAAUAUUAGAUAUAUACCGGCAACCAGCGACUCGACUAGGAUUUUUUGAAGAGGAGUAUCACGUGUCGGCAUUUAAAAUUAAAACCACGGUUUUUAAUGUAUUUUAAUGUAUUUUAAUAAAUUUAUAUUUAUACAAAACACCUCCCUCCCUUAAUUGCGCCACUGACGGUAAUCCUACACAUUUUCCGGUCCGACCAUCAGUAAUAAUAACAGCCACUUACCCAAAUUUCUGGUGGAUACGUUGACAAUUUUUAUUAUUUUUUUUUUGUCAGUUUGUUGACCGCGUGUGUCACACUUCCAUUUUAAAUAUUACUCAAUAUACCCACAUACCUAGUGUAUAUUUUAAUAUUUGCAUUAAGUAUGUUACUUCGCACAUUUUCACGUAGGUAAUUAUAUUAUGUUUAUAUUUCUACUGUGUAUAUUUUGUAGCUGCUAAAACAGAAGGUAGGCCCACUGGCCACUACGCACAACACGCAUUAGCUAUAGAGACAUAGAGUUUAAACUUUUAAACGUUACCCGUUUAAAUUUCAAAUAUAGGUGUGCGCAGACAUCGAUGACAGAGUACCUAGUCCACAGCGGAUGAGUGGGUUAUAUAGGAGCAUUCAAUUUACAUUUUGUGUAUUUUUAACGUAUUUGAUUAACAAUUGAACCUGAAAUGCUAAUAAAAAAAAAAAAAAAAAAGUGAUACGAUAAACCGAUUGUAUUUUAGCAAUAAGAAUAAUGAGUUAUUAUGAUAAAUUUCGUUUUGAAUAUUCAAACUUUUUUUACUAAAUAUUCUAAAAACUCGAAAGUUCCAAAUGGCUAAAAAUAACUCAAAAAAGCCAAAAUAUCAUAAAAAUUAUAUCCAAAAAAUAAUAAUUUAAUAAUAAUACGUAUGUUUUACAUAUUUCAGGUUUCUAUAUAAUUAUUCCUUACUCAAUAAUUGACAAUAAAUAUAAGUAUAUUAAGUUAUUGAAAAAAGCACAUAAUAUAGUUAUCUAAAACUCUCUGUUGGCAGAUGACUAUUCUGCAGAUUAGGUACUCUGCGCACACCUGUAUGGUUUUAUAUUUGAGUUACCUAUCUCUUUAAUGAAAUAGUAUUUUCAAAUCUAAUGUUGAAUCUUGUUCAAACCUAAUAAUUAUUACAUACAGGUUGGUGUAUUUUAUGUUUCUGCCUAUUAGUCAUCCAAUAAAAUUUAUAAAUGUAAGUUAACAAUUCCUUCAUAUAAUUCUGCUAUAUAAAAUUGUCUGAUAAAAAUGAAUAUCUAUUAUUAUUUAUAUACAUAAUAUGGGUAGUAUUAUAACACCUAAUAAUAACACAACAUAUAUUACUAAUAUUACCUAUGUUUUGUAAUAUUAUUUAUUAGAUUAUUGAUCUUUAAUUAGUGUGAAUAUUAGGCAUUGUUACCAGGGAAACCCUCGAAUAUUUAUUUACCAUCAUCCUGCAGGUCUUUUUAAAUUUUAAAUCAGUAUUAUAUUAUGAACAUAGUUACUAUAGAACCAAAGUGACAUCGUAAUCGCUAAUUACUAAUCUAUUACCUGAAUUAUGAAAUUAUUGAUAAUAUUGACAUUAUUGAUAUGUUUAUUAUGUAUCAUUAUUAAUUGGAUGGUUUAAAAAAAAUUAUCUUCUUUAAGAAGAUUAAACUAUUUUAAAUUUAUCUGGGGUAACUACCUAAUAACCCUAUGAUUAAUUAUUUAUCCUCUGGUUUAUCCCAUGGCAUGUGUUAAGUAUUUACUUAUACAACUAUAAUGAUACAUAGAUUAUCAACAAUCGAUUUGACCUUGUCCUCUCUUUGAUAGUUAUAAGGUACCUAGUAGUUACUUAAGUAAAAAUUUUUUUAUCCGAAUAUACAUAGUUUCCAAUACUGACCAAUAUUAUUUUAAUGUAUCUACCUCUUUAUCUACCUAUUCAAAAAUUAUAACGUUCUCCUUGAUGUGUUCACUGUAAGUACCUAAAUAUAGUUUAUUAUCAAUGUGUUUGUUUUAUUGAAAUCACUUUAAUUAUUAAUUCUCAAUUAAUAGUAAGAUAUGCUAUUAAUUGUUUUGUUUAUUGGAAACACAUUUUUUCUUUACCUUAUGCGAUUAAGUACAUUAAGUGAAACUUCUUUUUAAUACUUAUUACAUUAUAUCAUUCAUAUUUUGUUUAUCCCGUAAAAAUACAAAUUAAUAAUUAUUUUCUGAUUAUUCGUGUGGUGGAUUAUAAUAUUAUUAACUAUUACUGAGUUUUUACACUUAAUUUAUUGUUAAGAAAAUGUUUAGCGCCAAGUAAAAGUUUUAGUUAGUGUUAGGUGUUUAUCAAUAAUUAUUUCCGUCUUUACUUAAUAUUAUAAUUAUUUUAUUUCAUAAUUUUAAGAGGACAUUAUAUCCGCAUCUACUGUCUCAGUCAAACUACCGGGUAACAUGCAAAAUUAAUGCUUACGUAGAAUAAGUAAAAUUAGUUUAAUUUUGAUUUUAGCGUAAAAGUACCAAUUAUGAAAUUUAAAGAGAACAAUAUUUUGUAGGGAGUAUCUAGAGCUUUUGUAUUAUUCAAAAUAUACACCUCUAUAUAAAAGAUACAAAAACCUUUAUUUUAAUUUUUUAUUUUAACUGUAAAUUUUUAAAUAGUUCAUAUUUCAAAAAAAAAAUACGACUUCCCUCCAAAAAAUUGUGCUCUAUAAAUUUUAUAAUAGGUAAUUUUCCUCUAAAAUCAAAAUUAAGCUAGUUUUACUUAUUUGGCUUAGCAUUGUUUUAGUAUGUUACUCAAUAGUUGGACUGAGAUAGUAGAUGUGGGUAUAACGUCCUCUUAAUGUACGAAUUGAGUUUAAAAAAAUUAAUUAUUUUUUAUUUAAUAUUUUAGUUGAAAGACACAUUCUAUUGAAGUAAAUAUGACGAAUAUUGGACGUAUACGGACUGUAGUUUUAGGAAGUUCUCGCGUUGGAAAAUCAGGUAAUAAUAUUAUUAUAUUUUUAUUUAGUUUAUUAAGGGUAAAAUAUUUCUAAAUAUAUGGUACCUAAUGCCUAUUUAAUAUUUAAUCAUAAACCCUCAUACCUCAUUCAAUAUUCAAAAUUUUAACAGAAAAUGUACUUGUACUUUAAAUCAAAAUUAGAUCUGAAUUAGAUCUAUUUAUAUGUUCAAUGUACAUUAUAUAAUAAAAAAAAAAUUAUAUUUAUUAUCAUAUUCUAUCAAUUAAACAUUUGAUGAUAACAAUGUAAUAUUAUUCUAGUAUUUUUAAUAAGUAGAUAAUGGUAAUAAAGUAGUAAUGAUUGGUAGUGUAGAUGCUUAUGUUUUGAUAACCUUAAAUUUAAAAUCGUAUUAAUUUUAAAUUAUAAAAUUCCAAUUGACCGCGUUUUUUUGUCUUAAAUUGUACAGAGUUAAAAAAGUGUUAUAAUUCAGGACAUUUUAUCAGAAAACACCCCCUAAGUUGAUUUCUGGAGAAAAAAAAAUAAAAAGAUAUCAUACAAAAAAAAUUUAACAAUAAAGUUAAAACCAAUAGAUCAAUGUUUACAGAAUAAUUAUUGACUUCAACUAGAAUUAAUAAAGGAAGAAUUAAAUUUUAGUAUACAUUUUUUCUAUUUAUAAGAUAUAAAUAGGCAGGUAUUAAUAAUAAUUAUACUUUUACUAAAUUAUAGUUAAUUAUUAUGUAUAAAAGUAACAUUAUCACUAUGUAUUAGUAGUGAAUACUAAAUUUUAUUGAAAAAUUUGGUUAGGUUAGGUAAUUAGAAUUGCUAGAUCUUAAUUAUAAUUGCUCAAAUUAUUUCAUAAUAAAAUAUUUUAAUGCUUUACAUUAAGUACAACUAUUUAUAAAUUAUCCUAUAGAGUAAAAUUAGGUCAUAAAUAAUAUUAAAACAGUUUUAUUAAGCAUAUUUUUAAUUUGUACUAUAAAAAAAAAUGAAAAAUUGUGUAAUUAAAUCUCUUGGAAUUUCUUAGAAAAAAAAAAUGUUUUUAAAUGUAUAUGGAUACAUAAUAUUGUAAUAUCUAUUUGACCAAUGAAAAGUAAAUAUAGUAAAUAUUGUUUCACCUAAGGAAUUUCACAUUUAAUGUUUUGUUUUAAUUUUCAAUUUAGUUAUAAACAAAUUAUUUUUGCUAAAAGAGAAUUCAAAUUUUUAGAUAUUGAACACAAACUAUUUAUUUGCUAUUUACUAAUUUUAUAUAAAAUCAUUAAUUUUUUUUUUGUUUGAACCAAUUUUACAAUUUGUUAUUUUAACAUAGUAGUAAAACAAAUAGAAAAAUGUAUCAUACAGCUGUUACAAAAAAAAAAAAAAAUAUUUAUUUUUGAGCUGUAAAUCUUGUUCCACUAAGAAUCUUUUAUGUAUUCAUACCUACUUGACUUUAUAUAAUGUAAUUUAAUAAAAUUAUAUAUAUUUGACAAUGUGCCUUUUUUAAUUUUGGACAAAGUUUUAUAUUGCCUGCGUGUUAUUUUUUUUUCAAAAUAAAAACUACAAUAAUAGUAAAGUUUUUUCUACUUAUGAGAAUUAAAAAUUGAAAAUUUCCAAUCAUAAUUAUUGAUUAAUAAUAUCUCUAAGAAAUUAAAAUAAAAACAAGUAAAAUAUUUGUUGAUAUUAUAACAAUAUUUCGGUAUUUGUAAGUUUUUAAAUUAGGUUUAUAUAAUUUUUAUUAUUUCAAAUUGCGAGUAAAAAGUUUAAAGUGGAUUUUUCCUUAACUUAAUAACACCUGUAGCACUCUAUACUAUAUAGUAUAGUCUCACUGCUAAUAAUAAUAAUUAUUGAAAUAUUCAAGAGUGUGAAAUGUAUUUCAUUAUAAAUAAUGGUCAUAAUAUUAUUACGGUAGGUACCUAUCUAACUGUAUAACCUGAAUAACGAAUAUUAUGUUAGUGCGUACCUACUUGUAUAUUAUUAUAUACCUAUAUACCUAAUAUUUUGUAGUCCAGACGUUUGGUUAGAAUUCUCGGUGCGCACAUAUGUUUAUACGUGCCGAAACCUAAUAUGGAAACAAUGACUAUACGUAAUAUAUAAUAAUUUCAAUAUUUCGUCUAUAUUAAUAAAGCCGCAACUGUAGUUUUCUAAAUUGGUUAGAGAAGACCUGAAUCUAAAAAAAAAAAAAAUAAUCUUUAUUAUUUUAUAGCGUAAAUUAUCGGCAUUUUUUUUCAACUUAUAUAGGUUUGUCUAAUUCUCCUAUUCUCAAUAUUAUAAUUGAUUACUCGCCUUUUCUCUUAGUUCUUUGAAGUUUUCGGACUCUUGCAUUGUUUUUAUUUUGUUCUACAAUAUAUAAUAAGAAUCACGAGGAUGGUCUAAACCUUCCCCUUACAACCACUUUAAUUUAUUACAAGUUAAAUAGUCAUAAGUUUCAAUAUUUUUUCCUAGCAAAAAAUUAAAUGAUAAAAGCAUGCGAUUCAUAAAAAUUAUAAACAAAUUUUGCUUGAAAUAGUGAAAAAAAAAAAUUUAAAACAUAUGCCGUUCAAUUAGAAUUAUUGCCUUAUACUUAUUAUUGUACAAAAAAAAUUGCCUUUAAAUGUAUCGAUUUUCCUUGGAGAUACUAAGGGUGAUACGGAAUUUUUGGGAUAUGCUGUAUUGUAUUGUAUUAAAUAGUAAUAAGUAAUAACUAUUACUUAUUACCGUCCUGACCAACUGCUCUUUAAUAGAGGAGGUUACCGUCAUCUACCCCUCCUCUGAGGACCAUCGGGGCAUUUUAAUCACUUUCCAACGGCUUGCAUUAAUCGCAUCCAUAAUGUAUUUACCUUUUUUUUCAAUAAUAUUCCCAUAGUACUUUUUUAUUUGUUUUCCUUUCUAUUCAACUUGUUUUUUCCAUGUACGACUGGGACAACAUUAUCAUGAAAAUUUUAUUUUGUUAUUUUUUGGGAUUAUUUACGACUCAUGUUUUACUUUUAUAUUUAUGUGCAAACCCUCUAAACGUAUAGGUUCCUUUGUUUAAAUAAAUCUCUGGGCAUUUUAAGUAGGAUUUUAGCUUUAGUAGGUUUUCUGGGGUCCAAAUCUGUAUAUAGUAAAUUUCAUAGGACACCCAGUAGAGUAAAAUUUUGCUUAACUUGCUAGUAGUGUUUUCCCUACAAAUUAAAUUAUAAGAAAUACUUUCACUGGUAAGAGGGGAUGACUGGGGAAAGUCCAAAUAUCAGGAGGAAGGUUUGAUCUAUCUGCUAUAAUGAAGCUUUUCUAAAGAAAGCGGGAUCUGGCACACAGUUGAUAUUCACUGAAAAAUAUCCCGUGUAGUCUGUUCUGUAUAUUAUAGCAGAAGAAUAAAAUAAUAAUAUUGGAGCGCGUUGAUUUAAUUAUAUAAAAAUUGAAAAUGCGCCGUAAUGGCGAACGAAUACAGAUAAUAAUUUUGUUUAUUCCAUAUUAUUAUUAUUUUAUUUUUACGUUGUUGUAUUUUAUUCCCGCGUGUAUGGUUCCGAUCGAAACGCGUGUUUAUGUAUAAGAUAUGAAUACUGUGAAUAAUGAUAUGAAGUACGAUUAUUUUUAUUCUAUACAAUAUUCAAAUUGCGUUGUGCGAGUUCCGCACGACGAUAUAAAGACGAUUUAUUUUAUUAUUUUAUUAAAACUAUCGAUCUAAGUUUGGGCAUCCUUGUCAAACGAGGUGCGUAUUUCUUCUCCUGUUAAGAGAAGUACCUACAGCUACUGUACACACGAUACAGCUUAAUAAUCACGAAUCUCUUUGUAUUUAUAAAUUGUGUCUUUUUAUUUUCUUUGAAAUGUCUAAAGCUUAUAAUAAUGAAAUACGCAAUUAUUUUCAUAAAUUACGUAGAAUAUUCAAACCACCGCGCGUCGUUGUCGUGUCAUUCUUUAUGUAGUACAAUUAUUAUAGUAUUAUACUUUUGAUCUGCGGAUUUACAACUGACGACUGCUGCAACAGUAAUAGGGAAUUUUUUUUUUGUUUUGUACCUUUUGUAGGUACUAUCCUAACUAUACUUAUCAUAUUAUUUAUUAUCAUUUAUAACGUAACAAAAACACUAAAAACUUAUGUUUAUAUGAUAACUAUCGUCGCACGAACAUUGAGGUUGGGUACCACCGCCUGUCUUAAAUCGUUGAUUUUUGCAGGUUAAUCGGUGUUUAGGUUGAGUUGUUUUUUUUUUUUAUGUUAGUUGUAUACAAUUUAACUGUUACCUACAACAAUAUUAUAUACUAUAAUAUACGUCAGACGCGUAGGUACCUACUUAUUUGGCAUGUGACGCUGUGCCAAUUUCAUUUUUGACAACGGGCAGAUUGCAAACCAUAAAAAAAAAACCCCGAAAAAAACGAGAGCGAGGUCAAAGUUUUUGCAACAGAUUAGUAUUUUCGUUAGUUACAGCGUACCUACCUAUAUAUAAUGCAAAUAAAGUAUGUUUAUAUUAAAUAGGUAGAUACUAAUUUUUCUUGAGUAAAGAAAAUAUUAAUAUUAUUAAUGAGUUAUAAUUUCUUUCUGAAAACGCGUGUGUACCUAUACCAUAAUAUAUAAUAUUAUAAUUUAAUUAUAUGAGAUUGUUUUGAAUUAAUUAAGUCGAUUAUAAUAUAAUAUAAGUAUUAAGUAUCUUUACCUAUAUAAUUUAUUAUAACAGUGAUCCAAGGCCUUAGAUAGGAAAACCAUAAUAUCUGUAUAGGUAACUUGGUUACUAUUUUAAAUCUAUUUUGAUUUUACCAUUAGAUAACAUUUGUAAAUUAUUAUUCGUGUAACGACUGUCGUACGAUUACCGCGAGAGAAAUGAGAAAAUGAAGUUGCAAAUAAUAUUAUGACAAACACUGUUUGCAGGCUUAAUUGAACUGGCUUUAAUAAUAGUCGUGAUUAUAAAUAUUGUUGUUUUUUUUUUAGAUACAUUUAAAACGCUUAAAGCUGACGUGAAAAAUAAUAAGUACCAACAAUAUUUUUAUUAUGGAUCGUACUAAGUAAAUUUUAUACUAUUAAACGCGCUACCAAGGGCAUCCAUCUUCAAAAAUCCAAGGGGACACAUUGUAUUAUUAAUUUAGUUUCUGAGUGUAUACUAAGGGUGUACUAUGAUGUCUUAUUUUAGUUAUGUUUUUAGAAAAUACUUAAACAGUAAAACUGUUCUAAUUUUCUCAUGCCAAACCAAGAUAGAUGCGGAUUUUUCGCCUGUUGGUAUUUAAUUUAAAAAAAAAAUGUGGAUUUGACACAGUUUUUCUAUAAUAUUGAAAUGCUAAUAACAAACUUCCAUACAAGUUUUAUAUUUUUGUUGAUUACUGCAGGGUAAGGCAACCCAGAAAUCAAAAAAAAUAUACGGCUAUACGGUAAAAAACUUCUAUUAAUACUACUCAGAUUAGUUUUUGUUUCCAAUGAUUUAUCGUUGCCUACAGUACAUAAAAACAUUAAAAAAUAAAUCACUUCGUAUACCUUAUAUUUUUUUAAUUGUAUCUUCAAUGAUAUUUUGAUAAUAAUUUACUUUUUCUGUUAAACUGUUAGUAUGUCAUAUGUCAUUCCAGGGGGCACAUGUUUCCCCCAUCCCUAAUCACAAUUAACGCCAAUGCUCGUUAUACAAUGUUAAUGGCUGUUAUCCGAUUAAGCACGUCUAUAAUGGUUUAUUGGCUCGAGUACGCGUAUAAACAAUCCGUUUUUUUUUUCUUAAACUAUUAGAUACAUUACGGUAUAGACGCAUCAUCGUUUCAGAUAUGAUAAUGUACGUAAAUAACAAUUCGCUCAAGCAAAAAACUCGACAAAUGCGGUAAACACAGCUGCGCCGAUGUACCUAUAAUACUUAACGAUAUUAUACGAUUUGACUUACUAUUUUUAUGUAUAUACGCACGCGGUUGACCUCUGUGUGGCGUAAGUAUAUAAUAUUUUUUAUGUAUCUAUUAUAUGAUAAUACUCCAUAAAAGUCGCUCUAAGACAAUGCACCAAUGCACAGUCGAUUUUAUUAUACACUCGAAUUUUUCCCGUACCUAUAUAUAUGUAUACAUCUAAGGCCAUCGUCUAAAUAGGACCGCGCGCGGUGUUGUAUAAGCGGAAAAGUCUGCGCAGUCGGUAUGGUUUAGCUUCCGAUCGGAUGAUGAUUUAUCGUGGCUUCGAAAGCAAUUUUGAAUCGUCGGCGAAAAAAACCCCGUAAUUAUAUUUGCCGGCUGCAAGUAUAGUGACGGCGGCGGAAACCCAUCGGGCCGCGGUGCGCAGUUAUUAAACAUUGAAAAGUUCCGACGGCCUUUCGAAUUACGACGCGGUGAACCUAAUAAUACCAGCUCUAUAUAUAGAGGCGUCUAGUCGUGAAACGUGAAACGUGAUUACUGAUUAGUGAUUACACACGUUUGGCGAGUAUAUGGGAUUCGCGGACUCGACUGUAAUGUAGGUAUACUGUGCGGUAGUAUACUUUUUUUAUUUUGUUUUGUUUUUUUUUGCGGUAUAGAUAACGAGAUAUGAUUGCGGUUUAUCGACUCUGCGCGCAUAUUAUAAUAUUAUUGCCGUACUACAGUCGAUCGCUGUAUACAAUAAUAUAUAAUAUGUAUAGAUUUCCUGAAAAUCCGCACGUUUUACGACUAUCUUCGCGCGUCUCCGCGGGCAGUCCGAAUCCGAUGCGGCGACCUCGCGGUAGCCCCGCGGGUUUUCUGAAAUCCGCCACCGUCACGCACUCUGUGUUUCUGUGUCGGGUGUAUCGCGUGUGCUACGGACGACGACAACGGCCGUCCGUCAAAACGCUUUGGACGACGGAGCCGUAACCGUACCCGUUCACGCGCACGCCGCUCGUUUUAUUAAUUACGAUCAUUGUCCGACCACCUACGUGUAUAACAUUAGUGUCGUUAUGACGAUAAUAAUAAUAAUAAUAAUAAUAAUAAUAAUAAUGAUGAUAAUUCGAUAUCAUCACAUGACCGACGGCUGACACCGAACAACACUCGCGCGCUAGCCUGUCCGCCCUGGACGUUUUAACGUAAUGCCCGAGCCGUGCCGACGACGACACGACGAGGCUGAACCCUUCAGUAAUUAUAAUCGGUAUACGUAAUAAUAUAAUGCGGUCGAGCAUCAUCAUAACAAUAAUAUUAUUAUCGUUAGUAUUGUACAGCUCUCGUUCAGAUGCCUACGCGGAUUGACGGUUGUCGCACCACAUAAUAUUGUGUAUCGACGUCCGACGUCGUCACAAUAAGUUGUUUUUUUUCCUAUAUAGUCGGUUUUUAUCGGUUUUUUGCGCUCGUAUCCGUGUAUUAUACUCGCAUAUCGCGCCACCAGUGACGCGUUUUAUUUAGGAUUUUUUCAUGUUAAAUACAAAUCGUAUAUGGUUUCCUGCUUUUCUUUCCGCGUUUGUCGAUUCUAUUAUUAUUAUUAUUAACUGCAUGCAAUACGUAUUUUAUACAAUGCCGGUACAAAUCGGCUUUUUCCCCGUAUACCUAUCGUCCUACCCGGUAAGGAGGGAAAAGGAGAAAAUUUUACAGAACAAAACAUCAAAUAUUCCGAUAUUAAUUCGGCCGACUCGCGGACGGUGUAUAUUUAAAUUGUGAUAUUUCACACUAUCUUAUCUCGUUUUAAAACUAAAAUAAAUAAAACUAACGCGUACAGUGUUCUAUCUAAUGUACUAUCCUGUUUGAUAACGGGUCGAUUCACCAUAAUAUUGAAAUUAUCCAUUGGGGUAUAUAAAUGGGGCUGGGGGCUUAAUCUCCUAGAAUCGCUAUAGCUCUCCCACAAAAAAAAAUAAUGAUUUCAUUAUAUAAUACAUUGGAAUAUAUCAUAAAGUGAAGCAUAACAAAGCAAUAAAAAAAGAAAACAGUCAUCAGUCCCCCUGAAAUUCAAACACAAUUUGCACCUACGUUUGUAAGAUGGAGCCAACAAUUGCACGUGUAGACUCUUUCUUCCUCGUAAUCAAAAAAUAAUCCUAUAUUUAUUACGUAAAAUCACACUCGGGUCUGUCAGAGGGACAAUUGGGACAAUAUGUUUUCAUUUCUUCCAUGAACGCCACCACACUUAUACUCUAUUCUAUACUAAUCGUACUCUGAAAUUUUAAACGCAGUCCCGCAGAAUUGCGGCCGGGGAGCUUAUUUACAGAUUCCUGUGUGAGUUCGACCCAGGCGUAGUAUUUUAUCCAUUAGGAUAUUAUAAGUAUUAUAGGCUUACACUUCUAGAAAACUGAUUUCUCAGGAACGGUAUUAAGUUUGGAACGACGAGUAGGUUAUAUCUUGUUAAACCGCCUAAAACUAGCUUGGUUACGUUUCGACUCGGGCCGAACUCGGAUAAGGUCCGUAUAGAUUCGUGAUAGGGGCGACGUAUAUCGUGGAAAAAACCAUCGUCAUAUUAUGAUGGCUUCAUAGGCGCUCAAAUUUCGUUUUGUAUAAUCACAUUUAAUUAUACAAUUUUUUAAAAGCUAAUGGGGGGGGGGGGCAAUGCGCCUGUGUAUGGCUUUAUAAUUAUCAACUAUAAAAAGAAAAGCAAUACUAAUUAAAUUGAGUUUUUAAAUAACAAUAAAAUAAGUUAUUUAAAAACUAACAACAAAAUAAGUUAGGUUAAUUGAUAAUACAGAGAUAUAAUUGUUUCGUCCCGCGGUACCUCGGAAGUCUAUGUCAAGAUUGUGUAUCCAUUCAACUGCGACCUUCCUAUGUAGCAGCAAGAACUCGACGUUUUCUCCGUAUCCUCGGUGGGGGAUGAACGUGUCGCCCAUAGAACAGACAGCCAUUCCUGCGAUGUCGAUCUCCAGUGUUGUUCCUAUUCCUCAUUGCUGAGUUAUUAAGCCGCGUAUCAAUUUUUUAACCUGACCCAACCGAGAUAUUUGCGCGUAUUAGCGGGGAAAAAAUAAAUACUAACAUCGCGUACAUUAUAAUACAGUCUUCGUCGUGUGUAUAGCCGCCACGCAGCUGAUAUAUGGGUCAAAUCAUUAUUACGAUACACGCGCACCUGUGUAUUAUAAUUACAAGGCGCCCGGGCCGAGGAACGCGCCGCCGCCGCGCGACCGGUCGUCGUGCGUCGAGUUCCGCGAUACCGCGCGUUAGAUAACCCAAUAAUUACCGCGUUGAUAGGAGGUUGUGGGAACCCGCCCCGCCGCGGCCCGGUCGCCGAUUUAUGAAUACGCAUAAAUAUUAAAUAUCGUACGCGAUUUAAUUUAUAUUUAUUAUUAUUAUUAUUAUUAUUAUUAUUAUAUUGUAUACGUAUAAUAAUAUUAUACGCGCAUACGCGUAUGUGUGUAGUGCCGCGCGAUAAACCGCUACGAGCCACGUCUGACAUUGCAGGCGGCGGCAAUGCUGUGGCGACGGGUGUCCAGGUAGGCGGCGGGGUUAUCCGUCACGUUGUUUGCGAAAUUUUUUUCGCGCUAGGAGGAAAUUAUGAAUAUGAUAGUAGUAAAAAAAAAAAAAAACCAGUAUCGCUCGGCCGCGUUCGUUUUACCACACUAAAACCUAUGCACGAUCCUCUCGCGCUCUCGACUGCAGGCCUCUCGAGAAAAACACCUAUAAUUGGUAGGUGGGUAUCGCGAUGUAAUAAUUAUCGAUUUUUUCAAACUUUCGCCUCAGUGAUACACGCGACUGGUCGGGACAGCCUUUGUGCGGUCGUUACAACACUGCUCCGCGUGGUAACGCCGAACCCCACCCCCUAGUAUGCGUGGCUGGUAUAUGAUGGUGUAGUAAAAAAAAUAUAUAUAUAUAUGGUUUACCAGGUUCUUAAAUAUUAUUUAAGUGCGAAAUGACAAAUUAUUGAAGUUCCUAACAGUAAAUUUCAAGCGUAACGACGCGAUAAAAUUUGAUUCAAAAAAGGGUAUACGAGUAUGUAGUUAUUUAUAAGUACUUGAAAUAAAUUUUAUAUUAUAGAUCUUUUCGUAGUUCAGUGCCACUGCGUCGUUCCGCAAUAUAAUAUUCUCUGUUCUGUGAUUUCUGAUGAAAUAUAUAUCUUUAUCAUCUAUAAUUCCCUUUAUUAAACUUUUGACUUUGACUUUCACGUUUCUUUAUCGGGUUUAACUUUUUAAUAUACGAUUUCCUUCUACUAUAUCUACCAUCACUUUUCUUACGGUCUGCCUCGUGGUAUUUUCCCUUUCGACUUCCAUUCCAGAACAACCUUUAUGCUAUCAUAUAUUUUCCGCUUUUUAUCAUUAUAGAAUAUGCCUCAACCGUUGUAUUAUUUGAUUUGUUACAAAGCUUUAUUAUAAUAUAUCCUCUUAUUAAAACACCUUCUCCAUUUAUUUGACUUUUGCUGCCUCAACUACACUCCUCCAUUAUAUAUCUUUGUAUACGCUAUCGUUUAUUGUUACUACUCAGGGAUAUACAUUAAUUGAUUAAGUCGUUAACGACUUUGCUUGUCCUAUGGGGUGUCAUGGUCUUUUCGCAUUUAACUUUCGGACCAAGGCUUUCUUCAAAAGGCUAUUUGAUUUUUUGACAUGGUUUACUUACUCGAAUCGUUUGCUCAUGCAGUAAUCGCUUUUAAUAUUAGGAUUUCAGUAGAUUAGUUGAACUUCUCUAUUUGUUUUUCUUCUGUGCACGUUAUUUUCUAAUAUUGGUCCAUACAUCCGUUUAAGUAUUCCCCUUUCAAAACUAGACAUUUUUCUUUAUCUACUAUACUUUAAAUAACUAACCAUGCAUUUAUACGGGCGCAUAUGAUGGUAAAUCUGGUCGUAUAGGAACCAUGAGUACAGGCGUUCCUUCGAUUGUAUAAACUCUAAAGAGUAAUUUUGGCUUAAACAAUUUUCAUAAAACAUAAUCAUUUAAACCUUAUGAAAUGUAUGCGAGAUAUAUUAUACAGAUUAUAGGUGUUAUUGUUAUUAUUAUUAUUAGGGACGAAUGAUUGCGUACUAAUCCUUUACGCCGUCCACCGUCGUAACAAAAUAUAUAUUUGUAUACAGAAAUAAAUAAUAUAUAUGUAUAAAUAUUAGUAUGGAUUACGGAAUUCAAUAGGUGUUUAAUAUAAUAAUUUUAUACGUAUACUUACGUUUCUGUGCGCGUGAAUAAUUUAUUAUGCAUAUUAUUUAUAUUUAGAAUAAAACAUACGAACAAUAAUAUUAUAUUACUUUAUUCGAUUACUACGUAUAAUACUAUAUACGUCUUUAAAACUAAGAUAUGUGUGCGUAUGAGUGCGCAACUCGAACCGAUUGUAUUUCGAUACUAUAGGGAAAUGUGUGUGUAUGUGUGUGUGUGUGUGUGUGACGCCCAUGCGUAAAACCGUGAAAGGAAAUACGAAUCUAUACGAUUCUUUUUUACGAUAUCGCGGUUAGAAUAAUAUUCCCAUCAGUCGAGAGUACCUUAUAUACUUGCACGGGGACGAAGAUACGUUUACAGAUUAAAAUUCGAUACAGGUGAAAUAAUUAAUACAAAUAUUACGGAAUCCGUUCUAUGUGUAAGGUACCUAUUUUAGAUUUCGAGCGAAGCGAGAAAUGUAUUGGUUUUACUAUGAUGUGUUUUUUUUUGUGUUUGUAAACAACUUUUCAACCAGAUAUCUUGCUCCAAUCAACAACUUUAUAGGAACUUUUAUGUGUAGCAUUUUUGAUUUAGUUGGUGUAUUAGCGAAGUCAUUUUAUUGAUUUUCAUUGUAGUUUCUUUAAUAAAUGGGAAAAAUUGACGACGUUUGUAAAAUUUGUAUAGAUUUUUGGAAAUUACUUUGAUAAUAAUAGGAAAAGUACGUCUAAUUAAACUCCGCUCAGAUCGUUAUUUGUUAAAAAUGGUUUUCAAAACUGUUCAAUAUAUUCUCCAUUUCAACAUCUCUCCUAAGGCUGCAAUGUGUCUCUGUAGUACAACCUUUUUUUUUAAUAAUGAUACUGCCAUGUCAGUUUAAUUUUGUAUAGUUGUAAUAAUACUAGUACUUACCUAUAUUCAGAGCCUGAUCAACCAAUAGGCUGAAAAGGCUGCAACCUAGGACGCUGUUAAAUGGUAGGGGGUGCAACAAAAUAAUUUUCUUUUAAAUUGUUUUUUUUCAAACUUGUAUCUCCUAUUUUGACCUAUUUUUUUUUUUGGAGGGAGGGUAUUGAAGAAUUUAUAGGCAAGACCAAGAUUUUUUAGGUGGUGAUGAAUACAUAAAAAAAGGUUAUCGCCAAAUCAAUUCCAGCUUACUGGUGGUAAAACCAUUAAUCAGGUUCUAUAUUAGCAUGUAUUAGCAUGUAUUUACAUGUAUAGAUUAUACUUGGAAUAUAAUAUUAUUGUUACGUUUUUAAACGAAUCGAAGUAAUAUGCGUAGUGUAUUAUUAAUACACUUUACGUAUAUUAUAUUAUAUUCGAUAAAUUUUAGAAGUUUUAAAAAAUCGUUGGUAAAUGUAUGCUCGAUUUGCAUCACAUAUAAUUGCGGAAUAACGCAUUUCGAACACUGUUAUUAGUAACAAAAGUUCGAGUAUUAUUAGGGAGGCGUAAUUUGACGUGUUAUAACGAAAAAAAUGUUCGCCUGUCGAAUGAUAAUAUAAUUACGGCGAUUUAGGCGUUUUUUAAACAUAUUUUACUGUACGAAUAUAAUAUAUAAUUAAGCGUGUGUUCGUUGGCGCCUGAAAAAAAAAGGAACCUAUUAAAAUAUAUAUCUGCUCAAUUUUUAUAUACCUAACGUAUAUGUAUUCGAUAACAACUUUUCAUAUUGCUAAUAAAUUAAUAUUCAUAAAAUUGUGUACCUAUAUUCAAUCUAUAUAGGUGAUAUCAUUUUUUUUUUUCAAAUUGCGUACAUCGUCCACAUACGCAUUCCGAUAUCAGUAACAUGUGCAGAAACCCGUGAAGUAAAUAAUAUCGUUUGCUUGGUAAUUGCGUUAUAUAAAACGAGCUGAGAAAAGUGUCGACAUUAACAGGUGUCAUACACACACAUAUACAAACAUACACACAUUAUAAUAUUUAACUUUAGUAAAUUUAAUAAGAUCUUAAAACUUGAGGGGGGUAGUGACGUAUGUAGAAAUUAAUUUGGGAGGGGGGUUAUAAAAAACUUUGAGUUUCAAUUAAUAUAUAGAUUAAAAAAACACAUAAAUAUGCUAUACCAACCAUAAAUUUUGGGGAGGGGUGAACCUUCAAAACCAUCCCCUGUAUAUGCCAUUGAGGGGGGCUUAUUUUAAGGUAUUUUCAACUUUUUCUUUUGAAGAAGGAGAGCACAAUUUUUGAAAGUUUCAUAGAUUGCAUAAUAUGUAUAGGAAUUUUUUGUAUUUUGAUGUUUAAAAUUCUCUGUUUACCUUUUAUUACUAUAAUUUUGUUUAUAUUUUUAUAUAUUUUACAAUUAUUUGUUAAAGUUUCAUUCAAAAUCAAAUUAAUUUAUUAACUGAUUAAUAUUCAUCAGUUGUAUAGUUUAUACAGAUAAGAUAUUUUGUAGAACAUUUUUACUAGUGUUAUUAAAAGGGCGAUAAUGUAUAUUUGUUUGAGGAAGCUUUACGUCAAAUGUGAUAAGUGUUUGCUGCAAUCUCGUUUUAUUUUCCGAUUGGACCAUUUGAAUGAAAACGAGUAGUAUUUACCUAUACACUCCUCAUAUAAAGUGAUAUACGAUGAUAUUCAAAUGGUGGAAAAAUGGUAGUUUAGACUGCAGAAUAUUUGGGUCUCGCGCUUAUGAAAGACUUCGCACGCAAGAGAGAAGGCGUAAAUUGGUGACGGGUCGUGGCGUCGUCGCGGUGGUCGGCAGCACGAUCCACACUCUGCAGGCUCUAAACGUCACCUCGAGCGCAUGAUUUGCAUACCACACAAAUUAUAAUAAUAAUAAUAACGAUCCGGUCUUUAGUUUCAUAGACGGUUUAAAUAUAAUAAAUAUAAUAUAUUAUAACUGCACGAUAAAUGAUAGUUAGUAACGAUUAUAAUAAUAUAGGAGGUCAUAUUAUACGCUACCGAUAUAUUUUAAGGGAUGGCGUAUAGACAAUUUUAACGAUUCUGAGCGGAGUUCUGUUAUACAUGUUUUAAAAGUCUGCAAUAUGUAUGAUUUUCGUCAGUAUUUUAUGCUAAAAUUCAUUAAAAAAAAAAACAUAAAACUUACAUUUUUUUUUGACUAUAUAUAGUGCAACUUACAAUGAAAUUACUGUCAAAUUUUUAAAAAUUUCUGUUUGGUCUAACAAUUUUUUCCACAGAUUAUUACUACCUACUGACCUACUGACUAAAAAUGAUGUUUUCUCAAUUAUUAUGAAAACCACUUGAAAAAUCAAAAAAUGACCUCCCUUAAGAACCACUCCAGGAAAAGGUACUAAACUUGAAAAUUGGAGUAAGAUUUCUGGUAGAAUUUUUUUUGUACACAGUAUAAAAUAUAUUAUAUACUUAUAAAAAAUAAACAUAAUUUUAAAACUAAUACAUUCUUCGCUUCGCUCAGAAUUUAAAACACAUGAGCAGAAAAGUGUAGUACAGUAGUCGAAUUUUCUUCAGCUGACUUUUCAUAUUUUUUUUUAUAUAUACCGAUAUAAGGAGUUGAAUAAAAAAAAGUUUCAUUAAAAAAUAUAAAAUAGUUCUGGACAUUUUUCUUGCAUACAAACAAAUGAUUGGGUUAGGGAUUGGAAGUUAUUAAGCCUUAUAUAUACACACCCUUGACCAUAAUUCUAUUUAUGUAUGCACAUUAUUUAACGAAGUUAUACUUACUUUCAUGAGCCUUUGAGGAGGUUUAUAGCGUUUAAAAGUAGCGGAAAAUUAUAUAUAUAUAAUAUAUUAUACAUUUUCAUAUAUUAUAUAAAAGUAACAUUAAUAAUGUGUUUAAUGUGUUAAUAGUUUCUAAUAUCGGGGAAAAUUCGACAAAAGAAACUAACAUUUACCAAUUCAAAUUCACUUUCUUAUAAAUAUUUAUACUAAAUGACGAUCCCAAAUACUUAUAAUAUUAUUAUCAUAUAAUACAAGUAUAUUUAUCGUGUAAUUGUGAAAUUUUUUCGAAAACAUGUUCAUGUAAAACAGAAAGUGUAAAAAAUACUUUCAAAGUAAUUUUAGAAUUUUUUUUACUCCAACCAGUAAUAAGUUUUAAGGUUAUUAGAGGGCUAAUUUUAAGAAUUUUAAAUUCAGAAAACUUAAACAAUUUGUUUUACUAUUACGUUAAUAUUUCUCUGUAUACGAAGUUAAUAAAGUUGGUUGCUGUGAAGUCUUGUAUGAUUAUAUUUUUUUGGAAGUUUUCUUUGAUGAUCAAUUACUACACCAGUUCUUCUUAGGUAUUAUGAACUAUCGAGCAUCAAUGUUCUCGAAUACCACUAAUUGGUACUUAUAGAUAUUUGAAAAUGAAAAAUAAGCUUUUUACUUAAAUAAGGGUUUUUCAUUAAAAAAAAAGCAGAGUUUUUUUUAUAAAUGUAUAAUUCACCAAAUAAAUAUAUCGGAUUCUAGAUAAAGUUUUGAAUAAUAAUUUUCAUCGUAGAUUGCUUUACGUUAAAAACCGUGAAGUCUGAUAUCUUCUUGUAAAUUAUUUAUAUUAUAAAAAAAUUGUAUAAUAAUAAUAUUGUUGGAUUGUCAUGAAAUCACCGGAGAGAGAGAAUAGUAUGAUAAUCGUUUCGGGUUUUGUUUUUCUUUGAUAUAAUUACCGUCGCAGCUUCCCUCUUGAAGUACUGCGGAAGAUAAAAAUCGGCAGAUUUCCUAUUUCGUAUAGAUACACGUGUUCGUUGGAGGGAGUUUUUUGUACGUGUCCGUCGGCCUGUUCCGUUUUUCACCGUUGACUAUCGGCGGCGGCGACCGGUUUGCUAAUUUUUUUUUCGUUCGUACGGUGUACAUAUUUUAUAACACGUUGAUUUCUUAUAUUAUUGUGUUUCUGUAUAUAAUAUACUCGCACAGUUUCGCGAUUUCUUCAAUAGUUGUCAUUAUUAUAUAAAUAUAAUAUCAAAAAAAAAAAAAAAACCCGCCGAAACGCAUGUAUCACUAUUAUAAUACUCGUAUUCACUUGUUUUUUUUCCACGAAAAUUGUUUUUUACGUAAAUAAGUAUAAUUUGUUUUUCACGCAUACCUAUCGCUAUCUGUGUAACCCGCAGACAACUGUUGAUAUUCGCGCGAUAAUCGACAAAGAGGCGAUGAUGUAUUAUUCACAAGUAUAAUAUAAUUAAGUUAUUAUGUAUAUUGUUUUUAUUAUUUUCGAAAAAGUAUAUAUUAUUUGCUAACAAUUUACAUUAUUUAAAAUAUUCUUUAUUGUAAUAUAUAUAAUUCACCCUAUAUAACGUGUGGUUUUAAAAAAAAAAUAUAUAUAUAUAUAUAUAUUUAGAGUUGUUUGUAAAUAUAUAUCUAUCUCAUGUGAUUUGUUGACCUUAAUAUAGUAUUGCUGUAGUAAAUCAAUUUAUUUUUUAAAAUUUAAAUUCAAAUCUAGGGGUAAUUGAUAUUUCAGAGGGGAUUUGAAUCCUAACUUCCUCUGCGUUCGCCACUAAAUUUUAUAAUAUACAUAUUAAUGAUGUUUCGGUCCUGAUAUUUUAGGCCUAACCAAAUUUGUAAUCAAAUUAAGGAAUUCGCACUAAACCAAACUAUUUAAAUAUUUUAUAGAACUUAAACUUAACUUUAAAAAAAGCUGAUACUAGGGACGGGCGCGGCCGCUGCUGUAGGUAGAUAGUUGGGAAGGUGGGAUACAUAAGCCAUAAGAAUGUAAAAUAUUGAAAUCGUUGUGUCGUAAUUUAAAGGAAAUCGUAAUUUUCGGGUUUUUUCAAUUAUUAUGAAAAAUAUUUUAGAUAUAAAAAAACUACUUUCUUUUUCAAUGGCUAUAUGUUAAAAGAAACAAAAUUGAUUUUUCGUAAUUUUUCGAUUGGAGCAAUAUUUCUGAUAAAAAACAUAAGUUGCAAAAAUUAAAACCAAUGAAAUCAGUAUGUAUUGUACAUACAAAUAUAAAUUAUUUAUAAUAUUUAAAUGUUAUCAUUUAAGAUUACUAGUUUUUUUGUGGAAUGUGACGACAGUCCUUGUUUACUGUAAAAAUAAACCAAAUUAAAUGUCAUUCCAAUUUUUGUGUCACUUCAUCAAAAUGAAUUUCUUCGAUUCGUGUGUUGAGAAUUUAUAUAGGUUCUAUUAUUGAUAAUUUUUAGUUCGAAAAUUGUACACUUUGUAAUAUUACUAAUAUAUAGAUGAAGAAGAAAAUUUUAGAUAUCAGUCGACUUUAGAUAAUUCUACAAAUACUAUUGCUGAAUGAUUUCCUUUAAGUUUAAUUUAACGCAUAUGUUAUAUUAUCACUGAUUGAGUAGGUAUUAAACAUCUAAACGUUCGGGCCAUUAAUGUAAAAAUAUAAAUUGAUUAAAACAAAUAUCGCGUAUAAUAUAAUAUUAUUAUGUAUUAUUUCGAGUAUUGGUACAUUUUUUUUUAUACGUUUUUUUGUUCUAGUGCAUACCUAUAUAUAAUUCAUAUUAAUAUCUAUAAUAUACGAUUUUUCUUCAGUUUAUUUGAUGUACUUAUCUUAUACUGUGGUUGUAUAAUGUUUAGCACACAUAAUAAUUUCAUGAGCCAUAUCAUGUUGAAUAAUUAUAUUAUUCUGUAACAUAUUACAAGUACCUACCUACCUAUAUCUAGAUUCUAAUAAGUUACCUACAUGUACCUAUAUAUAUCUAUUUCUAAACUAAUUCGCUGUGUACGUAUAAAUUAUUCAUAUAUACAAGACUUUUUAUGAUUUUAUCGGUAAAUAUUGACUAUAUACUCGUAUAAAACCUUAUAAAACAUACAAGAAGGUCGAGGUUUAUAAUCAUUGAUCACUAUACGCAAUAAUAAUGAUAAUAAUAUUAUGUUAAGUGCAUGCAUAUUUUACAAUAUGUAAAAAAAAAGUAUAAUAUUGCAUUUUAGCAAUGCAUUAUAAUAUGUAUCUGAGAUCUUUGAGUUGCAAUAUAUUUCAUAUUAUGUAUUAGACUACAAGAAUAUACUGAAAUAAAACGUUUUGUUCCAUAUUGACAUAUUAUUAUUGAUAAUAAAUACAGAAUAGAUUAUUGUUGAAUUCGAUUUUCGAACAUUUUUUAAGAAAUAUUAUUCCUGGGUUGCUAUUUUGUUACUGGGUACAAUGUAGAGACGAGGAAAUGUAAUUCGGGUAUUUAUUUCAAUAAUAUUAUUGAAGUUAACAUUUUUAACCAUUUUCCCAGUAUAAUAUAAUAUCAUUAUGGGCAUUUGAUAGUAAAAUAAUUUUUCGUAUAGUAAAAAGUUAUUCUAUAUAAUUUUUCGAAUUUUCAUUAAUAUUUUCGAUAAAAACUUUUCUCGACUUUACACUCAUGGAAAUAAACUCCAUAUAGCCAUAGAAAUAGCAUUGAAUUUAAUUUUUUGAACAUUUAAACACAAAAGACAACAGCCUUAGCUUAAUAAUGAUGCAGCGGUUCUGCUAUGAAAAAUUAUUGUUUACUCAAAAAAUAUUCUCUUGUGUUUCAAAUCAAAUGCGGGCGUAUGAGUACUAUGUUGUUAUAAUGGUUUCAAAAAUAAUAAAUAUUCAUCUAUAAUAACUAUUGUGCACGUGUAGUAUAAUAUUUAACUAACGAAUGGUGACUAUUGUUGGUUAAUACUCAAUACUAAAUAAAUGUGAUACAUAACCCAUCAUAAUAAAGAACUAUUAGAACUCAAAAUAAGAUAGUAGAAUAAUUACUUUUUACUUAGGUUAGGUUUUUCGAUCACUAAGGUAAAUUUUAAUGUAUCAAUUUUUAAUGAAAAUAGUGAUAUUUGUUUCGAUAUGAAAUCAUUAAAUUCAUAUAAUACCAUGUACAUAUACCUAUUACAUAUUAUUAUUAUAGAUAAAAGGUCAAAUAAUGAAUAGGUAUGUAUAUACUAUAUAUUAUGUAUAUAUUUUAAAAGGUCAGAAAUAUUUGUUAAUACGAUCAUAAUAUUAUCAUGAAGUUUUCGCUUACGCAUGAGAAAGUACAUUUUUUGACAGCCCGUUUUUAUUUAAUACCACUCUAUUAAUAACGGAGAAGUUGACGAGAUGAGAAUAAUAUGGCGAAAUCGAAAGUGCCGCUUGAGGAUGACAAAAGAUAAUAAAUUAAACUAACAUGUUUUUUUUCUUCUAAUAGACAGUAUUAAUCCAUGUCGUAUAGAACUAUAGAUGACUCUAAAAGAUACAGCGUUAUAUUUUAUCUUAACAAACAUUGGAGGUUUUAUAGAUUUACAGAUUUUGCAAUCCGUUCAAACAUUUUAAUCACCAUUACUUACGUAUAUCAUAUAUUAUAGGUUUAUUCAAAUAUUCUACUCUUUAAAUGUUCUUAUUCUUUUUUUUUAAACUCAAAUUUUAACUUAAACACCACAAUCAAUGUUAUAAAAGUAUAACGUAUAACUUUGUUAUUAAAGGAACGGACCGUUGCCAGUGCGGUUUUUGGCUCAAAAACAUGUUUUACAGAGAACACUCUCAUGUCUCGUAGAGUGGUCUGAUUAUUUUUUUGUUGGAACGAAAAAACUUCCUAUAGACUGUUCUUAUAGUUUAAUUUCAAACUUUAUUAUAACUCUUUAAAAAAGUCAAUUUUUAAAUUUUUUUAUACCGUUAUUUGAAAUCAAAUGGAAAAUUGGAGUUCAGUACGGUCUGUAGAAUGUCGUUUAUCAAUUCUCAAUUAGAAAAAUAAUAUUAUGUUGACAAUAAGAUCACUAUAUUCCCGCGAAUUAAUUUACUGAACCUUAUCUCCCUAAAUGGGUAUUAGGCAAUAGAUUAACGAGAAGUUUUAUCUUUAAGGCGGCCAUUCAAAUUUAAAAAAUAUAUUUCAAAUUUCACAAAAUUAAAGAAAAUUAAAGAAAAUUUAGAAAACUGGACUGGACCUUCUAAUGUCAGGUUGAGCCAUUAUAGAUAGAUCGUGUGUCAUCUCUAGGGUAAGUUAUAGGUACGUGUUAUGUAUGAAUAAGUAAAUGAUAUAUCUACUUUUUAUAUUAUUACGUAUAGAUUCAACUUAUUUAAAAUAAUAUGGGUAACUUGUAAAUAAUUGUCCGGAAAACCGUUCAUAAGUGCAGCAGAAUUUUCGGUAUUAUAAAGUGCUAUGUGUAGCAAAAACCCUAUAUAAAGUAUAUAUAUUAUUAUUAUUAUUAUUAUAUGGUAUUAUUGUGUCUGCGAAAUUGUAAUAGCGAACACGAUCCGAAACAGUAAACAAUAAAUAUUUUAUUAUCUUUCGAUAAAACAAUGGACGGGGUACUGCGAAAAUUUUUUUAAAGAACGAGAAGGAGUAAACAAUCACGCAACUGUAUAAUAUACUCGUGUGUAUUAAGAACGAACCUAUAGUACAAAAUAUUAAGAGUAUACACGAGCAAUAAAAUGGUUCAUUGUGUUAUGUUGAAAAAAAAAAUGAAUCUACGUACAAAUUAUUAUGCUGACCUGACCUCUUACGCGUUAUUAUUAAAAUAUAAUAUUAUAAAACCAUUAUUCAUGAUUGUUUACGCUGUAUUAUAUUUUAUAUUAGUGUGGUGUAUAUUCGACACGAAAAUUAGAUCUUAAUCGAAGACUUUUUUUUUUUUUUUAUUCUAUGUAUCGUUUAAACAAUAAAUUGUAAAUUACUGUAGGUUAUAUAUUAUUAUAUUGUUAUAAUAAUAUAUAAUAUAUUACCAUAAUAAUAUAUAUAAAAUAUAAUGUAUAGUUAUAUAUAGUUAUCUACACUACUCUCAAUGGUACAAUUUAAACGUUGUCUAUCAAAAUGUGUUCGAUACCUACGACGUCGUGUUCCCUAAUUUCAUGCGCCAGGAAACAGUUUAACAUAAUAAUAUUAUAAUUAUCAGCUAUUUAGAAAUUCUAUCACGUUCUUCUCACUAAUAUUAUUUUGUUUAACAUAAUAUACUAUAGAUAUUUAUAAGAUAGAUUCGUUCGACAGAGAGACGAAAUCACUGUUGUGUACAGUUUUCAUGACGUACAUGUACUUAUAUUUCACUGUAAAUAAUAUUUCAAGUAGCAGUAAUUAUUAAUACCUGUCAAAGUUUUCGUUUAUACAAUAAUAAUUUGUUACUUAAAUUUCCGCGUGAAAUUAAUUUUUAAACGUAAUUGUAAUAAUAAUUUGCUGGUACCUAUUACUUAUGAAUAUUAUAUUAUAUAUUUGAAAUAGAAAUAUUUCGCGAGGAAAAAAAUUAUUAAAAAAAAAAAAAAAUGUUUACGAAAUUAUUUUAAACACAAAAGAAACGUGUUUUUUCUUUACGUAUAAAAAAAUUAUCCACAACAUUUUAUUAUCUUUAUUUUCUCGGUAUUUGUAAUUUGGAUAAUUUAUUAUUAUUAUUUCGUCUUUGCCUAUCAAGUAAUAUAUUGCAGUCCAGCAUAUUUCACUCGAACAAUACACUUACGCAAAAAAUAACAACAUUGUAAAAUCAUUUUUUCCCCCGCAUAUUUGAAAAUACAAUUCUAAAGAUAUAAUAAUGCAUAAUAUACUAUUAUUUUUUUUUUCAAACAAAUACUAAGAAUCACAUAUGAUUACGCUCAUUACUGACUUUUACUUUUACAAUAAAAAUAAAAAUUGUAAUAUAACCAAUGUUGGAACGUUGUGGAUAAUAUUUUUUUACAGUGGCACCUAACCUAUUGAGUAUAGAAUAUAGAUGAACUAAAACGAUCACUUCAAUUCAUUUAAUUAUUAUUUAGGUUAACAGCGGAUGGGUUAAAUUAGUAAGUAUAGAUAUAAGUUUUAAUGGCGUAUGAAGUAUUUCUUAUUGACAUACCUACUCAUGAUAGAUGCUAUAAAUGUAGCAUAAAAGCUUUUCAGUUAUUCAGUUAUUUAAUAGUUAAAAAUAAUUAUAUCAAUAUAAAUUAUAUUAGUUAGGUAGGUAUAUCAUAUUUCUUAUAUUUAUUGGAAUUUUCAACCCUACUUAAAUGAACGGAGGUAAUAUAGAAAAUAGAAAAUAAUAGAAAAUACAUUUUUAGGGAGAUCCAAUUUGAUGAAUAUUUUUGCUAAUAAAAUUUGAUAGCAUUUUCUACGUAUGAUAAAAUUUAGGGAGUCCGGUUACCUGCCAUGGGUGGAUGGGUUCUAUAAGUGGGUAAAAAUAUUUUGGCAUCUACAAUAGUUUUAAGAAUUUAGCGCCAUUUUAUUUUAGUAAGUUCCUAUAGUUAAUUUAGUAUCUAUAUAUAUGUAGAUAAUAUUAUGUUAGUAUCUUCUUCUAGGAACAGUAGCUAUUAGUAUUUAAAUAAAAUCGCGCAUGGAAAAAAAAUUAUUUUUACAAACGAAUUUUCAUUAUUUGUCUAGAUUUUACGGUUAUUUAUCUGUUGAAGCUAUAUAUAAUAGCUUAGUAUAUUCCUAUCGUUUCUGGGAUUUAGCACUUGCCGCCGUUGGUUUAAAAUAAUCAGUUGCAGGAUUUAUAGUAACACUAUUGAAAUAUUGAAUAAUAAUCCGAGACGGGAAUUAAUAAUUACCGUUUAAAUAUAGCUUAUGCAUAUUAUUACUGGUAAUUUUUUUUAUCAUUAUAAAACUCAUUAAACAAAUAACCAUUACGUGAUGUUUGCAGAAAAAUAAAAAAUACUGAUUUUCAUUUGAAUUUUAAAAGUAAGCUCCAAAAGGGCGUCUAAACAUAUUAUGCCCAUGUGUAAUUUUAUAUUAUACAUUUUAAUAUAUUCGUUCGUUAUAAAUUUAUUUUUGUUUUGCAUAGUGUUAUAUUAUGAAAAAAUUGCUUUAACAUAAAAUUUUGAUCACCCCCUGUAUAGUAAUAGAUAUACGCGUAUUACGUAUCGUCGUGAUAUUUAUUUUUGUAUUUUGUGAAAUUUUAAAAGUUUGAAUAUAUCACUAGAAAAAAGAAGUAUCGCGCGAUGAAGAAAAUGAUUUUACUUUUACUAUAUAAUAUAUAACUAUUAUUAGGUACAUUAUUAUGUAUAUAAUAUAUUAUUAUAUAGUUGAUAUUCGAUUAUCCGCGUCAAAUAUCGUACUCUUCUUCCAGUAAACAACUCAAUAUGGCGUGACAGUAAAAUAUAUAAUAUUAUGUAGAAAGUGAUAUCUUUUUUUUCUUCUCGAGAAUUCUUACUGCUGCUGCUGUCGCCGCUGCUAUAGCUAGCCGAUCGUCUUUUUCGGCCCAGACCUUUCAGAUCCUUGACCCGUUUUCUUAUAAUAAUAUACUCUACGGUAUAUUAUGCGGGUGAGAUAUUGCUGCGGCCAUGGCGUUGGCGAUGCGAGAGAAUACGGAAUAAAUAUCGCGCGUCGCGUAUACUUACACAUUUCCCUUGGGCGAAAGGUGAUAUUCGAUGUAAUAAUAAAGGAUACCCGAGUUUAAGAAAAAAAAAAAAAUAAAAUAAAAAAAUAAACAAACAAACAUUUAAGUAGGUACCUAUACCGAAUAUAUAGGGUAAAUAAUAAUAAUAUAGUACAAGGUCAUCACUGUGAAAUUAUACGGAAUGACCUGAUUUUCGUUUUGCGUAAAAAGCUGCAAAACUUUAGGAUUAGUAUAUCUACCUAUUAUAAUAUGCACAUUAUGUUUAGUUAGUUUAAUACACUUAAUACCAUUUUAUAUUGUAUAAUAAUUAAGUAAUAAUUUAUGUAGGUAUAUAAUAUAUAGGAAUAGGUAUUAUGCCAAGUUCACACGACCGACUUAGUCUCAACAAUAACGUCGAUCGACGAAUUUCAUUAUAAAAUCGGUUAUUAUUAUUUUAUUUUUUUUAUUUUACGACUAAUUAUUUCGUUCAUAGUUGUUUUUUUUUUUUAAAAAACUCCGAGGGAAACAAAUAAUUUAUUUUUACCAGUGAUGUUUUUUUUGUAUCUGUAAACAAUUUUUCUUGAACAGAAAUUUUGCUCUAAUUAAAAAUUUUAAAGACAUUUUCUUGUAGUACUUUUGAUUCUUGAUUGGUGCGUUGAAGUGGUCAUUUUAUAUUCUGAUUGGAGCGAAGAAGCUUAUGGUUUACAAAGACGUGUAUUAUUACUUUUGUUUUUCUGUGGAUGGACAAAUUUUCUACCAGAGAUUUUGCUCCGAUUUGUAAAUGUAGCACUUUUUCUGAAAGAAAAUCGAUAGGGGAGGUACUUUAGGGAGGUCAUUUUUUGAUUUUCUCAGGAGUUUUCUUAUCAAAUGUGAAAGACCGAAAAAACGGUACAACAUUAAACAAAUAUUAUUUAAGAACAUAUAUAAUUAUUUUACUAUAAAAUGACAUACAUUGUUGACAAAGCAUCAUUAUCAACUGAACUCCGCUCAAAAUCGUUUUUUGGUAAACAAUGGUUUAUCGUUGUUUACACAUAUACAUUAAAUUACUUAUAACAGUGACUGCACUCGAUUCCAUUAUCCUAGGACGUCUAUUUUAUUUUUAUAUUAAUACAUGGGAAAAACUAGAUAGUUUUUGGAUAAUUUUUGUUGAUUUCUGACUUACUUUGGCAACAAAGGAAAACACAAUUAAUUAUUGACAGAAUCGUUUCUCGUUAGUAACGACUUAUCAUUGCAUAAAUUAAAUUACUAGCCUCCCUUUUAACUUCCUUCUUAAAACAGUGUCACACUCAUCAAAAUUAUCAGCCUUUCUUCCAUUACAGCGGUAAUUUUUAUUUAUAAACUUACCUAUUUAAAAAUUAGUAUAUAAUAUAUAUUUAUGCGCAGAUAUGUUUAUAUAUUAUUAUACACGAUGAAAAUAAUUCAUGGGUAUACAUUAUUGGUGACAUACUACGUUAUAACGGCGUAUAUAUAAUAUGCUUCAGUAGACUCGAGUGGUAAUAUAAAUUUCGCCUUAUAAUAUUCAGUGUCAUAACAUCAUAAGUUGAAGUCGAAUUUGUAUACAAUAUAUUUAUUAUGUAUAUAUACCUAUUUACAAAAAGUUCAUAUUCAUUUUUAGGCAAUAAAAUAUUCAUUUACACGAUAGAUGGAAACAUAAUUUACAAUUCGUUCCUUUGUAAAUUUUUUCAAAGGUUUUUUUUUUCUAUAUAAUAUACAAUACAAUUAUUUUGUUGAUUUUAUAUUUUUACCAUUCGGUCGGGCAUUAAGUUAAUUAGGUAUAUAUUUUUUUCUGACUAUUAUAAUAUUAUAUCGUACACAAAUUCUAAGUAAUAAUUACUGAUUACUGUAAUUUGUAAAGUCGUCAUUUUUUUUUUGAACGGGAAUUUUACUAGGCGGUCGUUUGCUCGUUUCAUUCGAUUUUUUUUCUGCGUGCAAAUAUUUGACAACGUUUAUAGGUAACUUAAAAUAUAAUAUAUCCUACUAAAAAAAAAAAGAUACACGUUUGGAUUUUUUUGUUUAUAAUAACGUGAUGUGUUUUAUAAACACACUACGUUAUUAAACUCUGUUUAUUAUAUAAGUGUGCUAAAAAAAAAAAAAAAAAACGAUUCUGACUGAAAUUAACAUCUUUUAAAACGAACGAUUUUUACGAUUUUCGUCAAAAUUUGAACUUAAAACGCUUAUAAAAAUAAACUACGACUACAUAAUGCUCAAUUAUUUUUACCACAGCUUAUACAUUUUUGAGUAUUUCUAUUUAGUCAAAAUAAUUUCAUCCGCAUAAAUCAAAAAAUCUCAACACCAGAUUGUAUAGGUUUAACAUGUUUAAAAAAUGCAUUAUUUCUGGUAAAAAAGUUGUACACAGAAAAAAUACACAGCAUAUAUUAUAGUAAUAUAUACCAAUGCAUUCCUCGCUACCGGUCAAAAUCUAAAAGUAUCCAACACGAAAACCGAUCGAUUACAGCGGGCGUAAUUACCUAUAUAAUAUAUUAUGUAACUGAAUUAAAAUUUCCAACCGUGUUUUUAAUAUUAAGUAUAAUAUGUAUAUGUUAUGGAUAUAAUAUCGUAAAAUAAUAUAAAAAUCAGUUAAACAGUAAUAAUCAUUUAUUUAUUAUAUAGAUAGUCGUUUUAUUUUAUUAUAGUUCUAUAGGUAAUAGUAUAGAAGGUUGCGGUGAGCGAUGUGAUCCAGCCAACCGCAAACACAGGAGACCUGUAUUAUACAUAUAGUGUUCAAUGUCAGAUGCAACUGUGCAGAUACGUCCGCAAUGUGACAAUGUGUCUAUAGAUACUUAGAAUUAUUUUUUAUCACACGUUAUUAAAAUUGCGCACGCCUCUUUUGUGUGUAGUGUUUGUACAACUCCUCAAGUUUUCACCUACGACCUACCUUACUACCGGCGUUCGUUUCGUCGGUAUGUUGCGAUAAUUAGUUUAUUCCAUGUAUAGUAUAUACUGUAUAGAUGUACACCAUGUUCGUAUACUUGUCAUCGGGUGUCAUGACUAAUUGUUAUUUAAAAUAAAUAAUUUGUUCAAAACGCUUGUGAUUAUAAUGUAUAGGUUACUAUGUAUUAUUAUAUUACUUACACCUAUACUAUAUUAUUUACCGUUUAAAUAUUUUGUAUUAUUAUUUAUCCCUAUAUUUAUUUACAAUCAUGAUUUUUCACGCGAAACGUACUAUUAUUAUUAGGUGUAUAUCGAUAAUGUCUUAGUAUCCCGAGUAGCAAUAGUUGAUGGUUAAGAACACGGUGCUAAUAUCCUACAUUACUCUAUGUUUUUGAUAAAAUUGAAUACUGAAAUUUUAUAUGAGUUUAACCGUGCAUUUUGGUUUCAAAUGUCAGUGUAAUAAUCGUGCUAUAUCUUAUACCGCAUGCUAAAAAAAACAUAAAAACGAGAAAAAGAAAUUCAGAAAGUGUUUAAGCAUUUGUGUUAUUUGAACAAGGAUCUGCCUAUUUCCUAUUUACUCGAUACCCUAUAUAUCCUAGCUAUGCGCCACUAUUUCAGAUGUUAUCCAUGAAUGAAUAUUUAAACAUUUUAUUUUAUUCGCAUACUUUGUAGUGAUGGUUUUGAGUACCACAAAAUGACACCGCCUCAUUGGGUAUAUCAUAAUCGUCCCAUUUUUUACCCUUCUUCCCCACUUGGAUAAAAUUAUGGUUACGACAGUUUUGACACUUAGAAACAAAUUUUAAUUUAAAAUUAGUAUUAUUACUGACUCUUUUAGGAUGCACCAAAAUGACUUAAAUAUCUAGGAAAUAAAACGAUUUCAGAGGAGGAACAUGUGCCCUCGAGUCCCCACUUGGUUACGGCAUUGAUAUGAGAACGUUAUUAUUUAUGUCCCUUAAUAAUAACCGUAUAGAUUAGUAUAUAUAUAUUAGUAGUUCAGUGUAUGUUAUAUACAAUCUCUCUGAACUUGGCUACGGUGUUGAGUAAUUUUUCGUGAACCGUUUAAUUUCUGUUGGUGCAUUUAUAUUUUUUGAGUAGGUACCGUUUAAUAUCAGAAACACUGACUUUGAAUUAAAAUAGAAUAUUUAGUUUGGGGCACUUUUAUUGAACUGCGAUUGUUUUUCCUACAUGGUUCUUAUAUUGUGUAUAAAUCGUCUAAAAAUCGCAGUGUUCAUAAAACAACAUUGAAUGUAAAAAUUGCUAUUCGGACAUCUAGUUGCAAUUAAAAUUAAAUUAUCAAGAUUUGACCUUAUAACAAACAAACAAAUGAACAAAAAAACAUCCAUAUCAAUUAGUAAUAAUAUAAUUUUUUGUUCAAAAAAACAAUUAUUCUGUGUUGUUAUUUUUUAAUUGAUGAUGUGUAGUGUAUACGAUAUAAAGUGAAAUAAUACGCUAAUCAUAAAUAAAUUUGUAUACUUAUUAUUAAUACCUUUAAAACUUGACGCAAAUUUUGUUUUUGUUAUAGCUGUUACUGUUCGAUACCUGACGAAAAGAUAUAUCGGUGAAUACAGUUCGAAUACAGGUAAUUUCAUUUUUAUCAUUAACACAUCAUGUUUAUUUUAUGUCAUUAUGAUAGUGUCUGUGAUGUUUAUGAUGCAUGUUUUUAGAUUCUGAGCAUAGCGAGAAAUUUAUUUUAUGAUAAAUGUUGUCAAGUUGGUUUAUUUAGAUGUCCAUUUUUUAUUUUUUUCCUUGUAUUUUUAUGAUGGGGAAAACAUUUUGGAAAAAAAAAAUAUUUACGCGAUAACAAUUUUUGUUAUUUUCGAUUUUAUUUUUUUGUUGUAAUUCAAUUAAAAAUAAUCGUAGAAACAUAAUUUCACUGUAUAGUUUAUACUUAUAUUAUUAGACCUUUCUAAAUGUCGUCUAGUUUUCUACAUUUUCUAUACAUUUUCGAGCUAUUUAUAGUUAUUUGUCAUUUUUUAAUUAUUUUAAUUUUAUUUGGCAUUAUACAAAUAUCGAAAAUCUGUAGCCUGCGUGUAAAAUUUUUUUUUAAUAAAGAUUUAUAAAAUCCAAAUUUUUAUGAAAAUCAUAGAAACACAGCAUUUCGUGUAUUAUUUUCCGGUUAAUAUUUGGAUAAAACAUUUAUGAUGUUUAUGUACAAAAUGCUCAACGAUUCGAGACCUUAAAACAUGGAAAAUAGUAUUUUAUUUUAUAGUUAAGUACAAAUACCUCAGAAUCGUUUUUUGUUAACAAUGAUGUUUUAUCGUUGUGUAUAGAUAUAAAUUAUAAUUAUAUCCUACAUACUAUAUUAUCUUCCCUACGUUUCAUCUACAAUAGUGCAGCCUUAUACAUGAGCAGUAGAUUCUGUACGAUGAACGUAUAUUGACGAUGAGCAAAAUAAUCGCAACGUCCUGGUGAGAUUUUUGACCCCUCUCCCCUGAUAGAUAAAUUAUGGCUUCGCCACUGUUAUAUCUAAUAUUAAGUAGAAAAAAAAUUAAAUCGUUAUGAUAACGUAUUUUUGGUCCUAGGGAAGAAGAGCUUGAUUAAAUUUUGUAUAAUUUAAAUAUGCACAAAUUGAAUAUUGAAAAUAUACAUUUACUAUAAACAUUAAACAUAUACAAAAUUAUAAAAUAAAAUAAAAUAUCAAAAAUUGACUUAAAUUCUUCGUCCCUGCAGCCAAAGAUGUACAUUGAUGAGCGAUUUAUUAUUAGGUUAAUAUUAUAACAAUUUGUAACUACAUAGAUACGAGGUUAAUUAUAAAUAUGGACAACAUUUUAAGGCAAACUCGACUUAUAGAUAUGCUUUAUUCAUGAGAUUUUUUGUCCAUUGUUAAUAUCAUUUCGAAAUAUCGAAAAUAACGAUUUCUGUCCGUGAGUAUUUUAUAUUUUAAUAUUUUUUUCUUCAUUGAUAACCAAAUAAUUUGGAUGGUUUUCGUUACUUUUAUAUUCGAGGUUUUUGUUUUUAUUUAUUUAUUUUAUUGUUGUUGUUUGUACCUACUCACAAAUUUAGAAUAAUAUAUAACUAUUUUGUUCGGUUAUUUUUCUAUACACAACUAUUAUGUAGAAGAGGGUCGUAAAAUGUCGGUAUUGUAAAUCUGUCUGAACCCUUUCAGUCCUAUAUACCUACUGUAUUGACUAUAUAAACAGAUAAUAUACAUAUUAUUAUUAUACACGUUAGAAAGUUUUUCCCUUUUAUGAUGACUGCGUACACGAGGACAUAUUCGAAAUAAUAUUAUAACUUAUAGUAUUUAUGGCAUUUUUCAUCAUCAUCUCGCGCGAUCUCGAAUCCUUUUAUAUUCAUAUAUAUAUAUAUAUAUGCGUAUUAUUAUAAUUAUUACCCCCUCAUAAUAUUAUUAUAUAUACGUAUACGGUAUACCUAAUACCUAUGUGUAUCUAGUCGUAAUAUUAUUAUAUUCUUUUGAAUGCGCGCGUACCCUACGGACAAAAAUUAUUAUCCUAUCGUAUAUAAUAUUAUACUACACGAUACAGAGCGUUUCAAACGUCCGCCGCCGCCGCUGCCGCGAUAUCACUUUUCAAAAAAAAAAACAUCAAAACAAUGAGCGGUAAGGAUUUCUCGGUGAGCAAAAAGCCGGCGGCAAUCACGCCCAUUGCGCCCGCGAUUCCUCAUAAUAAUAAUAAUAAUAAUGAUAAUAUUAUUAUGAUAUAUUAUAUACUGUUGGCAACGUAAUAUUUUACGGCACUUUUGUUUUGUCAAACUGUACAUAUUCAUACACGGACAGCAUAUCGAGAUAUGGCAGAUCUAGUUUUUUUUUCGCAAUCGAGAUGUUGAUUUAUUGUUUUCCAUAUAAUAUACGUAGGUACCUACAUACAUUAUUAUUAUCUUAUUUCAAUUUGACGAGCGCUACGGAAUUUUCACUCAUGCAUCGGCUCCGCACGUCGUUCGAAAAAUAAAUUUACGGAUACUGGAUAAAAAAAAAAUGAUUCCCGUACCGGUUAUACGUAUUCGCAUGAUAAUAUAAUGUAUUGGUAUAUUCAUCGCAUCAUUGGUCUGCAUCGCUCACGAAAAAGGCCGUUAUCUAUACUUGCCCCAAUAGAUUCGAUACCUAUUAUUUAUUUUGUUAAUGUAUACUGAACUCUUUAUUUCCGACGAAUAACAGUUGUUUGUGUAUACACAACGUAAAACUAAAAAAAAACUUUGAAUAUAUGAUUUUCUUUAAAAAAAAAAUGAAACCUAAUAUUUUUUUAUGGAGUAGUAAAUUUAACAAAUACCCAAAUUAAUUUUUAGAUAUCUACGUUAACAAAUAUAAAUUACAUUUCAAUGUUUAUUCAAUUAACCCUAGUUGAAAAGUUGUUAAAAGUGAAAUACGUGACCUUCUUCGUUACGAUCACAUUGGUAGGUUUUGUUAUCCGAUCUAGCGCACCACGCCAACACACUGCGUAGUUUUCCUGAUAUCAUUGGUCGGUAUUUUACCACCAAAAAAUGGCAUUUAAGUUUUCGUGGUUAUGCUUUUUAUGAAAAAUAAAAUUUGGUAGCGUAUCACAUAUACUACUUAUAUAAUUUACCAUGUAUAAUCGUAUAAUAGUAUAAUAUUUCAAUCGUUAUCUUUAAGUAUAUAGUAUACCUACAUAUAUGGUAUGCAUCGUACUAUGCUAGUUGCGCUAUGUAAUAGCGGAUAAAAUCGGUACUGAAAAUGUCUCUUUAAGCAGCCGCUUUUGAUAGCAUAGUGUUUUGGUUUUAUCUUCUAAGACCGAGGUAUAGAACUACGGGCGCCUAGGCUUAAACUGGGUCGAUUAUUACUGUAUAGCAUGUAUAAUGAAAAUAAAAAAUUGUUCGAGUAGGUACAAUACUCGUAUUUUAGUUUUUCUGGACUCGCGCGAUGGACCUCGAAAUAAUAUAAUAUUAUUAUUGUUAUAAUACCUAUACAAUAUUAUUAUUACGUACUCUCUCGCGGGGUGACGGUCGAAAUUGACGAGUAAACACAAUAAACCUGUAUUUAGUCGGACUUUGAUGAAACGAUAUCUCUGUGUCGAGUAUAAAAUAUACACCUAGAUACUCCGUGAUGCGGUGUAGUUCAACGCACUAGUGCGCGGCAAUAUGAACGCAAGUGUAUAGGUAUAUAGUCGACAAUACGUUUUUUGAUGAUAAGAGGCCAAUUAUUGGCGCGUUUUUCAGUUCAGAAACAUGCCUCACGGGAAAACUUCACGUGCCUCUUAGAGUAUUCCGAUUUCGAUAGUUGUUUUUUUUUUUUGGAAAAAGGAAGAUUUUCUACAAAUCUUAUUGAACUCUGUUUUUCAAUUUUUUCAUCUCAAACUUCAUAAUAUGUAUUUUAAAAAUGUCAAUUUUAACUUUUUUUUACCAACAUUUUUUUAUUAUUCGAAAUCGAUUAAAAAAUCGGAGAUCAAUGGCAAUUUUAGAAAAGAUAUUCACGUAUCAAGUUUUCCUCUCAUAUCGGGGUAGGUAAGUUUGUUUGAAAGGUUCGAAAUGUCCAGGAGGCUAUUCGAGUAAGAAUGGUUGAAUUUGAUUAGGAGUCUAUUUUCAUGUACAUCGUGUUUCGUGUAUUAUAACGUUUAGGACUAAUCAAAUUAUUGCCGCGAGACUGCAAGAAUACCUAUCCACCUGUAAACAUUUUAAAUUCAUGCCAUUAUUCCAAAAUUGUGACGCACUAUGCAAUAUUCGUUGUAUAGUAGUGUGACGUAGUUAUAUAUAUGUGCAGCAUUACUAUUAGGUUUCUAUAGUACGAUAUGCUUUUUUUUAUCUUCUCGGUAAACGAGUAUUCGGUCCGAAUAAUGCAGAUUUUUAACUUUCACCUUAAGCACUUAUUAUUUGCAAAAAAUAUAAAUUUUAAAUUCUGAGUUCAGAGAGGAAUUUAUUGGUUUUAUUUGAAUGUAUUUUUAGAUUCAGAACGGUGCGAGGCAAAAACGUGACUAAUACGUUUAGAAUUGUUUUUUCGUUUGCAAUAAUUUAUCAUUGCAUUCAGUGUAUAAAUUAAAUUAUCCCCCAAACUACCCACCUACGAUAGUGUUUUAUCCGUGAGCAUUAUUACCUUUUUUUAUUUUCAAUUUUUAUACAACAUCUACGCUCUUAAAUUUCAGACAAUUUCGAAAAAUUAUAGUCUAUCGUCGUUGUAAUGUUAUUAUCUGUGGUAUUUUAUAUAAUCUAAAUUACUCAAAUUUUUCACAAUUAUACACACACCAUAUUUAUAUACUCUACUAAUCUUACCAGACCCCUUUUUUACGAUCAUAUUACACGCGAAGUCGGAAGUUUCCAAUAUUAUUAGGUAUUCAAAUUGAAAAACAUCAAUUCUUCGAGUUAAAUAAACGUAGAUUAAUAGGUAUAAAUAUGUGUUAGCUUCUUCUUGUCCGUUGUGUAUUACAAAAAAAUAAAAAUUAUGCCACUGUUUAAUACUAGCUCACAACGAUAAAAUAUAAAUAUGUGUAUUUAAUUCGUUCUGAAGUAAAUUUAUCGCGUGCGUCUUCUCUUCAUCGUGUGUAAUAGGUACCUAGAUGGUUAUAAUAUUAUUACCGGUGGCAAUUUCAUACCAUUGAGCCCCCGCGGGUGUGAUUUCAGUAGAUAAACGAGCGAUCAAAAAAAGGUUCGGUCUUGCCCCAUUAUAAUAAUACUCUUAUUAAGAUGAUACUUUUUUUUUCUCGGAUGAAGAUAAUAUUAUUAUUAUUAUUAUUUAGAACACCCGCUAAGUAAAUAAUAAUAAUAAUACUAUUCACAAGUGGUUACGUAUUAUAGGUAUACACGUGAUAUUAUUAUCUAUUUUUAAUUAAUCAACGGUAGAUUAAUUUAAAAAUAAAAAAACUCAUGUACCUUCACGGGUUCAAUCCGUUAUGAUUAUUAUCAUACGAGCUUACGGGCACACGUCAUCAGCAGUAUAAAAGUUUUUUUUUUCUAUCAAUACAGGUGCAUAAUCUAAAUUCAUAAAAAUAUUAAUAAAGAAACCUAAUAUAGUUAUCCUAUUAUCCUAACGAGACAAGUUUAUUAUUUCGGAUAAUGCGCUUACGUUUUAUAUAGGUACCUAAUAUAUUAUCUUUAGCCCCAGGGAAGAAGGGCUUAAGUCAAUUUUGUUCAUUUUUCAAUAGGUAUACAAAUUCAAUUUUGGUAAUACAUACACUACAUGCACUAGAUUUUAGAUUCUAAGUGUUAACGAAGAAACUAUACCUAUUAAUAUUACUGAGAUUUGUUUUUCCCCCUCUCGGAAAAUAUUUGCUUUGCUUAGUAAAAUAUUCCGAAUUGUUCACAUUGUUCCUUAAAAACGCGGAUUUUCUGCUUGUGAUGAUACUUUAUGAUACUAUUUUAGACAACUUGUCUAGAUUCCCGAAAUUUGUUAUAACAAUUUUUAAAAAUUAAUGAUCGAUAAAUAUCUGUUCUAUUAUUAUUAUUUUGGGUUACCUUGGACAAGGGGUGGAAAAAAUCAUUGUUAUGCUAUAACCUUGCCAGUUUAUCGAUCUCUGCUUAUAAUCGGUUUUUGAUUGCAAUUAUUUAUCAUUGUUUUCAGUAUAUUAAAAACUAAAUUAUCCUAUAUCCUAAAUCUACCUAGUUUUUGUACACCUAUGAUAACAGCGGUCUACCCACGAUGUGGAUUUAUUACACUUACUAUAAUGCUGUGAGUAUAUGUAUAUUAUGCAAUAAUUUCUUUCAAAAUUCGAAUUUUCCAUUAUAAUAAUAUAGUGUUAGAAUAAUCGAUAGAAAACCAUUGUUAUAAAAACGUACUUUUUUUUGUACAUAUAUGUAUAUCUAAUUUACUUAUAUGUAUUAUAAGAAAAAAAAUAUGAAUUAUACCUAUUGUCGGGAUAUUUGGUAUUGAACACGUAUUAUUUGACAUUUUAUUGUUCGAAUAGGUACUAGGUUAAUACGGUAAUUGUAUUGAAAUGAAAACAUAUUAAUAAUAAUUUUUUUUUUUACAAUAGUUUAGUAUACGUAUAAUAUUUUUGCGUCUAAUUGUUCAAAUAAAGAAUAUUACGCAUUUCGUUUAUCAAAUAAUAUUAUUAUUUUAAUUGAGAGGUGUUUAUGUGUACUUCGUAUUAUUUACACUAUUGUCUAUAACAAUAUCUGUGACUGUAAGCCAAAGAUAGACAGAUAACAGUGUAGUUGUAAUACGUGACAUUAACGGUUCUGCAGUUGGUACCUAUUACCUAUACGAUUUCGAUGAACUAUUUUAUGGUAUUGAAAUUUGUUAAAAAAAAAAAAAAAAAUACAAAUCACACAUUCGUUAUGUGACGUGUAAAAGCUUUCACUUCGAGGUUUAUGGACUUUUACGUAAGUCGGUUACUUGGAGUAAUUAACCGCGCAUAGACGCGUAUCAUACACACCGGAUAAUAAUAAACCCAUAAAACUCGCACUUGCUAUUAUCUCGAUUUAUAUACAGUGAUUAAAAUAAUUAUUAUUAGGUAUUAUUAUCGUAUUCUAACGGCCUUUCUAAAAAAAAAAAUUAUUCAAGCAAUAAUAUCUUAUUCGAGAUUUAAUAAUAUUAUUAUUAUUAUUGUUAUCGUGUGGUGAGCGUGUAGUUGGUAAACUUAGGUGGUGCAGUGUGUCGAGGCGGACUAGCUAAAAGUUCCAUAAAUCUCUUCGUGGCGCUAAAACCGAGUUUUUUUUUACGCAUACCAUUUUCAUUAUUAUUACAGCCAUUCCGAACGGACGUUAAAUAAAUAGCCUAGGUGUCUAAUAAUAACCCGAAAUAACAUAUUUACGAUAUUAUUAUGUUAACUAUCAUGCCCAUAUAAGCAUCUAGUUGUUAAUCGUCUCGUCGUCGGGCGCCACGGUUUUGAAUGAUUUAUGUUUUAAGUAUAAUUUUGGCGUAUUUAUUAAUUAAUUUUCCUAUUCCCUUAUACGGGUUUUUGUGUUUUGUUUUAUAACCGCUUGUAUUGCAAAUCAAUAAAAAAAGACCGUAAGUAGUGAGAAAAAGAUAUACUGCUGAGUAUAGUCGCGUUUCUAGGUAACUCAAUAUUUCGGUGGGAUGGUCAUGGAUUUAAAUUCUAUUUUCGGAAGGGUGAUAUCGAAGUAUACAUUGAAAAAUAUAAUUUUUCUUAUCGAUUUUUCUAAAAAAUGUAAAAUGCUACAUUACUUUAAAAGUAAAGAAAUGUAAAUACUGUAUUACGAGAACAUUUUUUAGUUAUAAAAUUAUACAUAAUUAAAAUCUAACUCAUUUUAGACGGCUGUAACUCAAAUAAUUUUUUAGAUGAAAAAAAAAUUGCAUUAAUCAAGCACCUUUGCUUGAAAAUAUAGGACUAUUCUAAUCUAGUAUCAAAAAAAUGUAUACUUCUAUUCAAUAGAAGUAAUAAUGUGCAUUGCGCAUGCGCAUACCAAAAGGAUUAAUAAAUUGAAAUUUAUCCAAAGUUUAUAUAAAGUGUGUAAAAGUAAAGUCCUUAAAAUACCCCUUAUCACUUCUAUUGAAAAUGCCAAACUAAAAUCCAAGGUCAUCCUGCCAAAACGUUUAAUGUUACAUGAAAAUAUUGAACACACUGUAGGUAUAAUAUAAGUUAUAACAGGUACAAUACACUGUGCAAUCUUCUCUAUUUUCGAGAAAACUUCGACAUUGAAAGUUAUUCACUGUGAGUUUCAUAUUAUUAUAUUUUAGUAUGAAAAAAAAUAAAUGUGGCGACUAGUGUACAGAAAGUAUAGUCGCAGACUUAUAGAUGUACAGACAGUGUAAUUAAUUAAAACUGAAUAACGUAUAUUAUACAUUUAGGUAUUAAUAGUGUUAUUACUAUUACUAUACGAUGUAUUUUAAGAGACAAUUUAUAUUUAUACAUUUAAAAGUGAUUUUUUUCUUUCUGAAAUUUAUUUAUAGGAUUUUAUUUUAAAAAUAAUGUAUAUUCGUGAUAAAAUAAUAUAUAACCAUGGGUACAAAACGAAGGGUUUUUGAGGUCACCGAGAUUAAUUUUCCAAUUUGUAUUUGUAAAUGUAUUAUAUUUUUCAUACGUCUUAAUGUCGUAUAAAAAAAAAUAUAUAUAUAUAUUACUUUAUAUAUAAACCGAUUUUUUAUAUUUUUAUUAUACGUACGGAAAAAACACCAUUUCCUGCGGGUAUUUUUUUUUUAUAAAAUAGAUAUUUUUUAUUUUCUAAUAUUAUACUGGUAUAUAUUAUGAUUAAUAUUUGUCCCUGAAAUCCUACCAAAAAUACCGAAUUGUAGAACAAUUUUGGAAAUUAAUGAAGGUCCUUCUUUUAAAUUUACCGAGAACUUUGUGUGAAAAACUGAGAAACAAUAUAUAAGUAUAGAUCUCAAAUAUGGGCUGUUAUAUCCUUCUCUUGAAAACAGAAUAGCAGUAAUCCGUUGACGAAGUGAAAACAUUUUUCCCCUCUAACAUACUCGUGUAAUUUUGCAUAAAACAAAAUCGAAGGUAAUUUUCUUAGGCCUCAGAUGAAAUAUUAUUGAAAAAUUUGAGGUCAUAUUAUGGUUUAUGAUUUUUUUUAAAUUUUAUAUAGAACGGAAGAUGAUACACAUAUCUUCUAAAAUGUCUAAAAUUUCAUGGCGAAUUCAAUUCAUGAUGUUUAGUAAAUUUAUGUAUAUAUUUAUUCAAUAGCUUAGUACCUAGGAAUAAUAUCUUUAUUAUUAUUAUUAUUAUUAUUAUGCUUCGCCAAUGUCAUAUUAUAUGAAAACAUAUAAAGAUAAAUUUCUCUUGAAACGCUUAGAUAUGAAAUGAUUAAUAGUCAGGAUUUAGCUAUUAUUAUUUUUAUAUUUUUCUUGACACCACAUCGCUUCAAGAGUUUUUACCGUCACUGUCACACUGCCUUAUUCCUGCACUCAUCGCGAUCGCGCCACUCUUUCCUUUUCAAUCCCGUAUUGCCGACUUCUCCAGGUAGGCUGUUUUAUCAUUCCGCCUAUCCGUCGCCUCUUUGGACUCUUUAUAUUUUUAAAGUUAGACUAGGUUAUCACCGGGAAAUUUAUUUAUAUGUCGCGAUAAAAAUGAGUUAGGCAAAUCUGGUAAAGUCAGGGGUAAAGUAAGACUAACUGAAUUACCAGAUUAAGUGACAUAAUCGAGUGGUUCUUGGUAGUUUAGUUAGUUUCCAUUCGACCAACCACUGUUUUUCGUGUAUUCGCCGAGUCCGCGGUCUCCGCAUCAUAUUCCCGAACCAUUUGAUUCUGUCUGUGCUUUCACAAAGUCUAUUAUCUUCGGCACUACAUCGCUUUCGUCUCUCGCGGAUCUCUUUGUUUUUUUAUUUUAUGACAAACGUUGUCAUUGAUACUGGCGAUGGACCGCAUAUUAUAAUUUUCAGUGUUCAGCGUUUUAUUAUUCUCGAAUGUCAUAAGUUUUUUUGCUCCAUUCAGCUUGUUAAAGUCUAUAAUAUUAUAUUCCUCGUAUUCGAAUUAUGUUAGUGUUUUUAUAAUUAUUAAAAAUCUGAAAUGUAUCUACAAAUCGGGAAAGUAAAAGUGUGGAAUCCAGGUUGUCAAAAUUUGAACCGUAUAAAUCUGAAAAGUAAAUUAUUUAAAUUAUAGUGUCCAACACUAUUGAUAAUUAUAUAAUUUCAUUGAAACUUGAAAAUUUUACUUUCCAGAUUUUUACAUUACAGACUUGUAAAUUACAAGCCUAAUACCUACCCAUAUUGCGGUGUAUUUUGGUUAUUCUAAGAAAUAGUUUCGAUUAUACGCGAUUCCAAAUAAAUUCGUAACUGGAAACAAAUAUCUGGGGGAGGGUUCAAAAUUUUUUUUAUAUAGAUACUGUACACUCAUCAUUUUUACGUUAAAAAUAUAAAACUUCUUUAUAAUCGUUUUUAAAAACAUAAAUCGUCAUUUUAAUAUUUAAUUUACAUAAUAGUUAAUUAUUCAUAUACAUAUGGAACUAUUAUCAUUAAAAAAAUACGAACAAAAAAUAAACAAAAUAUAAAAUACAAAUUGUUCUAAUAUUAAUUUUACAAAACAAUUAUAGUCAAUAAACUAAAAUUUGUCUACUUUUAAAAAUGUCGAGGGGGUCCGGUCCCUUGGACCCCCCAGUUACGGCCUCGACUCCAAAUAAUAUUAUUAAUUAUAAUAUUUAUAAUUAUUCCAUAAAAUAUUCCUUAAUUCAUCUGUGAAAGCAUCGUUAGCAACGGUGUUUCUUUUUGAAUCCGAAAAUCUCUGAUGACAUCAUGUAUACAUAUAUUUAUGUACAUGAUGUUCAUAAUAACACCGAUAAUAAUAAAACCAAUGUCCCUCAAUAUUGGCGCCAUCGUUGAUAUCACCGCUAAUUGCCAUCAUGUAGGCGAAUGUUAAGGAACGUAAUAUUUUGGAUUAACAGGUACCCGAUAACAGGAGUUAUGUACGUUUUGUUUACAUCAAAACUUACCGCAAUCUCUCAGAUGUGUUCUCCGAGAACGUUAUUGUAUCUAUUGUCCAACAAUUCGAAUUAUCAUCUUGUCGGUUGAUAAAUAACGAAACAGACGUGUUCAUUUCGUAAACGCGCUUUAAAUUUUACCCCGGAUUUUAAAACGAAAUUCCGAUAAAUCAUAAUAACGUAGGUAUAGGUAAUAAUAUUAUUACAGCGUGUGACGCUUUCUCGAGAACUCGAACUGUAUUUAUAUUGUUUUUCAACGGAACGUCCGUCGUCGUCGGUUCAAAUGAUUUAUGCAUUUCGUGUACAAUAUUACUAUGUAAUAUAUUUAAUGGAAUAGUGCAUAAUACUUUACGCAUAAUAAUAAUAAUAAUAACAAUAACAAUUAAUAAUCCGUCUGCGAGUUCGUUCUCGUGCUUCGCUGUACUGCGCGCGGCGGCGAUAUUUUCCCGGCCCGUUAAAAAACACUCGUUGAAUGUUCGUCGAGUAUUAUUGAUGUGUGUGACGGGCAAGCCAGGUGGUCUAUAACUUUUAAUUUCAAGUGCACACGCGUCGGCGUGUGACUUUAAUCGAAUAAUAUAUUUACCAUCUUAUCGCCGAACCGCGGCGAAGGUCAGUGUACAAUAUCCGAGAUAUUGUAUAAACAUUUUUAUUUUUUUUCCCCCCCUUGAAUUAUUAAUGUGCGAACAUAGUAUUAUUUGUCUACGGUACUCUUGAACAAUAUUACCGUUGCAGAUUAAGUCCCCGUUUUUGAGUUAUAGUUCACAAUUGUUGCACGUUGUAUUGGUAAUUUACGUGCCAGAUUGGAAUGACGAGACGGCGGCGGCGCGAGAAUGCAACCAAAAUCCAGUCGUUAACUCGGUUUUUAUUUUUUCUUAAUUGCACGGGCCCACUGGUGCGGGACAUACUCUUCAUAAAGUCCAUCACUUGGUUCGCGCGUAUGGUUUCCGCAGAAAUACAAUAAUAUGGACGAGCCGAAUUGAUUGUAUCCGAUCAAUUAAACGAUUAUAACGGCGCGCGUUCCGCGGACCCCCGCAAUAACGCCCAGUCCUCGUCGUCGACACCUCGUGGCGGGGAGAUAACGAAAGACGGCGGCGCGUAAUAUAUUCUGAUGUUUACGCGUAGGUAAGUAAUAAUAAUAAUAUUAUUAUCGUUAUUAUACUAACGCGUGUAUCUAGCCGGUAAAUCUCCGAUUAUAAUAUCAUAGGCAGACACGCCGCGAUGGACAAUAUUAUAAUAUAUAGGUAUAUUAUACGCCGCCGCAAUGAUCUCGUCCUAUAAGAGAAACGGGGGGGGGGAGAGUUGAUAAACCGUAUACCGUGUAUCGCGAUUGGACGCGAAAUCAUCUACCGCGUGACGGUUACCGAUAUAAUAUUUUGAAUAACAAAGUUAUUAGUAACUAAUUUUUUUUUUUUUUUAUAUAUUAUCGCCGUUUAUUCACGAUUAAUUUUUUUCCCUUACUGCACUUUAUUGUAACAUCACAAUUAACCGCACCGUUGCCAAUCUCUUAUCGUCGUCGUCGCCGCCGCCGCGAUGGUCAUGCAUAAUAUUAUAGCUCGCGCUCACAACGUUAUUAUGACGAUGAUUAUAUUGUAGGAGACCUGCUGCGGGGAUCGAGACUUUUUUUUGUUCUAGAGAUACACAUCGUAUUAUAUUAUUAUCAUAGAGGCCGCAUAGUAAAUAUUCCGCGGCGGAACGCCGGGCUCGCGCGGCUAUUACUCAAUCCCCUUUGACCGCAUAACUCCGAGCCGGUAGGAUUUCCCGUGGGCACGCCAGGAAUCUCGGACGGCUGUAUUAUUAUUAUAUUAUUACCUCUUAUUAUUAUACGUGUAGUGUUGUGCGUUUCGCGUGCGCUGGGCACGUUCCCAAAAUGUGUGAAAUCGCCGGUCGCAGUCGCCGUCGACGCCGCCGCCGCCGCCCCAUUUCCACGGCGGCGGCGUAGACAAAUUUAUCGCUUCUCCCGCCCGCUAGGCGAGCCGUUGCGGUCAACGGCCACGGCGGGAAACGCGACGACUACGGCGCACCGUGUACGGAUCAAUUAUAAUUGUUUAUAAUUUCGUAUUUUAAUGCACGUAUACAAUGCAAUUUACAAUAUUAUUUGUACCGCUUCGUUCGUUGUUGUUUUCGAUCGCGCGCGUAUACAUAAAUAAUGUCAAAUAUGAAUAAUUGUUAACACGAAAAAUUCCGCCGCAAUGUAUUUCGAUAUCGGAAUCCGCCGGAUAUUAUAUUUACGCAGCGGUUACGGUUAUUAUUUUUAUUAUAUUUUGAUUAUAUAGGGCCUUUUGUAAGGUUUCGCGAGAGCUUUUAUCGAGUUUCGUCCGAAAAUCAUAGGUGUAUAACCUUUUAUAAUAUUUCAUUAUUACACGUUUAUAACAGUGAACACUUAUUAAUAUUAUUUUUUCAUCUUUAUAUUAAAAAAAAAUAAUAAUAAUAAUAAUAAUAAAUAACAUUUCACUUGUUAAUAUACGGAAUAAUCACGUCGGGUUACCCGAUUCUUCAAAUGGGUUGGCUACUAUUUAUAAAGAAGGUGGAAAGGUAUUAAGGUUGUAAGUGUACGGCAGAGUAAUUUGUGUUUGUAUUAUUACACCAAAAGCAACGAUAGAUCAGUGAAAUCGAAAAACGAUUCUGAACGGAGCUCGGUAAAUACCGCUAAACUACAUAAUGUGUCAUAUACAUAGUAUUAUUCGUGUUUUUUCCAUGUAGCUAAAAGGUUAAAUCUUGAGCAAAACCUAAGCAUAUUUACCUACCGAUAAAUGGUUUUUCUGUUAGUUUUACAAAGACGUAUGUUUUGUUUCCCCCCACCAUCCUCCUUUUCUUUUUGGUGAUUAAAAUGUUCCGUUUUUUUCACUUAAUACCUAAAUAAAUAAUGUAAAAUUUCCAGCCGAUCGCAGUCUGUUUAAAACAUAUAUUGACAUUUUAUCUCUUUAUACUACUUACACUAGGUUCUUUUUUGUUGGUUUGUUUUGAUUGUAGGAUUGUACCUCAGAAUCAUUUUUUUAUGCAACGAUUUAAAGUAUAAUUUAAAUUAAAUUGCCUUACACAUAAUAUCCUAUAUAACUUGCCAACUACCUACCUACACUUGUGGCCUACCCAUCAUGGCGUGAAUUACGUCCGAAUUGUAUUAAAUUAUACCUGUAAAUGUUUUUUUAUUAUUAUUAUUAUUAUUAUUAUUACCUAUUUGUUUUCUUUAUGACAAUCCUAUUAAAUUUAUCGAGAACUGAUUGUGUGUUAUUGUGUAUGUAUUACGCAGUAAGAAACAUGAUACCCACGCUAAGAAGAAAAAAAUCGUUUUACGUAGGCACCCAAAAAGGUAAAAACAAAAAUAAUUAGAUAUUCGUGUAGGUAUAUUAAUUAAAUAUUCUUCUACGCCACGGGAUGUUUUUUUAUACAAGAUGUUAACAAUACAAAUAAUAUUAUCAAUCGAAAUCGUAUUAAAAGCAAAUGCUAAUAUUUUUCAUUGUAAUUAUUCUUCUCUUUUUUUUUUACUGACGUACCUAAUACUCACUAAAAGUAUUUUUCGCCAUGACUAUACCACUUUGCCACGUGUCUCUAUCUCGUAUUUCAAGAUAGAGACAGGUCCAGUAACUUCUCAAUUCUUCUUCUUCCCCCACGUCAUUUCAUAUUUUCCUGUAGAUCUUUCUCGAGACCCAGUUUUUCCAUUCCGUUGUUGCCCUAUAACCGGGAAAGUCCCACGAGCCCAAAUCUUCCUCUUAAAUUAUGGACUUUCCCCAGUUUCUCUUGCUCUUAGAUGUGAGAAUAUUUCCAUAAAUAUCUUAUUUUGUUACAAAAAUUUUACUAUUUCAAUAAUUUACUAAUAUUCAUUUUUAGCUUACUGCUUGCUUAGCUUUAACUUAAGUAUAAUUAAGUAUUCCUCUUACUGGAUAUCCAAUAAACUUACCGUGUGCUUUUGGACUCAGAAGUAUUCCUUAAAGAAUGAUUUGGCUCUUAUUGUUUCAUUUUAUUUCUUUGAAUUAUGUUCAAAGGUAUGUUCCCGUAUCAGUUGCCCGGAUUUUGACCAAAAUCGUAAAAAUUAUGGCAUUUCAAAACAUAUUAAUUUAUUUUUUAACUUCGUAAAAAGUUUCAAAUUAAAAAAAAAAUAUAUCAAAGUAUGGUUAUUGUGAAGCCAUAAAAUAUAAUAUGGAAAAUCAUUCACAUUCAAUAAAUUUCUUAGCGUUUGUAUACAUUUGAAAAAUAUACCGAAUUGUAUAUAUAUUUUUCAUAUUUGAUAUUGCCGUCGAUGUUGGAAAUCAUUAUUUAAAUAAUGUUGUGUUAAUUAUUAUUUCAGUCUGUUUCAAAAAUUAAAAAUUAUAUUACAGUUAAUUGCGGAUACCUUCUUUUGGAGCUUAUUAUUAUGUUAUACUAGUGGAAAAUUUGUACUUCAGUACGAUUAUAAAAUAUUAAUACGUUAGUGAAUAUUUUCGGCGUUUUUUACCACUCCGACAAAAAAAAUCGAAUUAUAUGGGUAAAAUUGAUUUGGUCGAUCAGAAAUGCUUGGAAAUUUAACACGGGGUUUGUCAUAAGUUGUUUGUGAUAGUAUAAAAAUAAUUUAAUGUAAAAUAGAGCAUUUUUUUCAAAAUCAUCUUAAGUUCAAAUUUUGAAAAUCACGGUGUUUUAAAACGUGUUAUUUAAUUAUAUUUCCCUCAGAAUUGUAUUUCAUCAGCAAUUAUUUAUCAUUGCGUACAGAUAUAAAUUGCCGAAUAUAAUAUAUUAGAAUGUGUAUAUUUUUAUUACACCGCGUGUCUUAUCUAUAAAAUGGAAUAUUAUUUAUUAUAGUAUAUAAUAUAUAUUUACCUACAGUUUCUCAAACGUCGACGUCGUAGAAUUUAUAGUAGUGCAUAGUAAUUAUAAUAAUUAUAAUAACUAGCCGGGGCUGAUAUACCAUAAAAGUGUGGCCGCGCGACAAAGUGCGAAAUCAUAACGGAAUCCCGUGUACCCACACUUAUAUAUUAAUAUAAUACCUACCUCUAUGUAGAAUUUCAACAAAAAGGUUGUCGACGGCACAAUGUUUUAUAUAUAAUAUCAAGUUUAUUGCGACCAACAACAAAUAAUACAAACGUAAUCAUUUUUUUUUUAUAAAAAAUAAAUUUAUUAUAUUUUAUAUACAUAUACUUUUUUUAAAUUUUCCCGGAAAUAAUAUAUAUUUUUGGACACUUUUAGCAGCUCCCUCUGGACCAAAUGAUCUCAAAAUCAGGAAUUAGAGUUGUUUUGAAGACGUAUUGAUGUUGUUGUAGGAGAAGAGCGUUUCUUCAGCUUUGUACACUUAAACCUUCAGUUCACCAAAUGAAACUAGGGACAUACAUUUUGUUAAUACAUAUUUAUUGUCAAAAUGGUAUGCGUUUUUGGUGUUUAAACUUUCAAUUCCCUUCUCUAUCAUGUUAUGCUCCAAUUUUGUGUUUUCAUAGAAAAUACCGGGAUUUAAAUACCCCUUCGACAGACGCGUACUGCAGAGUUCAAUUUGUAUUAUACUAUGAAAUGAUUAAGGAAAAUACAAAUAUUUUUCAGUUACUAAAAAAUCUCAAACUUAAAUUAGGUAAUUUGAGGGAAUAAGAGUAGAAAAAAACGAAAAUGUAUAUAAAUUAAGGGCCUAUAUGAGAAGGGGCCAUCGGAAAAUUCCUGGUAUGCUGUGGUCAGGACACACCCGCACUUCGAAAUAAAAUAGUAAAAUAUAUAACAACUCGGAUAAUUAUAACUAUAAAUCAAUUAUAAAUUAUUAAAAAAAUAAAAAUAAAAAUUAAGUAUGAUAACAAUUACAAAUGUCCUGGGGGAAAAUUUGACUAGCGCCGGAGCUCUUUUUCUCACGGAUGUUUUUUUUUUUUUGCUUAAUAAUAAUCAUAAAUGGCUUUAUUUUUAGUAUAUACGUCGUGUUAUACUCUAUUAUAUUUAUAAUAUUAUUGUAUUAUAUGGCCAGCUCGACCCCUGCGAGUACGUUAACCAAUAAUAACAAAUAAUACUAUUAUUAUAUUAUAUUAUCGCUUUAAAAUUAUUACGAAAUAAUCUAUAAUUAUUGUUAUUAUUGUUUGAUUAAAAUGUUAAUCCUAGGUGGCCGUGGACAUUAGGAUUAUCAUGACGUGAUGACGUAUAUAGACGGUUUAUUGACCGGCUUUGACAAUUCGUUUUAUUUUAGCUCGUAAUAAAAAAAAAAUCAUCCGCGAACACGUAAAAAUAAUAUAAAUAAUAUAAUUAUAUUAUUGACUUAGGUUUUAGAUUCUGAGCGCAUCGAGAAAUGUUUGGGUUUUACUAUGAUUUUGUGUCAGGCGCGCCAUUUGAGAGGUGGCAGAAUACGCAGUGGUAUCGCCUCUACAGUCCUCGGUUAUCCGUUGGUGACACGUAACGUGUUCAUUUGGCUUCGGUCGACGACGAUCAGAUAAGCAUAUUAAUAUUAUAAUAAUAUUAUGUUUACCUAUCUCAUCGUGACUGCCCUUUACGGGUGGGUAGAGGGGGGUAUAUAUCAUUUACCGUGCGUAUAUCGAUAUACUCCCUAUUAAAAAAAAAAAUUGUUCUCUACUGUGUACAUACGUCAUAUAGGGGAAAGAACGAAAGAGAAAUAAAAAUCGAAUGUUUUCUCUCCUCAUUGCUGCAGCAGUUCUAAAGUAAGCUCGUGACGCGAAAAUUCGUGUCCUUCAGGUCGUCGCGGCUAUUGCACUUCCCCGCUGCUGCGGUGGUCACACGUGUGCUACCGCGGUACGCGUUACGUUACCGUUCACUACAAUAUGUCUCAAUCAAAACCUGGUGUUAUUAUUUUUCGUCAUUUUCCACGCGCAAUAUUUUAUUUAGUUCGAUUUGUCGCUAUAAUAUACGGACAACAUAAAAAUAACAUUCAAAUCUGCAAUCAACAUAUUGGAACUUGUAUAGGAAAUUUCAAAAUAGUUUUCCUGGUAUGAAUUGCUCCAUAUUGUAGUGCAUAUAAGAUUUUUUUUUUGAGGGGGGAGGAGGUCAGAAUGAUUGGUUCAUUACUUUAUAUUUUUGGUAAAAAUUAGGAUGGUUAUAUGUAUAUUAUAUAUGUAUGCAAAUUUGGUUAUAACUUACCAUAUAUUGGAACUUAAAAUGCUUAAAAAAUAAAUAACACAAUUUGUAUUCAAUUAACCCCCCAAAAAACUAGGCAAUUUCAAAUAACUUUACACCACUUAUAAAAUGUCGGAAUAUUUUAAAAAUCAUUCUACUUCAUCAUCUUCUUAAGGUGCUUUUUUUUCUUUAUUACUUCCUCUUGGUCUUUCUCUUUCUUUAUUGUUAUCCCUCAAAUAUAUUUGUCCCCUACUUAGCUUAAUAUAAAUAUACAAAAAAAAAAAAGAAAAAGUACACUCUAUUUUAGAGUGAAACUCUAAGAAUCUAAAAUUGUAAUAUUAAUAUACAUUAUAAUAUAUUGUGAGUGUUUGCUUUUAUUCUUCGGUAAAAAUCGAAAAAAGUUCAUCUUGGGGAACCGUUACCCACCCUAGCUCGUAAACCGAUAAAGUCGUUUUAUGCGGUUCUCCUGCGUCAAAAAUGUAAUUAGUGUCCUUAUAUAAUAAUAAUAUGCGGAUCCGAAAACAAUAGUAAUGUUUUAAAGAAUAUAAAAAGCGCACAUCGUCAUCGUUAAGGCGGUAAAUCGAAUAACCGUUUAUAUAAAAGUACGCCGCCUAAGUCCGCUAUAUAAUAUAGUAAUAUAUUACAAUCAAACGUGCAAUUUUUUUUUUUUUUAUUAGUUGUUAUUAUUGUUAUUAUUAUUACUGUUAUAAUAACGCACGCAGUUUAUUGUCGUAUAUACCCGUGGGCGGGGAAAAAACCACAUUAUUCACCUGACGACGGUCUGUUAUGAUAAUAAGAUGAGAUGGGUAUAAUAUGAUUAUCUCGCAUAACGUAUCUUGGUGGCUUGUAUAAUGAUAAUAAUAAUAACAUAUAAUAAUUUAAUAAUAUUACGCGUACAUAUAUUAUUAUAUAUUAUAUAUUAUUAUGUAAUUUAUAUCACGAAAACGGAUAACGGAUGUACUAAAACAUUUUGUUUCAUGUUGUUUCAAACGACUAAAAUGAUUAAAUCACGUUUCAAACAAAACGUAUUUAUAACAAUCUUGAUUUAAACUACAGAGUAUAUAUAAAAAAAAAAAAACAACUCGAAUUUUCUCAAACCAAUUUUGUAUACUAGAUAUAUUCUUUGCAAAUUAAUAAAUAACCGAAUUUCCAACACCAUAUAUAUAUAUAUAUAUACAAUUUCACUCCCCCCCUGGCUUCAUUCGGGGAGUCUGUAGAGGUAUACAAAACUAAAACAUUACCCUUCAUCUGCAACAUGUUUUAUGAACAAAAUUUAUAUUGAAAUUCAACCGAACUUGAAUUUAUCUACAAAACAAUUCAACAAUUUCCGAAUUUGAGCUCAUUUAAUCUAGAAAAAGCCACUAGAAAUGUCCAUAAGCAACAGGGGAAAUAUAUGUAUGUAAAUUGUAUAUAAUAUAAAAAUACAGUGAAAUAUUCUCUAUUUUCGGAAAAAUUUGUAUAAAGAACACUAUAUUUAAAUAAAAAAAAUUUUACUUGAUUGUUAUAUUUCAUGAAAAUAUAGAUUAACCUAUACAAUAGUUAAUUUUAUAAUAAUAACACAUACGUUUAAUUUAAACUUAUAACUUUUUAUUAUCGAAUUUAGUACACCUCAUAACUCAUGCUUAAAAUUCUUUAUUUUCAAUGGUAUUAGUAUAGGUAAAUAUGGAUGAUGUUUAAACUUUAAAAAUAUUGUUAGGGUACCUUAUUAAUUUUUCCUACAUAAUAUGAUAUAAUUAAGAGUCUCGAGAAAAAUGCAAUAUUAAUUCAUUAAGUUGAUAAAAAUAUAAAAAGUAUUCCUUUUUUAGAUUCUGAGUGUAAUGUGGAAAAUAUAUUAGUUUUAGUUUCACUAUGGUGUGUGUGGUUUUUUUUUUCUGUCUGGAAACAAAUUUUUUAUAGAAACUUUGUUCUAAUCAAAAAAUGACAAAAGAUCUAUUUUAUUGCAUUUUAAACCUUGUUGGUACUUCGACGAGGCAAUUUUUUGAUUUUCCGAGUGGAUUUUAUAAUAAUUUGGAAAACUCGAAAAAAAAUGGACAAAUACGGUGUUAACGAUUUUAUUAUUGUAAAUCAUAAAAAUCAUUACUUUUUAAAACACGUACACCUUUAACUGAACUUUGCUCUAAAUCUUUUAACGUUGCACACAAAUAUAAAUUAAAUAACUUUUUGUAUCCUUGCUAUCUUCCCGACUUCUGAUCACAGUGGUACACCCUUCCUCCAACAUUAGCUCUUUUUAUGUGGUAAUUUUUAAUCACAAGCGAUCGAGUUUCAUAAAGAAAAUAUUAUACUAUAACUUUGGAAUCCAGUUUAUAAAUUAUUUUGUAAUAAUACGAUUUGUUAUUUUAUUUUAUUUGUGUAUAGGAAGUGGAAAUGAAUUAUAAUACAAUUUAUUAUGAUUUAAUACGUAUUUAUCAGAUUGUUAAGACGUUGAGUUGGUUAAAAUGAGAAAUACGAAUUUUCGGUAAUAACAAUUUAUUAUAUUAAAAUUAAUUAUCAUUAAAAUAAUUAUUACAUAUAUUUAAAAGUACCACGUAAAAUAGCAAAGUCCAAUUAUUACUAUUUAAAUCAAGGUCAACUAAUUAUAUAUAGUGAUGAAAAAGGAAAGUUUCGCAACAAGUUUCCAUUCCUGGCCGUAGAUCUGCAGAGUAAUUCCUCCAAAUAUAACAAUAAUAAUCUCGCAUAACACACACACACACACACACACACACACAGUAUUAAAUAUAACUUUGAAUAGUAUACCUAUGAACACGUAUGAUUAAUGUAUAUAAGUAUAAUUACACGGUCAUUUGACUAAAAUAUGUAUUUCCAUAUUAUUCUUAGUCGUUCAACUUUAGCGUAGGACGUAGGUAUAUUAUAGAUACAUUUAAUUUAUUUCAAUUCUUUUUUGAUUUUGAGUGUACCAAGUAUAUAUUAUGUUAGUAAAUUAUAAUAAUAAAAUUAUUAUUAUUUUUUUUAUAAAUUUAAUUUAUAUGACAAUCUUAAAAAUCCCAACUGAACUUCGCUCAGAAUCGUUUUUCGUCAACAAUGGUUUAUCGCGUUGUGUACAGAUAUAAAUUGAAUCGUUCUAUAUAAUAUAAUAUCAUAUGCCUAUUUUUCCAAAUAUGCAUUUAUUGAAAAUGAUUUUUUAACGUACUGUGAUUUAUUCUAAUAUUAAUUAGAAAUUAUAUACAAUUUCUUCUUAAUUAUAUGUUAUAGUUUUGAGAGAUAACGUUGUAUGUAUUAACAUCAUGUAACAUAAAAUUAAGAGAACCCUGCAGUAUCGUAUAAAUUUCUGUUCAAACUGUAUUUUGAUAUACCUAUUUAAAGGUUACGUUUUCUUAUAGACAUGAAUAUUUUUCGAAUACUAUAUAUUUAAUUGAUAAUUGAAUAAAUAAUAAUACCUAAAUACAAAUAAAACCGUAUUCACAAACGUUUACCGAAUAAGUUAAUGAGAGAAUAAGUCGACUUGUCUUAAUUCAACCUAACCUACUUAUCCUAUAGAACUCUGAAUUAUGAUAAAGAUUAAAUUCUCUUUGUACAUUUUGAUCCGAGGAGAUAUUACGUCUACCUGCUAUAAUUAUUUGUACUUUUAUACUAAAUAUUGCAAUAGCAUGCAGGUGUAUUACGAGUUAAUCCGGGGAAAGUAUGAAUUUAGUAGUGCAAUGUGAGGUGUAUAAAAUAAAUAGAGAAUAAUUAUAUUUUUUAAAUAACCAUCGCGUUCGUAUGAUUUUAUUUAAAAUUCGUGACUUUAACAUGUGCAGUUGACAUACAUAGGUACCAAAAGGGAUAAUAGUAGGUUAAAUUAUCCUAUUUCGAAUAUUAAAAUUCGUAUAAUUGUUUUUUUUCCUUAUCCCAUUUGUCACCAGGCGCGACAGUGAACCUGUACAGAUUUUCGAAUUUUAUGCAAUAACAAUAUAAGUACAUAUUAUUAAUUUUAGAUCCUAUUUGAAAAUUUGAAUUUUGAUAGAUAUAUUGCUCUAUUUUAUUUUUAUACUUAUGCACAAUAUCAUGUUCGUACGUUUAUGUUUAUACUGUUUUAAACAAAAUAAAUAAAUAAUAGUUAACUGCAUUUAUCACGCCGUGCCGUUUGCAUAAUGCACUUUUAAUUAAUCCUUUUUUUUUUCUGUUUUGUUACGUGUUGCUGUUGCUGCAGACCUGUUGUACAGACACGACGUGACGUUCGAUAGCGUUCUUACAGAAGUGGAAAUACUCGACACAUGCAAAUGUUCGGUAAGUACUGCAAGCAUAAUAUAAUAUAUAUAUAUAUAUAUGUAAUAUGUAUAUAGUUUUAAGUUCUAUGUGUAUGUGUAAUAGUCGUGUGCGCGUUUAAAAGAUAUAGGAAAAAAAAAACAGAUACGUGAUCUGGACAACAAUGCGUAACUUAUUUUGCGUGCGCCGCGGCCCCGCGAGACCGGAAUCAUCUCUCGAGUCAUCUUCUUGCGCAACAUAAUAAUGUGUCCGUUUACUACCAUUACUACAACCAUAUUAUACUAUUAUUCCCGGUGUAGUAUUAUUACAAUAACCGAUUAUAUUAACGUACACCGUCACGUUUCGUUAUUAUUAUUAUUUUUUUUUUUUUUGAUAACAAUUAUUAUUUCGAAAACGGUGUUGUAUUAUGAAUUAUUAUAAUAUGACGUUGACUCAAAAACUGCAGUAGUUUAAUAUUUUUAUUGUCACGAUGUCCACUGCUUAAAUCGCAUGUAAUCAAAAUAUAAACGUUUUUAUUAUAAUAUAUAUAUAAUAAGAAGACGCGUUUAUAGUGUUUAUACCUACCGGGGUAUUUUAAAGAGGUAUGUUGUGUCCAAAUGAUGGCCAUACGUUAAAAUACAUCGGACAUAGAAAAUAAAUGAAAAAUUAUUAAACAAGUGUAGAUUUUGUAAAAAAAUAUUUUAUUUUGUAUACUGCAGGAAAUACUCUCACUGAUGAUGGUGAGGAGUAACUGGGGUAUGUCUAAAAGUUAAUGGGAAUAAUGAAUAGUCUACCUGCUCUUAUGAAGUUUUUUUUUUGAGAAAGAAGAGAGUGAAUAUUCACUAAAAAAUGCCCUAAUAUAUACGAAAUGUUGUCAUUAGAAAAAAAGCGGAUUUUCCAUUCGUCGUAGCAGCCGGUGUUAUUUUAUUUGAAAUAUUUUUUUAUUGAUUCCCAACGGUUUUUCUGAAAAAAGUAACAAAACUUACGCGGACAGAAUUUUAAAUUGCAUUCAUUUUUUUCAAUAGUCGAAGGUAGGAGUUAUAUUUGAGGGAUCUAUUUUCAAAGUGUAUAAUCUCCAUGUACACUACAUUUUCAGAAAACCAAAAAAUGAAUAACUUAAUCAAAAAUUGUUUUUUCCUAUACUAAUUUUAUUAACCUUUUCAUAUAGUUAUGAAAAGAUAAUUUAUCAGGUUUUUACUUAAAAGGAUAAGAUUUUGGCUUUGUUUUGACAAAAUUUUGUUUAGAAAUUAUACAGUAUGACGUUAAAAAUAGUGCGCUAUGUGAUAUUAUAUCUAUUUAUAGAUAUAAUACUAUGAAUUAUAUUCGAUGAGAGUAAUAAUUAUUGUUUACAAUUAUCGAUGAUAUUCAAGAAUAAUAUCACAAUAAUAAAACACAUGAAAUAUACUUGUCAAAGAAGAUUGUACGUUUUGAAACUAAAUAUAAUUUCCAAGCUUAAAAUUACACUGGAUUUUGACCAUUUUCCUAGUCAAUAGUUAGUUAUUUGAAUUUAGCGCUGAAAAAUUGCAUAUGAAACGAUAUCUAUCUCAUUUUUCACGGCAAUUUGAAAUUAUACACUUUGAAAUUAAACCUCUUGUAUGCACUUUUAAUUUUUUUGUUAUUAAACAUUGAUUUUUUUACCAUUAAGAACAUGACUUUUGGGGGUUUCAACUUUCAACCCCUGCGACUAUAUGCAUGAUCAAAUUUCACUUUUUUUUUUCUUUGGAAAUCUAGUUUACUAAUUACCUAAGUAUAUAGUAUGCAAUACUAUAUUAUAUAAUAUAGUAAUAUAGUAUUCGGUUAUUAAUUGUUUCGCAAAGAAUAAUAUCUAUACGUAUUUUAUAAAAUAUAUGGGAGAAAUUAGAUCCUAGUGAUGCAGCUCUGUGGCUCGCAGCAGGUUAUAAGUCCUUUUAAAACUUAAAAAAACGCAUCCGUUUGACCUGUAGGCAUAAUAAUUCUAGGCUUAUAGUUUAUGUUCGGGGAACAAUAUAAUAACUAUUAACCAUAGUUGCAAUUAUACACCAGAGUGUAAUAAUAAUAUUAUAUUUUAACGGCGAUAUCUGUGAUACCUAUAUAAGUGUUAAAAAAUAUAUAAAUGUAUAUAUAUAUUUUUAACGAUCUGACCGUACGUAAAUAAUUUUACGAGCGACAAUCGAUUAUAUAUUACAGAGAUCGACGCUAACUGUAAUAUUGAUGUGGUUGAUGUAAUAUUAUUAUAAUGUCUGGUGUACCUACGGUGGUGUUAGGAACCAAUGACGCGGCGGCUUAACUGUCGAAAAAACAGAAAUGAGAAAAUACAAUGAUAAUAAAAUUAAAAAAAAUAUAUGUAACACGUAUUACAAACGCCCAGAGAAGACGCAAUGUAAUAAUAUUUUCGCAACGGAUUUCGUGGCUUCGGGCGAAGUUAUUGACACUACUCAUGUAUAGGCACCUGGCACCUGGUACAAAUAGUGAAAACAAAACUGAUCGACAUAUUUUAUCAUUAUAUACGUCUCGAGAAUAUUAUGUAGAGGUGUUUUUCUAAACGGUUUUUAGUUUUUUACUAUAGGUAUGUAUGUAUAUAUAAUAUAAUAUAUGACCGCGUAAGUAAUUAAUAGUAGAACGGUUAAAGUAGAUAGGAUAUAUAAGAAGUUUUUUUUUUUAGUGGAUACUACUAGCACAUUAUAUUAUAUGUGAAAUUUUUUUUGCAAAUUAAUUAGCAUCGAUAAUAGUUUGGCGGUUACCUACAUAUAUAUUUUUAUUUUAAUGAUAUCGACGCACAAUUUUUUUGCGAUACGCGUUUAAACUAGUUUCUCGAUCGUUUAUAUUAUGUUACGUAAAACAUUUUUCGACUUUUCGGUGGCAUUAUAAAAGUCGACAGCAGUGAGAUCAUAUCAUUAUAUUAUUGAUUUGCGAGAAUCAAAAACCAAUAAUUAGCUACUUACUCUUAAUAUACGCGGCAUAUUAUAUUUAAAAAAAAGUAAUAAUAUAUUUAUAUAUAUUAUGCUAAUGAAUGAGAUUGAAACAUAAAAUAAUAUGCGAAUAAUAAAUUUGUAAUAAAAUAUAAUAAUAUUAAUAUAAACUUUCGUUUGCGCACAUUUAUAAUACACAUCCUACCUACACUAUAAAAAUUGACGAGAAUAUUGCGCAAUAACAUCAGCUAUAUAUUAAUUGCCCUAUAGGUAAUUAUAUUUUUUAUAAUUACUUCUAAACUUUAACACUAUUUGCUUUAGUAUAUAUAUAUAUAAAUAUAUAUUUUUUUUAUAUUGCGGUAAAAGAGCUGAAUAAGCGUUUUAGAUUUAUUAUUAUAAAAUAUUCAUGAAAGAUUUCUCCAAAUGUUCAGGACUGCAGACUUAUAAUAUUUUGUAGAAUACAUUUUUCAUCUAGUAUAUAAUAUACGAGUAGUAUACGUACACGUCGUUGUCGUGAUACAAGAUUUAUUACAAUCAUAUUAUCUCGAUUUUUCUGUUUAUUCAGCGUUGUUGUUUUCAUUUACUUUCUCGAAACAUUUACUAUAUAAGUAAUAUAUAAUAUUAUAACAAUAUAAUGAGUACAUAUUAAAAUGAAGUGUCGAAUUUUUAAAAUCACAAUAUUUGCAAAUUAUUCUAUUAAAACGUGUUUCAAGUAACUAAUUUUUAGCAAUAAAUAUUUUAUUGCUCAGAGAAACAAUCCAUACUUGUAUACUAGGUUUUUUUUUUUUUUUUUUGUGUCUAUAAACAACUUUUCUAGCAGGAAUCUUGUUUCCAUCAAAAUGUGUAUGGGAACUUACUUAUUGUCGUGUAUUUAAUCUAAUUGGGUGCGUUGCGGAGGUAAUAAUAAUCUGUUUAAGAUUAUUUUCGUCGUUUUUAUCGUUGCGAAUAGAUAUAAAUAUUUAUAGAUAUAAAUAUUUAUAGAUAUAAAUUAAGUUACUUUAUAUAGCCUCCCUUCCAACAUGCCUCUUAAAAUUAUGGCACACUCAUCAGCAGUAUAAAUCUUUGUUUUUAAACUCCGGGUAUAGCGAAAAAGUUAUAAUAUUUUAUACAAUAUUACUAAGAUGUGUUUUUUUCUCGGAGUAGACGUUUUGUUCACUAAAAAUGCUCAGAUUUUUUUCACGCAAUACCUCAAAAAAGACGAAGAAUUUUUGCUCGAUGGUAUUUUUUUAAAAGGUAUUUUGAAAUUUAUUCGACAGGUUUUUUAAAAAAUAAAAACUGUUAACGAACUGACCGUGCAUAUAUCAUUGGUUUUAUUUCCGUUGAUUUCUGGGUGGUAACCUAAUUGGCUGUAAGUAAAAAAAACUCGAUUAUUUUAAGCUCAUAAUCAUUUUUUGUUGAUAAUGAUUUAUCGUCGCUUUUAGUUUAAUAUUGAAACUGAAUCACCUAAACAAUAUACAUUCCCAACUUCCGACCUACAGCAAUUGCGAAGUAUUUUAUUUAUUUGUCUUUAUAAUAUUUCACAUUUGCGGAAAUCAACUCCAGAAAUAAUAUUAUUAUUCUUACCAUGUAUUGAAACGUUAUUUAUAUUAUCUUAAAUAUUAUGGUACACAUAUAAUAUUUUGAUAUUCUUAUACUUCCAUAUUUUUCAUUAACAUUUCGGUAAUCAAUCAAUUUUAAUAAUACCUAUAGCUUAUACUAAAUAAUUGCACAAAUCACUACUGUAUAAUGCGAUAUUAUUAUAAUACACUGAGUGAUAAUUUAGUAGUUAAGACAUGGUUUACGAAGGGAGAAGAAGGAGACAAAAUGGGGUAUUUAACCUUUACUCGUACUCUCCUCUCCUCAUUUUUGCAUCGCCAUCAGAGGAAUCAAUGAUUUAAAAAAAAAAAAAAACAUUUAGUUUCCAUAUACACCUAGGUACUAAAAUAAUAAUUAUCAUUAGCGAUAAUAUACGUAGGUACCCACAGUAUAUGAUCGUAUUUUAUUUCUUAAUCAUAAUAAUAAUUAUACGUUAUAAAUUAUUAUAUAUCUUCAGAUAAUAUUAUUUUUAUGUGGCAGUUUAUCGUCGGGCUAUAAUGUUAAAUGCAGACAUCAGACGGUUAUCAUUUUUUUAAAAUUUUUUUUACCUAUUAGGGCAUAAUAUAUUUUAUAUAGUUAUAUAUUAUGGUUACAUAAAUAAAAUAGGUAUAUUCUCACGCGCGCCAUAAUAAAUUUCGAUUUGUCUCUUGUAAGUACCUAUAUAUAUAUAUAUAUUUACUCGAGUGUUUUUCAAUAAACAUUUCUUAAAAACAAAUCGUUAUUUAUUAUUUUGUAUAGAUAUUAUAGUGUUUCAUUGAAACUACAACGCAGUAGUGUUUUGAUCACUGAAUUUUCUAUAAUAUGCAAUGUUAUUGUUUUGUAUUUCGAAUCUUCGAGAAAUUAAAAUUCGUACGACAAUUUUUCAAUUCUUUUUCUGUUUUGUCUAUAAUAUACUAAAUUGGCAGUUUAGAAAUUAUCAUUGCUGCUUCCUACGCUUUUGCGCUGCUCUCUGUCAAACACCGACAUCAGCCAUAUCCAAUAAUACGUAUACUAAUAAUGAUCCUCAUCACGGUUCCCCAUCUUUUUCCUGAAUCAAAAUUCCGAGCAGCAUUUUUCUCAAAUAGCAUGUUUGAAUAUUUUAUGAAUAUUAAUUUAAAAUUUCAAAAUUAAUUAAAAUUAUACAAAUUAUUAUUUAUAAGAUGAUAUUAGGUCGAGUCCAUUUAUGUUGUCCAAGCCAUUAAAGAUUGAAUAAUUUAUGGUGAUACUUUACGUGCUUUUUAAAAUCCAACCACUUUUUUAGCUGAUUGCAAUUCUGGAAAUGUACCAUUCGGACAAAAGUCUUUGGAAAAAAAUAAUUUUAGACAUUAUAUUCGAAAAAAAUACCGGAAAUCGCUCAACACGUUUUUAUCAGAAUAUCACGAUAUCAUAACGUCAUUGAUGAUUACCUCUUGGUCUUUACCCAAAUAUUUUACGUUCCUCGAGCGAACUGUUUUAUUGCCAGACUCGUUCGUGAUUAAUUUAAAAAAACAAAAACAAACUCGUUCACUCAAAAACACGUUGCAAUUUGUAAAAAUAAUCUACUUGUUUUGAAUUUAUUUCGUUUAGCGGUUUUCAUAUUAUAGGUACCUUUAGUUAAUUUCGCUGACAAGAAUCGAUAAUAUUUUGAUGUAUAUUAAAAAAUCCUUUUGAUUUUAAAACUGGAAAAGUUUUAAAACUUUAGCAUAAAUAAACAUGCUGAUAAUUACUUUUUGUGUAUCGGAAAUAACUUUUGAAAUAACUUUUAUUCCUGAAAUAAACAUUUUUUUAUUAAUAUUUAGCUAUACAUAUAAUGAACUAUUCGGUUUACCGUCUUUAAUUAUUAUAUACUGUUUUAGUGUUGCACACUAAGGAAUUCUGGGAUAGCUACUGAAUUUUAGUUGGGUGAUGGUGGCUUAUAAAUAUCUAUACAUUAUAAUUUAGAAAUCAUAAGAAAUCUUUUGUUUUUCUAUUUAUAAUAUUAUGUUUGCAUGUAUACAAUUAUUUUUCGCAAUGCGUUUCAAAUGUUGAUGAAUGUAAAUGUGAAAUGCAUUUAUUAUGAAUAAAAAAUUACGAACAGGAAUUUUUUAAACACUGCUAAUUUGGUGGUGGGAUGGUAUACUAAAGCGGAUAGCACAUAACUAAAUAUUUAGCCAUGCUAUAGCCUAUGCUAUUCAGCAUGCUACCCCCUGCAAUUUAAUUUUAAGUGUACACUACCGUACCGUUUAAUAAUAACGAGUGUAUAUAUAUAUAUAUGAAUAUAUAGAGUUGAACUGGUUUAAACUAUACCAUAUUAUUAUAUUAUAUAUCGCGGAAAAUAAUGAGAAUAAUUCUUUUUAUUUACUUUAUCUACCUCAGGGUUAGAUUAAUAAUAAUAGUCGUAGUAAUGCAUUUAUGAAGCCCAGUAUCGUAUGUACAUUUAGAGAGAGUAAAAUGAAACUGUUGUAUAUAAAUGAAUAUUAUUGUCGUCGGACGUUAAUCGCAGUUAAAAAAUAAAAACCAUUGUUACUCAAUUAUCUGCGGGGACCUAUAAUACACGUAGAUAUAAUUACCUAUAUAUCAGCGAUAGGUUUUGUGUACAACCAGCAAGUUCGCUCAUCCGUAAAACCAUUAGAGAACACAUAAUGUAAUAUACGUAUUAUUAUUAGUUCAGGUAUCGAUUUUCAAGAGUCGUAUUAUAAUCAUUAUUAUAUUAUACGAUUGUAUAUAGUAUCGCUAAUAUAACUCAUUAUAAUAGCUUCGUGUCGGUCUCGUUCAUCUUUUUUUUUUUUAAUUGACUACGACAAUGAUUCCAUGCUCUUGGUCAAUUAUUACAGAUACGUGUUACUAAAACGUAUAUAUUUAUAAUGGAAAAAAAAAAAAAUAAUAAAAAUCGAAAUAAAUCGAUGCCUCCAAAUAUUGUAAGCGAGUGUUAUUAUAUAUAUAUAUAUAUAUAUAAUGCGACGACGGAGAGGUCUGUAAAAAAGAAAAAGAAAACGGUUUAGCUGUGACACAUAUACGAGUAUUUUUUUUAUCCGAACACAAUAUAUAAUACAGUGUGACUACGUCAAUUCAUAAAAAAAUAUAUAUAAUACGCAUCUGUAUAGCGCCGGAUAAUAAUAUAAUAAUUGCAUCACGGUCCACAUAACGUGUUAUUAUCAUUAUUAUUAUUACAUAUGUAUCGAUGAUAAUAAUAUUAAUAUUAUUAUUAUUAUUGUGAUGGUUUGACACUGCACCGGUUCAGUGUAAAGACGGCUGUCUCGGUCAGCCACCCCUCAACACUAUCGUGUAGACAGUAAUGCUUUUGACAAAAUCGUAUUUUAUUUGGAAUGUUACCUGGAUAAUAUUUUUUUUCUUUAACAAUUCCAUUAAACGAUGAACACGUUUUUACGUGAUGGCCUGCACAGUAGAAAUUUUUAAAUUUUGACGUUGAAAUUUGUGGACCAAUUAUUCGUUUUUCGUUAUACUUACAGCGAAUAUGUGAAAUUCCAGAAAUUUACAUUUUUUUGAAUCCGUUAUUUCUAUAGGUGAUACACGAUUUAAAAUUGGACGGAAUACAUUUGUGUUUCGGACUUGCCAGAACUAACAUUUAAAAACCGAUUUUAUUUGUUUGUUUUGCAAUAAUUUUGAAAUUAAAAUUCACGUAUAUGAACAAAUUAUUAUUUUCGUUAUAUUUUAUUAUCACCCAAUACGACUAAACAAGACAUUUGUCGCCAGUUUCUUAUUCAAAAUAUUUUUCGAGUAUAAUAUUAUUUGAUUCUGAAUAGAUAUACCGAAGAAACUAUAUGCCUAUUAGUUUUAAAAAUGAUAUAUCCUUUCUCGGAAAACGCUUGCGGUAAGUAAUACUAUUGUUACAUCCAUAGAAUGAUAACCGCCCAAACCCUUUUUUGUUGAAGUCUCAUAUCUACUAACUAUAUAUAGUUUGAAUUUAAAAAGCAAAAUGUAUUGUACGUGAUCUAUGUGAUUAGUGAAUAGUGAUAAAAUGCAAUUAAAAUUAUAAGAAAAGACAGUCGAAUACCAUUCAUUAUUUUUUUCAAAACAGAUGUUAAGGUUUUCCUAUAACUGAUAUAAAAAAGAUUCCUAUACAAACGGCUAAUAUUAAAUUAAAACAAAUAAUAUAUUCAAAGCUAAAAAUGUGUAUUAUUUGUAAAUGUUGUAUAGUUUUUUACCAUUCCCUCCACUCCGGUGAUAGAGAAGAAAUAAUGUGAUUUUAAAAAUAAAUCCUCCAGCAUUCCUAAUGACAUAUCCUUGCUAAAUCCUUAUCUUAGAUUCAUCUAUACAACAGUGGGCUAACUCUGAGCAGUAUACACAUUUGAUUAUAUUUAUUCUCUUCUUCGAUUAAUAUCAAUUAAUUGUUCACGGUCUAAAAUAUUAUUUGUUUAUACUUAUUAAAUAAAUAAAAAAAAUAAAAUGUGUAUACACUUGUUUUGCCUGAGAUUAUGAUUACAUAUCUACUAUAAUAUUAUAGUGUGGUCGCUAAAAUGUUUUAUUGAAAACCUUAAUAACGAUUGAAUAAAUAUUUGAUUAAAACAAAUUUCAGAAUUAUUAUUAUGGUUUAUAAUAUAUACGCGCGGGGGAGUAGGCCGUAAUAGGUUUCCUCCCACGAUAAUUUUCCCCGUCGUAAUAUCAGUUUACAUAUAUUAUUAAAUUAUAUACACGAGCAGCAACCUAAUAUAAAUAAUUAUAGUAUCUCUAUACUAAAAUCACAAGAUUCAUACUAACCGGAAUGUCCAUUCAAAUAUUAAAAUAUUGUAAUGUACCUGCAGCUGCAUCAAUGGAUAUUUUCUAUUAUUGAAAAUCAAUUUUUUUUUUUUCCAAUUUUCACGUCGAGAUCGUUUUCUAUUAUAUGGAAUUACAGGAAGCUUUUAUAAUAAUAAUAACGUACAUACCAUUAUAUUCUAAUAUUUUUUUUUUUUUUUUUUUUUGUAUAAUAUUAUACUCUUUUUCGGGCUGGGGGUAAAUCGAAUAUAAUCUUAUAUAAUAAUAUAGGAACCUAGUUAAAAGUGUUUUAAAAUCGAUAUAAUAACCAUACGUCGUCUUCGGUGGAAUAUUCGUUUUAGUUAUUCCUGCGGUCGUGUCUUUAUAUAUAUAUAUAUAUAUAUAUAUAUUUAUAAUAUCUUUGUGGGACUGCUUUUAUAUAGUAUACCUAGGUAUAUUAUAACAAGGUGCGCGCAUCACGUCGUAUCCAAUUAGUUCUACUGGCGCUGGAGAAUAAUAAUAGCGGAUCUACACACUACACUCAGAUUUGUACACUGUAGCACUCCGAAGACCUGUAUUAAUCUAUACGUACGUACGUACGUGCGUGUAUGCGUGUGUGUGAGUGUAUGCAUAUAUACCCCUGGUCGUCGACUAUAGGGCCGUUUUUACAAUAUAUAAUAUAGGUAGGUAUUUUUAUAAUAUAUGUAUAAACGAUUUUUUUUUCUUCUUCUCGGUCCUUCUUGGAUACUCGAACGACUUGAAAAGAAUAAGUAUACCUAUGUACAUAGAUACAUUCGAAGUCAUGCGUUGCCGAAGAAAAUGGCGAAUGUAAUAAUAAUAUAAAUAACAAACAAAGAAAACUCAUUAUCGUCGUUUAUUUAAAUCAACUGAAAAAAAUAUAUAUAUAUAUAUAUAUAUAUAAAAAGAAUUAUUGCAUACUAAUAAUGAUUUUGACUGAAGAAUUAUAAAUGGUUAUAACACGGUGGUGUUUCAUUUCGUGUCUUAACGUAAAUUCGAACUUUUAAAACGCCGCCUAUUAUCGAUCAAAAUAAAUUACAACAUUUUACAUAUGAAAACAACUCGAUAAUUUAAAAUUAUCAUAUACAGCAAUAAUUCAAAAAACGUCGGAAUAUUUCGAAAAUUACACAAUGUCUGGAAAGACGUGCUGAUAUAAUAUAUAAGUAUUUCGGUGAAAGUUUCAGGUCUCUACGAUAAUUUUUCAUAAAUUAACAAAAAAAAGAUCUGAUUCUGCUUAUGGGUGUGCCACUGUUAUAGGUAGAAAGUUGGAAAGGUAGGAUACACAAAGUUAUUUGAUUUAUAUCUGUACGCAACAAUAAAUCAUUGCCGAUGAAAUACGAUUCUGAGCCAAGUUAUAUUACGUAAUGCCGGUAUUUUUUGGGUUUUUGUCAAAAUAUGAACUUAAAAUGCUUGCUUAUAAAAAAAAAAAAAUACUGAAUCACAUUCGACUUUUUUUAUUAAUUUCAGACACAAUUGAUGACGAUUCUCGUAUUAAAUUUUCAAACAUUUUGGUACGGUUGAAGAAUUCUAUUUACAUUAGUCAAAAAAUAUAGUAUGCAAAAUGUCGUCAUUUUUAUAUAUUACAUUGAAGUUUGAAUUUGAAAUGCGUAUAAAAAAAAAUAUGCUGUACGUUCUUUUUUUGGACAACUCAGUUGUUAAAAGUAGAUAUAAGUCAAGUGAUUUCACCACGUUUGUAUUCGUUUAUUUUCCUCCUUUGUGUGUAAUAACCGAACAUGCAAAAGUAUUAAAUAAUUACUUCGGCCCUACGACAAAUUUGUUGAUAUUUUACACUUUCGGUUUUUUUUUCCAACAGCCAUCACAAUGCGGUGAUUUACGCACUACAGUUCGAUGUGUAUGUUGUAUUGUGUGUGCUAUAUACACGGUGAUCGUUAAAAUUUAUUACACACGAUGUUUUAUUCUGUUUUUUUUUUUUUAGAAAUAAGUUAUAAAUAACAUCAAACUUAAAUUUUUAAUUGUAUACAAAAUUGUAAGUGUAGGUAUUUAAAUUUACAUAACAUAAUAAUAUUAUCAUCUGUUUAACGUACGUUAAAUUAAUAAAUUCGUUAUGAAAAAAAAUUUAAAUGUUAGCAACUUGGGUAAUAAUACCUACAUGUUAAAUUUUAAAUUUAAUAUCAAAACUUGAGUACACGUUAUAUAUCAGUAUAUUUCAAAAAUCCAUAUAAAUACAUUUUGUAAAUAAUCCGUAUUAUAUAUUGUUUAAUAAUAAUAAUUAUAUCAAUAGUAAAUUAGUGAGUGGAAAAUAAGGUUUAUAUGAGUUAAAAACACUAUUCUAAAAACCGAAUAUAGCUGGUCACGAUACGGAGUAAAAUGAUACAGUGGACUGGGCAUGCGACGCAUAAUUAAAAUCCCCACACAUACGCUUACUGUUUAAAGAAAAUCUUACUAGAAAAAAUACUGAAAUUAGAAGACCAGUACGUAUGAAAUGGAAGGAUGUAGUAAUGAAAGAUAUAGCCUUAGGAAGAGAGGGUUGGACUGAAAGACACAAACAGUGAAUAAGGAAAACUGAAGGUAAGGUUUUAUGGUGGGUCGAUUGUCCUAUCACUCGAUUACCUAAGCAGAAGAAAUAGUUUGCCUCUUAGUAGGUUUAUAGUAGAACUGCUGCAAAUAACGAAAACAAGGAGCCUCGUAGUUAUAUUUUGUGUAGAAUCCAAUUUGUGUAAUCAAAACAACAAACAAAGAAGACAGUUUUUAAUUCCUUUAAUAAUUGUAUUAAAAUGUUACCGUUCAAAACGCGAUGUAUCUUAUUAGUUAUAUAUUAUUACAUUUCGAUAAAGCCAGUGACUUAUCUGUUGUUACGGGGUCGAUGGACCCCCCAUCCCCACUAAUUGGCCGUAAUUUAAAAUAUUUGUGUAUAGUUUCGUGUUUGUAGUGUACAAUGAUUUAAUUUUUCAUUAUUAACUGUAAUAAGUACAGAAUCUUUUUAAAUGUAAUUAAGAACAUUUAACUUUAACAGACAGACAUGUAUUUUCGGGUUUGUCUUCUUCCCCCAUUGAGAAAUCAUGGCUAUGCCACUGGAUACAAUUUGUUGCAUAACUUAUCAAGAGUACAGAUCUUGAACACCGUGCACCUAGUCUUUACAAUAUAUGUAUACGAGCAUCGUGUAAUUAUUACGAAAUCAUUGAUCAUAAUUACAAAUUAAAACACCCGUUAAGAUAAUACAGCGAGUUAUAUUAAUGUUAAUUAUAUUAUUUAUUAUUUGUUUGAAUCGAUCGGUGGUAUAAAAAACCAAUAAACAAAAAAUUCUCCGUUACUGUAUAUAGUGUAAUAUAUUUUUUAUAGGUGGUACUUCUAAAUGACCGUGUAAACAUAAUUUAUUUCCGAUCGUUUUUUCUUUCAUGUGUGUGUACGUGUGGCACGCGCGGGGGCAAUAGGGUAAUAAUAAUAAUAAUAUGUAAUAUAUUAUAAAAUAAUAUGUAAUAAUAUUAUUAUUGAUCGGGAAAGAAAUAUAAAUUAUAAAUGACGAAUGUUUUAUAUAUAUAUAUGUAUAUAUGAAACGACAGUGCAACAUCGUUUAGAGAUAUUAUAGUCGUGUGACGUAUGCGGUGGUGGUGUUCUCGUGGAAAAAAAAAACGUGAAAUCGAAAAAGGUUUGCCAUUUUUUAUGUAUAUAUUUAAAAAAUAGACUCGUCCGGAAUAAAAUAUCGCCCGCGCGCGGGGUCCGUCGGCCGCACGAUUUCUUUGACACGACACGCCGCCGCCGCACGAACGGCCACCGCCAAAAGGCAAUAGGGUUGGUGGUCGCGUGUUUGAAAUUGUCUGUCGGAUAUCGGUCGGGUUAUAGGUAAUAGGUAAGGUUAGGUUAGGUAAGGUUUUGUGGGUUUUCCUACUGGAACGCGCAGGAUGAUGGAAAUCCUAUAUAGCAGCAGAGAUUGAUACGAAUUCUGGGGUAGGUACAUUUUUAUUAUUAUGACCGGAAAUCUCUCUCCCGUCAUUAGCUUGAGGGGUGAUUUUAGAUAUAAAAUUUUUGUCUAGUUGGUGUAUUUUAAUGGCUAUUUUUUUUCAUAUAUUUCGAUUGAACAUAACAUUUCAUUUUAUAAAUAAAAAAAUAUUAUUAUUGCCUUGAGCAAAUAAGUGAUACUUUUCACGAUUUCAAUCAUUGCAUGGGACGGUAAUUAUUUUUUUUUAUACAUUUUCCAAUUCGUACACUGGUUGCUGUUUCCAACUAUUGUUGGCGUUUGUCGGCGCCCAACGACGGUAUCGAAUGUCUUGUGAAUUUCGAUGACUCGACGGCACUCGAUUUUCUGACCUUUCUCGGUAUACAAUCACUCGUGCGGGUACGAUAAUAUAUUAUUAUUAUUAUUUUACUGACGAUGACUAAGCGAUACGAUGAAUAUUAUUAUAAAAAAAUUACGGUUCGCGUGCGUGUAAAAAUGAAGUAGGUAAUCUAAAAAUUAAAAGAAAAAAAAUCAUGUGCUCUACGCGAUGUCGUCGACCCGUCGGCACCGUCGACACCCGCGGUCACCAUUAAGUCGCCGGCGUUUAACCCCAUGCGACGGUGGCGUUCACCGCUAAAACUACAGGAUUACCGACGGCGGAACAAUAUAAUCACAAUACCAACCGUGUUUUUGACAACCCGAGUAUAAAUUUUCUACCGCUGCUCUUUCAUAUCAUGCUAAUAAUAACAAUAAUUACAUUAUUAUCAGCAUGUCAAUGUUUCUUACCACAUUUUAGGUAAUGCGGUGAUUUUUCAAUAUUAAAAUACCACGCUUGAUAUUUGAUCUAUACCUAUAUAUAUAUAUAUAUAUUAUACAUGCACUAUACGAUAGUAUUACAAUCAACGGGCGCGAACCGGCGAUGUGAAUCAGCUCCCCCGGUAACGAGGUCAAAGGACUCGGUUUAUUGCACAGUGGCUCAACGACUGCCGUUUUGACAUUACGGUUGGGCCAAUCAUCUCAAAAUCGAGACGUGCGUACAGUCCACAUAUUUCAAAAUAAUAAUUAUAUUAUCGUUAAGCGAUAAAAUUCGCCCUAAAAGCACCCGUAGUUGCGAGGAUUGUUUGAAAAGUAACGAUCAUGUGCAGUUGAGAGUGUAAAGAGAAUCGAAAAAAAAAAAUACUAAAAUCGUAUUAACCAAGUAGUAUAUUAUAAUCAAAGAAAAAGAGAUCAGUAAAUGGGUGAAUAAAGAAAAACAAAGCUGUAUAGAGGGACUCUUUUAGAAACAUAACGUAUUAUUGAAUACAAUUGAUAAUUAUUAAAGUAGGCUGGACAUGAUUAACAAAGUCAAAAUUUACUUUUAUGCAUCGUGGUAAUAUAAGAAAACUCGGAAAGGGAUAGAUCCCGUUCGAGAUGGAGAGAUGUGCAUGAGUUAAUGAAGUUAUUGAAGAAAUAUGUGGAAUUUUUUCAAAUGUAAGACUAGUUUAAAGAAAUUAAGAGUAAACUAACAGUGAGAAUAUUAGAGGAUUGGGCGUGUAACGCCAUGGUUCAAAUGCUGACCGAUAAUUCCGAGAAGAAGAAGGAAGAACAAAAAAUGUAGUAUGGUAUAGUAUAAAAUACCAUUCAUUUUUUACUAUUUAAUUCGAUAAAUUAUCAACGAUAACUUUAAAUUAUACUGGAACAUAAUAAAUUUGUUGUUCUGUAUCAUUUUUUUGUUUUCUUAAUUUUUACGACAGUGAGAGUGAAACCACAAUGUUGUUAUAGGUUAGGUAUUAUAUUAUUAUAAUGAUGACCGGUCAAGUUAACGAGUAACAAUUAGUGUUUAAAAAAAAAACUUACAUCAUUAUUUUUAAAUAAUUAAUAUUCAGCGGGUAAUAAAUAUUUUUAAUAUUAUAUUAUUAUGCUCUACCGUCGCGUGUUUGUAUAGUUUCUCUAGAAAAAUAUCGUGCACAAUUUUCUAAACGUUAGUUCAACGGUACGACUGACUGUAUCUAUACUGCACUAUUAAUACUUAUAUUGACUAUUACUCUUCAGUGACAACAUAAUUAUUUAUAUUUUAUUAUAAACGAGCGCGUGUAUAGCAUUAUUUAUUUGUGGCGUUAUUUGUUCUGUACUUCGGUUAGGUAUUUAAGAAUAUAUAUGUAUAUUUUCUGAAAAAAAAAAUCAAUUACACGACCUAUCUCUACGCUGAUUUGUUUAGGCAUACGCCUAUGGAAAUAGCUACAUGGAAAUUCAAAAUUUGAUUGACAAUAAGUCAAUAAUUCAAUUAUUUUUGUAGAAUACUAUACAUAUAGUUGUAUAAAUAAGGUAUUAAAGAAAGAAAAAAAUUGAUUAUUUUACGAUAAUCUAUGCAGAUUGCAGAUGUUGUAGAAAAAACCUUAUUUUCUAUAAACGCAAUAAAGAAACGUAUAUGGAGAAACUAUAAGUGCUUACAGAAAAUAAAAAAAGACAUACUACAAUUAAAUGUUGAAUUCAUAUUGAUAUCAAUAUUUCAUUAUAUUCUAUAAUGUUAAAGCGUUCACUUGAUAUUAUUUUUAAUUAUUUCCGUAUUUUGCAGUUUAAUUUGUUUGUAAAAAAUUGUUCAUUUAAUAUUUCCGUUGAUGUGACAACAACAAGAAAAAUAAAAUUACGGAAAUGUACGAUAUUAGGUAUACAACUGUAAUAUGUAUUAUGUAGCUAUCAUACAAUAUAAAAACCAGAAAAAAUUAAAACAGUAAUUUUAACAAAUACCUAAUCAUAUCAUUUGUAUAGUUAGCAAAUUUUCUUUUCUUCUUGGACAAAAAAAUACGAAAACUUUGUAUCAGGUGUUAUCACUUACAACGAUGAUGAUUAUAAUAUUAUCUACAAAAUUACUUUCGCUUCCCGAUAUAAUCCUGCUAUCGAUUCGAGCAAAUUUCUUUUGUUUUUUAAAAUUUGCCAUCUAUAUUGACCUUGGAUAUUGUGUAUAUUUGUCGGUAAGUAUAUUAUUAAAUGCAAUAACUUCUCGGUUGCGUACACAAUCGAAUGAAAAAAGGCUUAACCAUUUGAUAUACUUUACGUAACUCGCAUAUUAUCAAACAAAUAAAUAAAAACACGAGUAUAAUAGAUGUAUAAAAUAAAAUGAUUUAAAAUUUUAUAGCGUAAAAUCGUGAGUAUUAUUAUUUGAUAAUUUAAUAUAGAUUUGAUAUCAAUAAUAAUGUUAUUUUCUAUAAUCUACCUAUGUAGAUUGUAUAUGUAUAUUUUAUACAUAUUACCUAUGGUUAGAUUUUCUAUAAUACUCUUGAGGUUUUACAGAAUUAACCUAAUUAUAGUACAUAGUAUUUAUAUUUGUUUAUUUGUUAUGAAAAGUAUUAAAUUUGUAUUUAAACAAAAGUUUACACAAGUGUUCGGUCGAGAAGAUUAUCGUACCAAUAAUUUCGCAAAAAUUAUAAGUGUUUAUUAUCAAUAUUCGUCUAAUAUUAAUACAUCGUCUAGUAUUUUUUUUUUAAAUUUAAUUAAAAAUUGUUGAACAUGCUUUUAUACCAUAUGAAUAAUAUUGCUCUGUGCAAUUCACUUUAGUUUAAUUUUUUUUAUUGAUUCGCAGUUUUAGUACUCACCUAGCUUUUUCAGAACAUGUAUUAUUUUAGGUAGUACACUAGGUAGGUAAAGAAAUAAUUGAACAAAACAUGUUGCAUAAUUAAUAAUUGUUUAAUAUAUUUGACGUAAUAUAGUUACGUAAGUUCAGUAUAAGGGCUCUUACCCCUUACAAAGAUGAAAAGAGAAGAAGUUCAGGAGAUAUAUAUGUAUACAAUUCUACUUGAAUGCGAAAUAUCAUUAUGUUAUUAAUUAAAUAGUCGGAAUAGUGAAUUCAAAAUAGGUACCACCCGUUUAUAGUUAUUUAAUUUAACCUGAAGUUUAAUAUAAAAUAAUACAUAACUAAAAGGUAUUCGAUAUAAUAUCAUUGAAGUUACCGAGUAUAUUAUUUUGUCGUUUAAUUACAAUGCAUGAUUGCAUAAUGUGGUGAACAAAUAUAGACAUACAGUUAUAUAUUCGAGUGAAUUUUGGAAAACGUUGUUACUUAAAAUUUAGAUAUUUUAGACUUGAAGUGUAAUAAAGAAGUUAUGUGUUUUACUAAGACGUGUUGCAAAUUUCGCAAGUUACAAGUAUUAUACUUUAUUUAAAACGUUUUCAAUAUAGAUUUCCAAACAGAUCCAAAAACCUGAUAAUACAAAAUUAUGAUACGUGCGGUAUUAUUUCGGUCGAUUUCUGAUUUAUCUUGUUAGCUGCUACAUGUAAAGAAAAAACUUCACCUGUAGUAUGCCGAGUUAUACUCAAAAUCGUUUUUGAUUGCAAUGUUUUAUAUCGUUGCUAUUUGCUGUAAGUAUAUAUAUGAAAUUACACGCAAUAGCUCCCAAACUUUCCACCUUUUUUAACAUUUAAUGGUCUACCCAUAGUGCGAUGAAGGUAUGUCCGGCUUUAUUUUGUAUUUUUUAUUUCAUCGAACAAUCGAAUUUAAAAUCGGAUCUUCGACGGUCAAUAUUAUUAUAUUCGGUCUAUCUGUAUAUCUAUAUAAUAAUAAGUGGGCGUGUUAUCGUAUAAUUUAUGUCAAAAUAAUAUUAUAGUUUCGGUUUCCUAUACAGUGCUUUCACUUUUUUUCUUUUUUAAUUAAACAUCACGAUAUUAUUAUACGUAUAAGUGAGUGCACGCGGGAAAAGUCAAUGGAACAAUAUAAUAUUAUAUCGAUGCUAAUAAUGAUAUUAUUACACACGAUGUACGUAUAACAUCAUGUCAUAAUAUAACGAGUUACUACGGAGAACAACGAGGUGGAUAUAAAAAUCGUGCCAACGCGAAAAAAAAAACGACCGGAAGGAAACGACAAUAAUGGGAAGGAAGGCGUACCUAUCUGACAUUAUAUAUUCAUAGAGAAUAUUGUGUUAUACCUUUAGACAAAUUAUCAUAAGAUUACUGUAAAAGUUUUGAGAGAAAAAAGAUGUUAUCACGUACUUACUAUCGUAUUGGUUUACCUAGGUCUGUUAGUUUGGAAAUAUUUCAAUAUUACUAGUUUAAUAUUAUAAAUAUUAUCAUAUAAUCAUUUGCAGACUGGGCUUGGUAAAAUUAUAGGUGGUCAAAAAAAUAAUUUUGAAAAUACAAAGCAUUAUAAUAAUAAUAAUUUUUAAGUGGUUAAAAACAAAAAAUUGAAUAUCAAAUAAAUAUAAUAUGAUCUAAUCAAAGUGUUUCAUUUAACCAAUGAAAAGUUACAUAUUUGCAUAUAAAUAACCUAUAGAAACAAUAUCAUAUCUUAUUAGAACCACCCAGCUAAGCUUUCCAUCAGUACGUUGUAUAAUGAAGUAUAAUGAUCCAUGAUUGGUGCCAAAGAGGACAAAUUCAUAUUUUUCUCACUCCAUUUAUCUAUCUAAUAAUCUAUUUUUUCGAAUUUUAUUCAUUACAUUUCGUUAUUAUUCACUGCAUUUUACUAUAUUUUUGAUUAAAAAUCAAAUAAAACGAAAUAAUAAGCUACUAUUCAUUUUACGUGUUUUUUCACAGAAAAUACUUUUUGGUUAGUAAAAAUACACCGAAAAUAUUUUUAAAAUUCGCUCAGAAUAAUUUGUUGACUACAGUGAUUUCUGGUUGAUUUCAGUUUUUAAACUAUAAACUACUCCGUAUCUAACAUUGUAGCACACCUAUACUAAGGGGCGUAGGUGUACAUUUAUUUUUGAGAAGUCUGUCUAUCAAUCAUUUAUGAUAUAAGUGAAUUGGGAGUUGAACAAAUAACUAAACUCUUGUAAUAAUUUUGAAACAGGGAAUUCACCCCUCCCCCCCCACUGAAAGGUACACCCUUGAGGCAAUACUAUCCCAUCUAUACCAAAUGGUCUAUUCAUUGGAUGAAGUAUAUCCGGUACAAUAUCAAAACACAAUAUUGGUUUAAUAUAUAUAUACUGCGCUACACUCGUCUGUCAUAACUCUGAGGUCAAUGUGAUUUUUGUUUCACACAUCAUGUUUACACGUAGGUAUUGUAGUAUUAUGAUGUGUUCGUAAUAUUAAUUAAACAAGAUCUAUUUAGCCGUGUGCACCGCUACUGUCAAAACGUUUGAUUGAUACGGUGUCAACAAAUAAAACAACAUCAAUGUCACGGACGCCCUCGGGUGCAAGUAGGUUGUAUAGUCAUUAUUAUCAUUAUUAUUAUCAUAUGAGAGCACGAUGAUGUAUAUUAUUAUACUAUAAUAUGGGUGCAAUUUCGCGGUGUCUAUUUUAUAUAUAUAUAUAUAUAUAUAUAUAACACCGGUGCGCACGAGUACGAACACAACGAACCCGAGGCGAACAAUUUCCGUGACAAAAGAUUUUUUUUUUUUUUUUACUAGAUUCUUAUUAUAAUAUUGUCGAAUACCUACCUAAUACGUAGUCGAAAGAAAAACAUACAAAUGCACUAUAUACAUAAUAAUUUUUUUUUUCUAUUUACUUGCAUUGUAUUAAUCUACGCGCACUACAGUGAAACAUUCCACGCACACGUAAAAAAUAACGCAGGUGUACCCCUAGAUAAUAUAAUAAUGACACGAAUAUCUAAUCUGUGUAAUAUUUUAGGUAUAUUAAUUUCCAGAGAGAUCGUAAUCAUAAUAUUGUGUACAAACCAAUAUUUUAAUAUUACUAUGUAGCUAUAAGAAAGAAGGUCAGUACAUUAUUCGUUCAUUCCUCUCCCGUUCGUAAUCUCUAUAGAAUUAUUGUUACGUGUGACCAAUUUUUAUAAAAAUCUUUUAUACUGCUGAUGGAUGUGCUACUGUUUUAGGAGGAAAUUGUGGAGAAAUUAUAUAUUAUGUAUCGUAACUUAAAAGUAGUACGUAGUACCCAACGAUAAAUAAUUUUUAAUAAAAAACAAUUCUGUAGAGUAUUAUUACUUAUUGGUCGUCUUUGUUUCCUUUAUUACCAACGUAACCUAGAAAUGAACAAAAAUUGUGUGAAAAAUUGUCAAUUUUUUCCAAUUAUUAAGACACUAAAAGAAAACCGACCACCUUAGUGCACCAACUAGAUCCAAAAUGCUACAAGAAAAUGUCUGUACAAUUUUUGAUUGGAGCAAGAUUUCUCGUAAAAAAAUUGUUAACAAAUACAAAAAAAAAAAAAAAAUAAAUCAUAGUAAAAUCAAUACUUUCCUCUUUUCUCUCAGAAUCUAAAAAUAAAUAAAUUAAAACGCCAAUAUUACAAUAUUAUUUUUAUUAUUUUGAUUAUUUUUUUCCUUACAAUUGCAAUUCCACUGGUUUUAUUAUUAUGAAUAUUCCAUUAAUACAUUUUUUAUUUGAAAAUACUAUACACAAUCAAUUCGAUAUUGCAGCAAUCAACUGCACGUGCAGCGGUGUUUGGACUUUUGUGAUGACAUCGACCUUUUACAAAAUAUGAUACUCGUUUUUUUUUUUUUAUCUAAAUUUAAUACUCUGCGGUAUUAUUAUGAUCACCCAAUUUACAUUAUAGUUUAACUGAAUUGUAUACUUCGUGAAAUCUCUAAGGGGCAAAGUUAACUGCACCGGAGUUUUCGAUCAACAUUUUCGAUUCAAAGCUAAAUAAGUUAAUAAUCGUAAGCGAUAAUAAUACGAAUGCAAUAAUAAUAUUAUACCACGUGUAUUAACAUCGUUGCAACUUUUAUGGCAGUCAUCUUAAAAAUAAGAACAUUUUUUUUUCUAUCGUCAACUAAAAAAAAAUCGAUGAUAUUAUAUUAUGCCCAGCAAUUAUAAAAGAUAAUGUAAUAUCGAGAAAAUGCAGGUCUACAUACGGUGCGCUUUUUUCUUUUUUUUACUAAUCAGCUCUAUAUACAUUAGAAAACCUGUUUAUACUUUUUUUUUUUCUAAAGCAAUAUAUAGUAAAGUUACUAUUUACACAUACUAAUAAAACAUCUUCAUACCUAUAUAAAAAUAAAAAACGUCAUUUUACUAAGAAUAUUAGGUUAGGUGUACGUGAUAUAUUUAUUAUUAUUAUUUAUAAUUUCUUGUACAGUACUCAUAAUACGUGCGUAUAUAAUGUAUAGGCAAUGAUUCUAUAAUUUUGUAUUAUUAUGCAAUUGUACAUGUUUAAAUAGACUGUAAAUGUCAGUAUUAUUCGCAUGUUUACGUAUGUAUAAUGAUACGAGGUGUGGCUAUUAAACAUCGAGACUGCUCGCCUAGAGGGCGCCCUAGAUGGGUAGUGAAAAAAACGAGUAAUGCGUUGGGUAUCUAGAUAUCUUAUCUAUGCACGUACCAAUACACGUUUUCGUCACUAUUAUAGUAUUUGUGCAGUAGUGGUUUGAAACGAACCUGUUUUUUUCUCGUGCCGAAAACCAUGUGUGACGAAAAACAUGAGCAACGGAUAAACGUAAAAUUUUCUCGUUAAACUAAAAAAAACUCCAACUGAGUGCUAUAAGUUGUUAAAAGAGGCCUAUAGUGAGGAUUUCCUAUCUCGGGUGCGUGUUUUUGAGUGGCAUAAAUUAUUUUCUGAAGGUUUCUUAAAAGGAAUCCGGUUUGAGUCGAUGGAAGAGGUGAAACAAAAAUCGGUGGAACUCCAGAAUGGUCUUACGAAAACAGACUUCCAGCACUGCCUCGAGCAAUGGAAGAAACGAAUGAAACGGUGUGUGGCGAGGGGAGGGGAGUAUAUUGAAGGGGAGAAUUUGAAUGUAGAAUAACUUUUAUAAUAAAACACUUUUUCGUAACCAGUCUAGUUAUUUAAUAGCCACACCUCGUAUACUAGAGAGCAGUGGUUAAAGGGGGCCGACGGUGUCCUCCUUAUUCAAAGUAAAAAUAUCAUUUCACUUAGGUUCCCCUUUAAAGUCCGAGGGUUUGGUUAGAUUUAUUUAGUUCUCGGGAACGCCCCUCAAUUUCCGGUAAAUAUAGUCUCCUAUCGAAGUUUCCCCACUUUAACCACUGCUAAUAAGAUAAUGCGUGAAUUUGUAUUAUUUCUAUACUUUACUUUACUCGAUUUUUUCUUUUCGACGUGUUUUUUCGAGUUAAUAACAAAAUAGUCGUUGAGUUUUCACCGAAAAUAGAGAAUAUUGCAUUGUAUAUUGUGCAUGUUAUUGCCUAUAAAUAAGUAGAGGUUAUAGUAAAUUAUAUAUAGUUUUUAUUAUAAACAAACUAAAUUUUUAAAACUGCCUUUUGUCUAACUUAAAUGGCCGCUCUAAAUGGCUUAAGUCAUAUAACGUUUACCUUUUUUGUCAAAUAUAAAGUUCAUCUUAGUGAAUUACGUUAUUUUAAUUUUCAGUAUAAUAUAUGUUACAACAUACAUACAAUUAUAUAAUUUAGACUAAUACAAUUAAGGAUACAAAAUUACAUAAGUUAAAAUGUAUAUUAAAAAAAAAGCUAAAAAUUGACCGAAGCCUUUCUUCCAUGGGACUAGAAGAUAUUUAUGAUACAUAUUUACCUUUUUAUCUUACUAAUUUUAGAUACUUCUAUAGCGACUGUCUCUGGAGUAAAAGAGUUCAAAAUCAAGAAUUGAAGUGAUAAAAAGUUGUAUUGAAUUUCAAUAUGAUCUGUGGAAAGAGGAUGUUUUUGUUAGCUUUGGACAUCCUUUACAGAUCCUCACCCUCAUAUGAAGUUAAUGAAACGAAAUUUUGUGUCUGUGUAUAUAUAACGAUAUAGUAUAUAGUAUUACCUAUAUGAUGUUUAAAUAAAAUAUGUUUUGUGAAAAUCAACAUUCCCCGUAGUGGUAUAUUAUGGAUUAAUCUAAUACAAUAAUUCUUUUUUGUUCAUGCGCUUUUAAACAGGAGAAAAAACGACGUAUUAUUUCAAUGGUGUGGUGACGAUGAUUGCAGUCCAUCAGCCUGUAUAACUUAUUAUUUAUCUAGUAAAUAUUAUACUUACUAUAAUUACAUAUGUAACCCUCGUCUGAGGCCUAUAAUAAAAAUGUGGUUGGUCGUUUUCGAAUAUAUUUAACGUUAGAAUAUGUUAGUUUUUUCAUUAAUCGAACACCACUCAGGUUUUUAUUUUGUUUUUUUUUUUUUACGGAUAAUAUGUAAUUUAUUGUACGAGAGGCGUAUUUUACCAAACGCUUUUCGGUUGAUUUUUUUUCUCCGACACUAAUGGCUCGUAAGAAAUAUUAUACGAGUAUUAUUAUGGGUAUGUAUUCUUUUGUUGACCUUUUAUGCCGCGGCGGCGAAGACCCCAAAACGGUCGUAACACAUUUUGUUUUUUUUUCAAAUAAUAAAAAUAAUAAUGAACUCUAUAUCUAUAAUAUAAUGACCGAGAACAAACUCGUAUCGUCGUCGUCGUCGUCAUCGUCGUUGUCAUGGCCCCUAUAAUACAAAACUAAUCACAAGGUGCCUUGUUAACCGCAAUCGACGCCGCCGACACCUAUUAUCAUAAUAUAUUUAAUACCUAUGUACAGAUACCUACAUUACCUAUAUUUUCAUAAUAACAUAUUAUAUCGAAAACGAGUAUGGUACGUCCAUAUCCGACACCGAUAGGUAUAGACGGUUUAAACGCCGUAGCCGAUAACCAUAACCAUGGUUAAGUCGCGCAAUUAACGUUUUAUUAUUAUUGUUAUUAUUAUUAUAAACCCGAUUUUAGUCGACGAAGACGCGCGUCAGAAAACUGGUCUUGCAAUCGCAUUAUUCUUUAUAGUCUUUACCGCGUGUUUUUUUUUGGGGGGGGGAAGGAAGAGCGUGAUCUUAUAGUUAAUUCAUACAAAAAUAAACUUUUUGAACAAAAUUUUUUUAAUAAUAUAUUUCUAAUAUUAUAUUUUAGACGUGCAUGAUGUAAAAUAAUGUACGGGAAAUUAUAUUAUAUAGUAAAAAUUUCCUCUGUGUACAGAAGGGUUGGCGAUCUUUUGUGGCAACCAAAGAGCGUAGCCAGAAAAACAUUUCAGUAGCAAGGAGGGUUAAUUUUACAAUCCUUUAAUAGUCUUUAAAAAGAAAUUCAGUUUUCCACAAAUGAACACUUAAAAUGCAAUUGUCGGUGACAUUAAAACCUCUUCUCCCGUAACUACGCCACUGAUGGUAAAAGGAAUUUGUUAACUUUUAAUCUGAUCUAUUGAUAAAUACAAAUCUCCUAUAUUCUUUUAUUAUGUACAUAUUAGUAGCGAAGUUUUUCGUCUACCUAUAUAGAGACAUAUAUAGAGUAUAUGUAGAGAGUCUAAAUAAUCAGAGAGUGGAUAGAGGACCUAUGUAGUCGUUUAUUAUUCACUACUCGCAUGUCAUGGUUUUUUUUUGUAAUUUUUUAUGGAGUUAUUUUUCUCGUUACAAAAUGUGUUGUAUCUUCAUACACAUAGUAUUUGAAAUAUUUUAAGGUCAGAAUUUAUUAUAUCUUGUAAUGUUUUAUAUUUUCGUGUUUAUAUCGAUAUUAUGAUCCAGAUAAGGAAUUACGUGUUGUAUAAACUUGUAGCGCUCACACGUUCUAAACAAAGUAAUCAGUCGUUUUACAUCGACCGUUCCGUUAUAUUGUGAUAAUAACAAUAUUAUUAUUAAUGAUUUUUAUUUUUUAUUUUUUUAAGAUUUUUAGUACAGCUUUUUUUGUAGCUAUUUUCACGUAUAUACAGAGUUCUAAAACAUUCGAAUAUUGAACAUUGAAUACUCUAACAAGGACAGUAAAAUAAUAUCUCAGUUUGAAAUUUUAAUACACUCUAAAUCUACUGCAUAAUCUUAAUUCAUAUAUUUGUUACUUCACGUGGGUCGCAUGAUAAAAACUUGGAAAAUGGAAAAUAUACUUAAAAACUGUUUGUGUUAUCAAGAGAAUCUCAAGUCCUUUUCCUCUGGUAAAAGAAACUGGGCCCCUUAUACUUGAAGCCGCAGACAAUGGCGCGGCAUACUCGAUAUACCCCGUACGCACGCCUGUCAAGAAGUUGUAUGAUUUCUAUGUUAAUUUUUAGACAAAUUGAAUUAUAAAUUGCUAACAAAAAUAAUAUAUGAAUUAAAAGUUGAUCUUUUUUUUUUUGUUCUAGCUUAGGUAUACUAUUUCCAAAUUCAAUAACUUCUUCCUUGAAAAUAUCCUAAAUACACCCUGAUAUGGCAAUACAUCAAUAUAUAGUUAUACGUUGCAUUCCGUUUCUUUUCCAUAUAAUAUAAUAGAUCGCGGCUAGAAACACUCGGUACACAUAUACUUAUUAUAUUUGUAUUAUAAUAAUAAAAGAUAGUGUGUACGAGUGAAAAGAAAAUGUGAUAGGAAUAGAUGGAAAAAAAGACGUUCCAAUGAAAUAGACGACGGCGGAUAACAAUGUACUCGGUUAAAAAUGGCCUUCGGUCCAAAAAACCGAUCCAAGUCCGUAUAUUUUUAUAUACACGCGCGCGCGCGCGCGCCGUCGUCGUCGUCUUACGAGAUGCCCUUUUAUUAUACAGUUAUAUUUUAUUAAUUUCGCGGGAUGUUGCACGUCGAAGAUGCGGGGCCUCCAGGCGCCACAUCACAUAAUAUUAUCACUACAUGCCAGAAAACUAUUAUUAUUAUAUUAUUUUUUGUACGGGUACACAUAAUUAGGGUAUCGUCGAUUCGUUGAACUCCAAAAUCCAUCGUCGUCUGAGCAGCAGUCCGCAUAGCUGUCUAUUGAUUAGGUUCAACACCCCCGCCUUAUUGUUAAUGUGUAUACAGUGUACACGUAUAUAUUAUUGUACUGCUAUAAUAAUGAUAAUUACUAAUUAUAACAAGUAUAUAUUGUGUAUCAUACGUAUAUAUAAUAUAUGUGAUAAAAAUAUCGCAAAUUUCGGUGAUGCGUCACGCAUACUUGCGCACACUUGUUGAUAUUGCGCGGAAAACGCCCGCGAGGAUCCGUUUAUUAUUUCUUCCCGGGGAAAACUUACAGAGUGCCUCUCUAAUUUACCGCUACGGGCGCAUGACCAACGCGAGCGCUCGAUGCCCUUGGACUUGGUUUAUUUUUUUUAUUUAUUUACUUUAUUAUUAAUUAUGUAUUAACGAGGGAUUUUUACGACCUUGUUAUAAUAUUAUAAUACUGUCUGUUGUAUACGUUUUUUUUUCAUCAUAUUGUUCGGUCUUUUUAAUUUUUUCCUUUUUUGUAAUUAUCUUCACGACACGCGUCGAAAUUCCUCGACGUCACAAUACGGUAUAGGUAAUAGUUAGACUUGAAUAUAAUAUGCGGUUAGAUGAACGUACUUUUUUUCCGAUUCUAAGUGCAAUGAAGAAACUUAUUGUUUUACAAUGGUGUUUAUUUAUUAUUUUUUUUCUCAGGACAACUUUUAUAUCAGAAAUUUUAUUUUGAUUUGCAAUUUAAAACACUUUUUCUAAAAGAAAAUCGAACUAGGGAGGUACUUUAAGGUCGUCGUUUUUUUGAUUUUCUCAAUAAAUGGGAAAAACCGAGAAAAACGGUAAAACAGGUACAAUAUAAAACAAAUAUUAUUAAAGAAAAUAUACUAUGAAUAUCGCAUACUAUGUAAUUAUUUUACCAUAAUAUGUCAUAUAUAUUGUUGACAAGGCAACACUAUUAAUCUAACUCUGCUCAGAAUUUUUCGUUAGCAAUGACUUAAAAUAUAUAUUUAAUUUCCCCUGUAUUAUCUUUCCAACUUCUCACCUGUAUCAAUGGCUGCUCUUAUUAUCCUGGAACAGCUUUUUCAGUACAUUCAUUAGAUUUUUUAUGGAAGGAAGAGGGGUCUCAAACACUUUUCGGUUAUUAAAAUUACUACAACUUUUUCACGAUUCUUUGCUCCGGUAGUACUAUAUUUGAAAAAUGUUUUUAGAUUUCCGACUGUUUUUAUUCUAAAUACAAAAACAAAACUUACAACAAACAAUGAUGACAAUGCAUCGAUUUCGAUUUUGUUAAUUCCCUGGUUAUCUUUUGGCUGCAUAGGGAAAAAACACGACUAAUACUAUACCUACAUAAUCUAUAACCUUAUAGUAGUUUAUCGGGCUCUUUUCAGAAUCAUUUUUUGAUUUCCAUUUAUUAUCGUCACUUUCAGUAUAUUAUAUAAACUACUGAAUUAAUUUAUGUAUCUAAUAUCUAUAUCCUGUAUUUUAUAACCUUUCCAAUUUCCCACCUACAAUAGUGGUAUACCGUUGAUGCAAACUAUGUCCGGAUUUAUUUUAAAAUUUUAAUUAUUUAUAAAUUAUUCAUAAAAUAAUAAUAAUAAUAUUAAUGGGUAGAUAAUACUUCAACUUUUUUUCGAAAUCGUAAAUACGGCUUGUAUGGUAUGUCCUAACUUAUUUUUCUUUCCGGUGAGUCGCAAUCGUGAUAACGAUGUGUUGUGUUUUUUUCUCGCGCUCGUGUGAAAAGUAUGCAAUCGAAAAAAAAAAAACUAAAAACAAAACAAAAUAACAGCUGAACCGACGAUUUCCAAAGUAGCCGGAAACGCAAUCGUUUAGGAAUUUCGAUUAUACGUGUAUACGUUAUAGGUUAGGUUAGCUUUAUAGCCGAUAUAGGUAAUUUUUUUUUUGUAACAUACACCUAAGGGAUGUUUCAAAAUCGCACCACUGAAACUCGGUCAACUAAUAAAUAAAUAUACACAUGCAUACCUAAAUAUCGUAAUAAUUAUUUAUAAACACACGUAUAUAAAAUAAUAAUGUAUAAUAAUAUCGUAUACAAUGAUCUACAGGUAUAUUAUUAUAAUGUAACAAUUUUGUAUAAUUGUGUGUGUACACUUUAUACUCGCAUUAUUACUAGAUUUACACGUGCAAAAUCGCGUGCGUUAGCAUAUUAUCACUCUGCAGAUUGUGAGUAACAAUACUUUCUGUGCAUACAUGCAAACAUGCAGUAGCGACAAUAAUAUGGACGCAAUAAGUACGGAAUAUUAUUCGUAUUAUUAUAAUUUUAAUGUUGCUUAUUAAUUGCGCGACAUGUGAUGUCGUGAUAUGAACGGCGUGUAGUUGUGUGUGAUACAGGGUGAUCGAUACAUAAUACGUAAGACACUUAGCAUUAUCUUGGAAAGUGUUAACUUUUUUUGAAAUUUGCUUUCAAGAUAAUUUAACAAAGAACCAACCCUAAAAUUAUUAUAUUACGUAAUCGUUAUUUUUGUGCCUCCUUUUUUGUUUGGGGGUGAAACCACUAUUAUACCCUGCACAAUUAAUUUUCAAUUAACAACCAAUAUUAAACAUUUCCGUAAAUUUAGAUGAGAUUUUAUUUAGAUUAAAUAUAUUUUGGUGUUAGCCAUUUUAAUUUCCCUCUUUGAGCCGUCGGCAAUAUUACAUUUUCACUUCGAAGUGCCGCCACACAAAUUAUGUAUUUUUGAUUUGAAAAUCAAAAAUACGGGAAGUGUGGUGAAACCUUUCAACCCAACUAAAGAGGUUUCUAAAAAAACAAAAUUCAAAAAAAAGAUACUCUUUUCGAGAUUUUUUUUUUAAAUGCAUAAUUUUGGAUAAAAAUAAAAAAUGAAUAUAAUUAUAUUUAUUCUAUACAGAACGUCAUACCGUAUCUGUGUAAAUACCUAAUACCUGAUGAUAAUAAUUUAUUGAUAAACAUUAUGUUUUUCAUUUUUCUCCAUAAGAAUAUUAGCUUGUUUUUUUUUUUACUUAUUAUACGACUAAUACUAUUUUAUAGAACAGAACUUAAAAAAAAACUUAAAAAACCCGUGGUUAUAAUAAUAUUAUUGGAGUCGAUUCUAAAGUACAACAUCCUAUAUCCUGUAGAUUUAUUUGUAUGAUAUAUGAUAUAUGAUAUUAUUUUACUAUGAUAUAGCGCACUGCAUUUUUGAAAGCAAACCUGAACACUCACGAGCCCUCCCCUCUCCUCCCCAUCCAUAGAUAGUAGUAUUAUUAUUAGAGAAAGUACUGUGAAAUAAAAAGAAAUUAACGAAAAGUUUAUCCCUUUUACGAAUAUCCACUGCACAAUAUAAAUAAAUAUAAAAAUAUAGGUAAUUUCGGUUAUUAUAGCUUAUCAGACACUAUUAGUUUUAGAUUCGGAGCGUGGCGAGGGAUCUAUUGGUUUUACCAUGUGUUUUUUUUUUUUUUGUCAAUUUUUUUUUGUUGUUUGUUAUAUAUGAUUGUAAUGGUAAAAAUAUAAAGAUAAACUUUAUUUGUUAGUUUUUUUAUACACGUUUUAAGUUUAAAUGUUGACGUUAAUCAUAAAAAUUACUGCAUUUCAUAACAUGUAAACCUUUCACCGAACUUCGCUCAAAUUCAUUUUUCGUUAGGCUCGAUGACUUAUCGUUGCGUAAAGAUGUAAAUUAAAUUACCUUUUCAACUUCCCACCUUUACUUUUCAUGUAGUUUAUGUUAUUUUAUAAAUUGUAAUACUUCAAACGCAGUGGAAAUAUUUUCCAUCCUAUCGGAUCGAUUUCAAAAAUAAAUAAAAUGUCAGCACCAGAUUACCCCUCGUGGCUGUAUUAUAUAUUAUGAAAGAAUGUAUGUGACAUUAAAAUAUUUUUUUUUUUAAAAUCGAUAAAACUGACCAGAGCUUAUAAUGUACAAAAUUAUGAAACUGAAAUAUUUUAUUAUUUGUAUUAUUUCUGUAAAUUUUAAGCAUAUUAUAUACCUAUACUUUAAUACUAAUUUUACACACAUCCGAAAGUUUUGUCUCGCAUUUAGGUGAGACAUAUUACACUUAUUAAACAAAUUUAAGUCCAAUAAAAUGUGUACCUGUAAUUUCUAAUAAUUUUAUUUAAAAACGCUACAGAUUUCAGUAAACCUAAUAUAAAACUUUAAAAAUGAUAUAUUGUAUCGAAUGUAACUUUUUGUGUAUUUUACUUACGAAACAAAGAUGUUUUAGUUUAAUGCGAAACUUAAAUGUUGAAACAAAUUAUUAUUUCCGUUAUUAAGUAAUUUUGGAAGGGAUUCUUAAAUUGUAAUUCACUUUUCAAGUCUUUAAAUAAUAGCAGCCAGAGAUUACAAUCUAACCUAAUUUUAAUGAAAGUUUUUGUUGAUAUCAAAAAUCAUAAGUUGAUAUUACGUGAAGUAUUUCGAUGAUAUAGAUAAAUUAUAUUUUUCAAUUUUUCAUACAUAAAAUAGUUAAUACUACUACAACUAGUUUUUUUUUACAACCAUAAUUUUUGGGUUCAAAUUUCUGCAAUAUAAUGUUACGGUUCGAUGAGAUAAUCAGCUAUAGAUGGUAUGUAAAUAUGGUAGUAUACACAUAGCAGUAUUAUUAUUAUAUAGAGGUACCUAAUAAUAUUGACGAAUUUUCGAAAUGUGUCAUUUUCUUUAGUUUUUUUUUUUUUUAUACCUAAGUAAAUGUAUUUACUUAUUAUUAAUAUAUUUGUCAUUAAAUCUCACGAAGUUUGUUCAAGAAAAAGUGUAAUACAUUUACAUUUAUCGUAAGAUUUUUUUUUUUUUAGAAUUUUAAGAUCGAAUAUCUCAAACGAUGUCUUCUACAAAAUAAUAUAAUAGACAAGUAGCGAAGACGAUAUAGUAGUCGUAGUGUUUUUAUGACAGUCGCGUGUCAUCUUAUUCUAAAAUGCACUUCUACAAUAAUAAUAAUAUUAUACCUGACGGCGCUAAAAAAAAAAGAUUAUAAAACGCGCGAAAAAAGUUAUAGAAAAAAAAAUUUGAAAAAGCAAAAGUGAAAAUAAUAUAAUACGACAAUAUUAUAUUAUUUUAUUAUUACCGGUUUGACGGCAGUAGGUAAAGUAAUAUUUACGGCGUGAGGUUAAAAAAAUAAAAUCACGUUUUUCAAUAAUCCCGACAAGGUCGAUAAUAUUAUUAUUAUAUUACAAUUUUCUUAUAUAGUCGCGUGAGUAAUACGGUUGUACUUACAAGUUUUAAAUAAUAUAAUAUCGAGUUUAAAUUGAGUAAAAUAAUUAUGUAAUUAUUCACUCUGUUCGAAAUGAUAACAACGGAUCAGAAACAAAAUAUCGAACAAGUUUAUUCAAUGGUUAAAGAAGGAAAAACUUCGAAGGAGGACUAUAUUUACCAAAAAUUGAUGAGUGGUCCCGAGAACUAACUAAACCUAACCAAACUUUCAGUUAACUUUUAGUCAUCAUGACUUCCAAAAUGUUUUCAUUCACGCACAUUUGUUCAUAAAAAUAUUAUAUUAAUAUAAUUUAAAAAUUACUUGUAUCCCUUCAAAUAUUAUCUUAUUCGUAUGCCUGCUCAGUAAAAAUAAAAUUAAACAUGAUAAUGUACAAUUGAAUUUAAUGGAUAUUAAAAAUGAAUUAAAAUUUUUAAAAUUGCAUUAUAAAUAUCUCAAUCUGCCCGCUGAACUUUUUUGAAUUGUUAAUUGAAUUUAUCUCAGCCAUAACUGUUUGUGAUACCACUAGUUAUUAUGAAAAAUUUUCCCAGUUAUUUUUGAACCGGUUUCUACUAUAGGCAACUGACAGAGAUAAUAAUAAUGAUUGUACUUAGUAAUUUCGUCUGAGGUUCAGAGGGUUUUCCAAUAAUUGAUAAGAAAAAAAAAUAAUUAACACCAAAACACCGGAAAAAUUUAUCUAAUUAAAUUUAUUGAAUUUUAAUUUUUAUUUGUAUGACGUACAGACAUCUUUUUUGAACAUGAAAUAACUAUUUCUUUAAGAAUUUCUUAGAAAUCUCGUUAGUUGGGUAAAAAUAAAAUAUUUUUUUUUUUUAUAUUUAAGAUAAUUUAACGGAGACAUUUUUAUGUGGAACCUUUUGUAUUAUAGAAUAUAGGAAAUUAAAAAAAAAUAAAUAUUUGUACUAUAUUAUGCACUAUGAUGAUUUGUUUUUAAUGUUGUAACAUUAAUGUAACACAAAUAUGAUUUGAAGAGAGGGAUUCUAAAUUCUAAAAGAUGAAGAAUAUCUGAAUAUUGUGUAUAUUAAUAUUAAUUUAUUUUUAUUUUGCCUCCUACCCAUUGUCAAGAUCUGGAGACUCCCUUGCCAUCAUUUUCUAUACAAUAAAGUCUUUAUAAAAUUAUAGUCUUUACAUGUGCGUUUGAGAAUCCGGUUCCAGAUUGUCCCUCCCCUGAAAAUGACCUUAUAGGCAGUGCCAGAACUAGAAAAGGACAGAAGGGACAUAAGUCCAGGGCCCCAUGAUCGUUUUGGUUUUAAUGAGCCCUACGGUACAUUAUUAUAUAGAUAAACAAUCACUAGGUAUACUAAACAACUAAAGCAUUGUCCAGGGCAUAGGUGGAUCUACGUGGUAUGCCGGGUGUGCCGUGGCACACCAUAAUGUAAAAAUAAAAAUAAAGAAUAACAAAUAAUAAUAAACAUUAUGUUUUUCGUUUUUUUUUGCAGUUUUUUUUCCGUCUUUCGCAUUUUUUGUGAAUAAACCGAAGAAAAUCGAAAAAUUUGAUCUUUAAAGUACCUCCUCUAAAAAUUUCUUUUUAGAAAAACUAUCAUUUUAAAUUAGAGCAAAAAUACUGGUAGAAAAGUUGUCUACAAAAAAACAAAAAAAAACAUCUUAGUAAAACCAUAAGCUUCUUCGCUCCACUCAGAAUCUAAAAUAACUACCUACAUAGAAGGCUGGGUAUACUUAAAUGUAAAACUCUAGGUCCGCCUAUAGUCCAGGGGCCCACAAAACUUAACGCCACCACUGCUUAUAGGCAUUUAUGAUUGCAAAGUACUAUCAAUACAGAUAGUAUAAUAAUAAUAAUAAUAAUAAUUUGACGUAUUUCAAAAAAAUAAUUACUUUAAUUACAUUUUAUGAUUAUGAUAUAUUUUAUUAAAUUUGUCUGAAUUUUACUAUAUUACAGUCUUUUACGUGAAUUGGCGUAGUGAGGCUAUAAAGCUGUAAUCCCUCCCUCAACAUUUUGUGCCUAUGGUUAUAAUAUUAUUAUUAGGUACCUAUUUAGAUGGAUUUUGAUUUUUCAAUUUGUUCCGCGCGGUCUGUCACACAACAAUCGCUCAUGUGUGCAUUGAUGUGUCACUAUUGUUGUGGUGACAAUAGGCUAUACUGAUUAAAAUAAACAAACAAAACCAACAGAAUCUAAUACGAGUUAAAAAAAACAUUACACGUGCAUCUUGUUUCAUUUUCAUUAACUUAAUCCAACACUGCCGUCGUCGGAGAUAUACUGCAUACGGCAUUUUUCACUCAAGUUUUUUCUAUGUCUGUGGUAUUUUAGAUACUAAGAAGAGCAAAGAAGCUUAUGGUUUUACAAAGAUGUUUAUUUUUUUUUCUUAAGAGUUUUCUCAUAAAAUGCGAAAAACCGAAAAAAAACUGAGAAAAAACGGGAAAAUGUAUGUAUGUAUUUAAUAUGACGAUUUUAUUUUUCUGUGGACAACUUUUAAUGAUAGCAAUUUUUCUAAAAGGAAAUUUCAUUGUGGAGGUACUUUAGAGUACCUCCAUAAUUUUCUCUGGAGUUUUCUCAGUAAAUGUGAAAACUGGGAAAAAACCUAGAAAAGCUGAGAAAAACGUAGGAAAACCGGGGAAAUCGGAACAACAUUAAACAAAUAUUAUUAAAGAAAAUAUGUAUAGCCUAUUUAAUUAUUUUACUAUAAUAUGGCAUAUUAUGUUAACAAAGCAUCACAAUCAUCUGAAUUUCGAUCAGAAUCGUUUUUUCAUAAGCAAUGGUUCAUCGUUGCUUACAGAUAUACAUUAAAUUCCCGUCUGUAUCCUACCUUACCAACUUCCCACCUACACCAGUGACUGCACCCGUCUCCAGUAUCUUACCUUUCUUUUUAUUACCAUUAUUAUUGUGUUUAUAUAUCAAUUUGCCUAUAUAUACUCUUUUAUUAUCAUAGUUACUUCUCACAUUUAUAUUAUUAUUAUUGCUAUAAUUAAGAAGAUGUGAUAACCCGCAUGUACUGUCUCGAUCUUACAAACGUACUACAUAGCAACUUUGAGUUCAGCAGGGAUAACCUUGAGCUGUUAGCAUUAAUAUUAGAGUGAUUUUACCUGUUGACCUAUAAUUACACUUUAUAGAUAAUAAUUGUCUGCAAUAUCUGUGCACCAUUGACGCUAUUUUUCUGAUAUUUUAAUUUUCAAACGAUAUAUAUGCAUUAUUAAAUUACGAUAUUUUACAUACUUUUUCUUUUAAAGCUCAAAAUUAUCCCUUCUGAAUGCAAAUUUGCUACGUUGCUAUGAUGUAUACGUUUACGACUUAGCAGAGACGAUGCACUCGGGUACCACGCCCUUUUAACUCUAUUUAUAUUGUUACGUCUCGGGCAGAUUUGGACACGUUAAGAGGACGUGCUAUCUACUAUAUUUAAGGAGUUGUGUAUAUAGGUUAUAAUGAAAAAUGAAAUUUUAUCAAUGCAAAAAAAUUUAAACACUCUUACAGAAGGUACCGUGUAAUAAGUAUUUAUUGUGUUAUCACAAAAUUAUUACGAUAAAAGCCGUUUCGUGCGGGCAAUAACUAUUCGGCCUAUAGGUACUUAGUCAAAAAACUUAGUUAAGAAAGAUCACCAUAAACAUAAAAUAAUAUUGCACUGUUCAACGUUGAUUUUAGUUUUUUGAUAUUAACUAUUAAGAAAUAAACUAUUAUUAGAGUUUGAAAACUUAAAAUUAUCAGAUUUUUAAACAAUAAUAACUUUAUUUACAUUUGUAACAUCGAAAAAUAAAACAAUCGUUUCACGAUGCAAGUUUUCUUUUUUCUAUGGUGAAAAUUAAAUUGUUUAGAUAAAGUCUAUAGCCCGAGUUUUUUUUUCCCGUGAAAACAUUUUUUACAAUAGAAUUACGGGUGGUAGCACACCCUCAUAAGAUAUAGUAGGAUGCUGACGAUAAGUUUAUGCAGUAUUAUUAUUUUAUAUAAUAUAUUUUUGUGGGCGUCUUAUACCUUCCGUGGUGUGUAUUUAGGUUAGGUUGGGUUAUGUUAGGUGACAAUGAAUUUACGGACGAAAUCCCUUUGGACUUUAUACGAUAAUAUGAUUUAAAUAUUAUAUUUACCGCAGGUUAAAGAAGAUACUAUACUUUUCGAAUAAAAUUACGUAGGUAACAAUUGAAUGGUUUUGUACAAUAACUAUUAGACAGAUGAACUUUUUUGUGGCGAAAUUCAUGUUUUGAUUAUUUCUGACAGAAACAAAUAUUCUCGUAUUUUCUAUGCGACAAUGAAACAAAUCAGAUUAUCCAAAAUAUGUGGAGUUAUAAGAACGCGAUUAAACAAAAUAAUAAAACAGAAUAGAUUAUUCUUAUCAGAAAACAAAACAAUUCAUCGUAUUUUUAAUGAAUUUCUGGUCAAAAACAAGACAAAUCCAAACAUUUUGGGUUAAAAAAUAGUUUUAAUCUUGAAGAAAUAGUAAUAAAUGACUCCAGUUGAACUGAACCUUUUUUUCAUCCUGGUAGCUAAAAUAAUUGUAUUAUAAUUUCACUGAAUGGGCUGAAUUCAUCAGAUUUAUUACCCAAUUACCCUAUCGAAAAUUCUAACAUCCUUUUGUUUAUUGUAUACGAGAGUAGUAGAUUGUACAGUAGAUAGUAAAAUUGUCAAAUAAAAAAUAUGUAAAUAAGUAAAUUAUUAUGAACACAAUAAUAUUCACAUAAUAUGUUUGAUUUUUUUUGAAAAGGUUAGAAAAAUAAAGCUGUUCUAUCAUUACUCAAAACCAUUCAAUUAUUGUAAAAUAAUACAUCAAUUGAAAAACUUGAAUGAUUAUGUUAUAAAUAUAUUUUACGAUUUUAAGGUUAUUUGAGGUGACGUUUUCAUUGCGACGACGAUUAUAUAAUUAAAAUAGUGUGACGCGCGGAAUUAUAAAUCGUUUCCGGUAAUUUCUUUUACUGCGAUAUUCAAACAUCCGAGAAUUCGAAAAUAUUGACAGAGUAAUCAGAAUUGUAUACAACAGAAAUUAUAUAUAUUAUUAGCUUCAUUACAAACUAGGAAAAAAGUUUGAUGUAUUGAAUACAAUUUGGCUUUUUUUCGGAUUUUAAAUUCUCAAAGUCGCAUUAGGUAGGUAUACACAGAAAAAUAUGCGAUUUAUUCAUGAAUCAUGACUUAUAUUCCAUUUUUGAUAGCAUCCAUUUUCAUUUAAAAUUCCUUAGCACGCCACUGGUCGUAUAGGUGUACCAGGUACCUAACGAAAACCAUUCGAAAUAUCAUCAAAGUGAAUUAUUAUUAUAUUGUACAAUUUUUGUAUGCACAUUUUCCAGGCAUAUAUCGGGAAUACGUUCUUUGAGAGUUUAUAAAGGUGUAUGUGAGUGCACGUUAUUGAAAUACAAAAUCGUAAGAAAAAAAGGCACAGUUCGCAUUACAAUAUUAUGUAUUAUGACAAACGAUGAAAUACUAUACCGCCAUAUUAUAAUACAAUACGUAAUAAACGAUUACAUUUAUGUCCGCAUAUUAUAAUAAUAUACCUAUACUGCGUAAAAUAUACAAGUUACUUGUAUACUUACAUUACGUUCAUAAAUAGUGUUCCUAUAGCGCUUUCGUUUCACUGUUAUUAUUACAACGCCAUGUCAAUUCGCAAACCUCCUUCCCCCCACCCCAAUGGUAUUUUAAAAAGCAUAUAGUUGUAUAUAAUGUAUUUUAGAACUUGAUGUCAUAUAAUAUUAAUAAGUAUACUGAUUAAUUUAACGACGUAGUUUUUAAUUACAAAUAUAACUUUUUAGGCUAUUUUAAACAAUAUUUUCAAUCGUUUUUUUUUUUUUUGCUAUUUCCAGACCACUUGUUUGUUCGAUCACAUACGAUGGGGUGACGCGUUCGUGAUAGUCUACAGCGUGGUCGACUGGUCGAGCUUCAUCGAAGCCCAAGACCUGCUGGACAAGCUGAGCAAACUUAAGUUGCCGUCGUAUUUCGCCACGCUGUUGUUGGGCAAUAAGAGAGAUUUGGACCAUUCCAGGUAAAAACAACAAAAAACCGCCAUAGCGUACACACUCGUGUAUAUAGUUACACGUGCAGUUGUAUAAUUAUAGUAUUAUUGGUAGGUAUAUUAUUUUAGUAACUCGCCCAACUGGCGGGACGUUGGGAAAAAAAUACAAAAAUAAUUAUGUAUAUAUACCUGCAGUAAAAUAGGGUUUAAGACGAUACCUAAAUAUAAUAUUAUAUUAUAUAGACGUACGUGUGUAUACGAAGAACUGUCUUCCGUGUGUCGUCGUAAUUGCGUACAAAACACGACACGUGAGAUACUGUAUAUAAAUAAUAAAAAUUACUACAUACACACGUAGGAAGAAAAACAAAAUCGCCAGAAUUCGGGUCGUGUACGGGGGAAGGAUCUUUCCGAACACACACACAUGCGAUAUAGACAUUAUACGCACUGUCGGACGAUACGUUGUCUUCUAGUGUGUUUCAUCAUAAUAAUAAUAAUAGUAUUCUUUUCAUUUUUUUUUCACCAACCCUACUGCAACGAGUUAUAACUACUGCGCUCUGUUGUUAUUUUAUUAUUAUUAGCCGAGUCCCCGACGUCACACUUCCUUCCUUCCGAACCCCCCCAUUCCCUGCUCCUGCGAGACACGUGUUUCCGACUAUAGGUAUUUAUAUUAUAAUAUCCGAAAUUAUACAAAUCGCCGAGAUUUACCAUAGAUAAAACAACUGGAUAGCUGACUGCAUAUGAUAUUAUAAAGUCACGUACGUUACACUGACUAACUCCUUUUUUGAAUUCUUGGUUUCCAAUACCGCCGGCAUUUUGUUUGUCAUUUGUUUGGACUGCCUAUACGAUCGUUAUAACCAAAUUAACGACUCGUCAUCAUUAAUUUUAAGUCGUGCAUUAUAGGUAUACUAUUACAAGAAUAAAAAAAACACCUUAUAACCCAAUUUAUAUUUAAAUUUAUUGAAUUUGUGUAUUUUUCGGUUGAUAAACACGGUAGAAGCUCGUAUUUAAAAAAAAAAAAAAUCCCAUAAAUCUAUUCAAUAAAACGUUAGAUAAAACUAUAAAAGCCUCCAUAGAAAUCGCUUCACGUUUUAAUAAUAAAAAUUAGUAAAGAUAAUUAGUUUAUAACAGAUUUUUUUUAUAAAUAAAAUCCAAUAUUAAUUUUUAAUAAUGGAUAAAUUAUAUAUUAAGUUUAAAAAAUAAAUAUUAAUAUUUUUAUAAUUAGGUAUAAUUACUGAACAGUGUUCGGUUCAGUAUGAAAUAUUUAAUUUCCAGUCUAAAUUAAAUAUACACAAUCACCGCAAAAAGUGAAAUGUCUAACUAUAGAUAGAUACUUUAAAUAUAUAUUUAAAAUUACUUAUCUUUUUGGCUUUCAUCAGUACAAAUUAUAAUUUGCACCGAUUAAUUAUUCACUUUUUGAAUUUCAGUAUAGACCAAAUAUUUCAACAUUUUUUUUUUAAAUCUAUACUUAAAAUUGAAAAAAUGCUGCAAGUUUCAUAUUACGUUUAUGACCGAAUGUUUUCAAUUUGACAAUAAACAGAAUGACAGAAUGUUAACCCAUUCAUGCACAGCAUUUCGGCUAUAACAAUCGAAUAAAACCUCUGAAAAAAUCAAAAAAUGUAUCUAAUAGUGAUAAAUAAUAAUAAUUAUAAGUGCAUAGUUUUUUAUCAGCUACUUUUCAAGUAAUAACGCGGUGUUAAUGCAUUGUUCGUUUCGUCGUUACCGCUUCCUAUAUUAUCAUCUCGCUGUACCGAUAGGUUUUUAUUACACUGUCUUCGUAUCGCUGUUUUUAUAAUAAUAUAAAGAAUGAUAUCUAUUUUUAAAAAUGUCUCCUGGUAGAAAAAAAAUCUAAACAUAAUUCGAAAAUACAAUUAUUAUCUAUAAUAUUAAUAAAAUAUUAUUUCUUGUUAUUUUUGUACGACUAUAGGUAUAAUAACUAAUAUGGUGUUUCUUAAUAUUCUCCUCUAUACUGUCGUGCAUAUGUAUAAUAUUAUAUUAGAAACAAUUUUAAACAAACAUUGUGUUUAAAAACUCUCCCGUUUCUCGUGUACUCUAAACAGUAAACUCUUAAAUUUCUAAUAUACCCGCGGAGUAGUCAGCAAUAUGACAAACACUCAGUGAAAAGCAAACAUCACGGUUUUCGUGAAUAUUCUUUUCUUUUGUUGUUUACAUUCGAGGUUCAAAAUAUGCCUAUAAAUACGUCAACAUUUUCACUUAAUAGUUACGUAGUCCAUAGACGUGUUUAGACUUUCGUGGCUGGAGGGACGAGCACCAAUAUUUUCCAAGGAUCCCCACUAGACAAGUGAAAACUCAUGGCACAUCUUAUUAAUUUAAAAAUGGAUUAUUACCAAAUUAUUGUCCCCUUGAACCAAUAUCACUUCAUAUCUUAGACCUUAGUCUGACUUAAUAAUUGAUAUUUUAAAUUAGAUAUUAACAUUUUUAAAAAUACUGAGCAGAUAAUUUUGCAGGAUGGGACAACUACGUACCCUGCUUCUCGCGAACACACUUAUGGUACCUAUUUAUAAAAACAAUAAAAAAUUAGAAACAUGUAAAAGGCAGUUUGUAAGCAUACUGAAUCGCUGCACGUCUCUUCCGACGAUUCAUAUCAUAUUUUACCCGUUUUUUUUUUUGUUAAAUAUGUUAAAAUGAUAAUAUUUUAAUGGUUUAAACAUAAAUAGUUAUAAAAUUCGAUGGUUAAAUCAUUAAUUGCAUUUAGACGCACAUUCUAUCACUUUUACUUGUCACGUGUUAAAAACUGCGGAUUUUCUAUAAUAUAGUUUGUCUUAUAAUUUUUCUAUUCUUUUUACACGCUGCAUUUUCAAUACAAAAUAUGGAACGGCAUAUUCCAAAAUUCCUGGGAAAUCAUCCCCGUCUAAAAUGAUACUGAAGUUACACUUAUUAGUAAUUACACUAUUGUGUGCCUGAAGAGAAUACUAGUUUCUAGAAUGUUGAUAUGUGAUUAAAGUUUUUGUAAAUAAUCUUUGAUUGAAUUAUAUUAUCAACAUAUACUUGAUUGUCCGUAUUAAUAGGUCAUAUUCCAGCGAUAUCGAGUGCAUAUACCUUUGGCUGUUUGGAAAUAUUCAGUAACCAGGACUGGGAAUUUCCAGAGUUGGACUGAACUCAUCUGUUCUCUCAUUUGGAUUUCAAAAAUUAGUUUUAUUUUUUUAGUGAUAUUAACGUAUACCUGUUUAUCCAUAGGCGUAAUCUUGGAGGGGCAAGAGGAGCAACUACAGCCUGACUCCCUCCUCGAGAUUUUCCCCCAGAUUAUGUCUACACGACACACGAUAUCGCUUGAAUACCGCCUUUAUUAUGCACAUUUCUAUGUGCUAAAACGAUGACUACUUAUAAGUUAUAACUUAUAACCAUUGUGAUAACAUAUAUAAUUGAAUUCUCUUCGGGUACACUUGCAUACAAUAUUAAUAUAGCGUGGUCCAUCCAAUCUUUUUAUUCUGUAUCUAUAUGUAUGUGGUUUUAAACCGAUUUGCUCUGUGCUCGCGGUAGUUUUCGAUAGUUUAGUGCAACAGACGACGGUUUUUUUUUCAGAGUCGUUAACUGUAAAAAGUCGGCCGGAUCAACAGGUAAUUUAAAUUAAGUGUUUGAUUAAACAACGGAGGGGUGGUUAACCGAACGCCUACGGCUGUGACGGUUAUUUGCAAACAGAAGUGGAUUUCUAUAAUUUCAUAUACUUCGCCGCCCACAUUGUGUUAAUAUGUGAGAAUGAAUAUUUUAUGAUAUUUUCGAACGCUGCGGGUAUCGAAACUUAAACAGUAUCCCGUUUAAUUAAUUACUCGUAUAAAGUUUAUAUAAUAAUACGUACUAACCCAAUUACCUCUAAAUCCGACAUUCCAACAGAUAUUAUAAUAUUAUACGUCACUCUCGCGGUGAGAUUAUUAAAAGGAAUCGUUUUUUUUCCUACGAUAUAAGACACAUUUAAUAUUUUACAACGCUUGGGAGGAACUCAAAGAAACUCGUUCUUUUGAUUUCGUUUCCCUUUCACGAAUUUAUCGGAAUCGAAUCUGCAGUGAAGAAUUGUAUUAUGGAUUUUCGUCUAUUUUUUGGAAGAACAUAAGACUAUUUUUUUUUCUUAGAUAACCUACAUAAUUAAAAUAACUUUUAAUAGUAUAUUUUUGUACAUUUAUUUUAUUUUUUAGAAUUUUAUUUCCAACUAUUUUUUUAAUUUGUCUAUAGAUAUUUACAGAUUUGUCGUCUAUAGAUAUUUUAUGUAUCAGAUUUAUUAACUUGUAUCUUAAUCAAUAUUUUUUUUAAAAUGUAUUAAUAUAAUAUAUAAGUUUGUCCCCUAUGAGGGAUGUCUGUAUGUUAGGUGUUUAUGGAAUCAAUAAUUUAUUGAAAUUUAAUAAAAACAAUAUGUAUACCACUAUAUAUAAGAUGGUAAGGAUUGUUAUAACAAUUUUCUCCUAUAAAAAUACAAAGUGGAGAAAAAUUUAUGUUGCCAAACAAAAGUUGUCCGAUUUAUAUUCAUCUAAAAUAGUAUAUAUAUUUAUUUUUAUUGUCUUUUUUUUGGGAGUAAACUUUUAAAAUUCAAAUAGGAACAUAGAUUCAAAAUUCCAUAAAUAAAUGCAGUAUUAAUUUAAAUACAUUUUGGUGUUGACAUUUUUCAUUUCUGUCAAUCCGUUGACGAGAUAUUCCAUUUUUUAGUUUGGGCAGGGGAGAGUAGUAGCACUCUGUGUGCUUAUAUGAUGGAUGGCAUGGCAUGGCUGCGGCGCGUGACGUUCAAAUAGUGCCCCCCACCCCACAAAAAAAAAAAAGAUAGUAAACAAAUAAAAAUAUUCAAAUUAUUUUAAAUGUUUAUAAAUCGACAAACGUUUGUAUUAUACAUUUUUCUCUAUUUUGUAUAUUUAAAUAAAAACAAUUGGUGUAAUAUGAAAUUUUGAUCACUGUACAUUAAGCAUACAAAUUAAUGAUUUUUAUUUGAGGAACGACAAAUGUUCCUUUAUUAAAAACGAAGAAAGUAACUUAGUUCCUUUCUCAAAUUCUGGAACGAGCCUAGAUUUAGUUCCAUUUUAACAUGGCUAACUAAUUCUUUUUAAAAGACAUUUUCCAAACAGCGGAAUUAUUUCAACGGGAAUUGCGUGAGAAAAAUAAACCAUAAUACAUAGACAUUAAUACCUAUGUAGAAUAGGUAUAUACGGAAGGACUCAAAAAUAGAACGAUCCUCGGCGUGCUGCUGCUGCACCCUUCACGACCGUCGACGUGUCUGACUGUCAAAGUCGAUCGCGGCGGUCGCAGUCAUCCGCACAUAGAAAGAUGAAUCUAAAAUUAAUGUGCCGAAAUUUGUUUAAGAUUAUGAAACAUUAUAUCGUAUAUUAAUUCGUAAAUAACUAUAUACUAUACGACCGUCCGACGUUUGCCCGCGAUGUCAACGACCCGUGAAGAUUUUUCCCGACUGUCCGAAGUAUAUUUUUAUUGUGUACUAAAAAUUAUUAUAGACGGUAUUAUUACAGUUUAAACUCGCCAACUCGCGUACGAGUAGGUACUUAUAAACAUGAUUUUUUUUUUUAGCAUUAUUGCAAUAAUAGUAAUAUCGCGGUAAAAGUAUAACACAAUAUUUCGAACGUAAGUUUAUGGAGUUGGUAAAAACAUAUUACAUAAAAACUUAUAAUAUACAUAUCAUUGUAUAUUAUAUAGAUUCAUCAUAUAAUAUAAAUACAAGUUGAUGUAGUAUUGGUUAAUAAUCGGGAUGAGGUGUGAAAAUUGCAUACUCCCGUUCGAAACAGGCUCAGUUUUGAUUAAAGUUUUUCAUUCGGGAUUCGUUCAAAUUAGUGUACCUGACGUUCGUAUUUUUGUUUUAAAAUCACUAUCGGCCUCGAAAGAUCGUUUUCGAUCGCCUAUGUGAAAAAGAAAACGAAAACAAUAUCUUUCAACAAUCUCAUCAUACUGCAGCAGACGUCAUAGUAUUUGUUGUGCACAUAUUAUCUUAUUUUCUGUAAGGGUAGGUACAGACUAUUAGAGACUGGAAAUAACUCCGGAAUAUUAGUUUUCGUAUAAAAAAAAAAAAAACCAUUUCGCGUCUUUGGUUUCCGUAUUAAGAUUGAUAAAUCACGUUUUUUUAUCCCGCCCGUGUCGUGGUGAAAAUUUUAAGGGAGCAUAUUUCACGCCGAUGACAAAUUAUUGUACCUUGGUAUAUUAUGUAUUGUGUAUCAGUAACGUGCUCAGAGCGGAUGAUAUAUGAGAUCACGUCCCUUCAGAUAAGGGAAAUUGAUAUUGUUUAGCCAAUAAAUUGUAAUCGUUUUAAAUGCGCUUUAAAUAAACGUGUCUUCGGCGAGAUUAAAUAUAAUUAUAUAAGUUAAUUAUUGCAUUAUUUGAUACUUAAAAAAUAAAAAAAAAAAUUAAAUAGUGUUGAUUAACGACCGAUAAUUUUUCGUUACCGAUUUGGUGUCUGAGUUUCUUUGUAAGUAUAGUAUACGAGUAUAAUAGGUAUUUUAUCUUAAGAGGACACCACACCGACAUCUACUGUCUCGGUCUUACCAACGCAAGGUAGAGACAUGAGUAUGUUAAAUAUUACAAUUUAAAAAUGAUUAUAUCUUGGUUCAAAAUUAAAAUAUCGAAAAAUCAUCAAUGUUGGGGCUUCUAAUCUUUAAUUUUGGUAAUACGUCAAUUUGCUUUAAUAUUAAAAUUAACGACUCAAGAUGUGUCCUACUGAACGCAAAUUUACUAUGUCUCGCGUUUGUAAGACGGAGACAGUAGAUGUCGGUGUGGCGUAUUCUUAAUAGGCGUGUUUUCACGAUUAACCUGGCUAUAUUCAUUAUCAUUCGUGUUUAAACAAUAUUGGUUAUUGGUUAAAGACCCGCCAAAACGAUUUGUUUGAGGUUAUUACACAGUAAUUAGAAAUGGUAGAAAAUAUAAUCUAUUAUAGACAAGAUGAAAUUUACGAACGUUCCACUUUCAGACAGCAUUAUAAUUUAAUACAACUUUACAAAAUUUUCAAAUAUAAUUGUCAACUAUAUAAAAAUUGACUAUAAAAAAAACUACGAUUUGACUUCCAUCCCACUACCACGUUAUCACAUUUCCUACAUUAAUAACCAAAUAACAUAACCGUUCAUUUCGUUUGGUUAUGAUUUUUCAGUAACCUAUAUCUAAAAUGUACAACCAAAAUCGCCGAAACGACUUGUUUACAAAAUCUAGUAACCGGAUUACAUUUGGUUAUUCGCGAAAACACGCCUAAUAAAUAAACUCAAAUUAUCGAAACAUUAUAUUUAUUAUCGUUCGACUAUAGGUACCGAAAUUAGACAAUUUUCGACUCGGUGGUUUCAUUAUUACGCUCCGUUUGCCUCCGUUUUGGGUUAGGUAUACAUACAUGACAAUAUUUCUAUUUUUAAAACGGCUCUCUCGAACGCCACGGUGCAUGCGCAGUGUCUACACUUAUUGCUGUCGUAUCGUAUAGAAUAAAAUACGCCGGACGACGAUAAACGACCGGCGAGCUGUUGCCGAACUUUUUGUUGUUGUUGUUGAUGUGCUGCCGCGUAGUCGUAUCUACCCUGGCACGCGAUUAUGCCCAGUCCGCGAAUUUUCAAUGAAAACCUAUGUUGGUUAAACUAAUGUUUAGCGACCGAUUCGUAUAACUAAUAUGAAUUAUUUAUACAAAUACCACAACAUUUUGUAAGUUAUCGAUAUGUUUUUAUUGAAACCGAGGGUUCGAGGACUAAGGGGGGGGGGAGGGAGCGGGCGGGCUUGUGUUGUCCCACCCUAUUUGCUUUGCUUACUCAUGACGUGUUCAAUAUGUGUACCUGUGCUUACCGUUUUCUACCCAUUACAACAUCGAAACAAAUAACUAAAAUGAUCGUAUUUUUGUUGUACCGUGCGCAGGUGCGUGGCCGUGGACGCGGGACAAGAGCUGUCGCUUCGGUUCGGCUGCCAGUUCUACGAGGUGAGCGCCGCCGAGAACUUUGCCGGCGUGUCGCUGGCGUUCCACUCGCUGUUGCGCGAGACCCGGGCGGUGCAGCUGCUCCGCGGGCUGCCCAUCAGGCGCAAGCUGGGCGUCAACAGCGUGUCCAAAGUGCUGGGCACGAUAUUCGGCAAGAACAGCAGCAAGCGCGACCGGAAGAAGCGGCCGUCGCUGAGCAUAUGACCCGCGUGGGCGUCCGCCGCAGCCGCCGUCGCCGCCACCGACGGUACCACGAACACGACGCUCACGCUGUGAAAAUCACAAAAAAUAAUAAUGAAACGCCGCGGUGACGGACGCGACUUACGGGUUUACGGGCGAAAAAAAAUCGCGUAGUAAUCCGCGCCCACGUUCUUCCCCGUCUCGUCGCCCUCCGGCGCCGCCAUCAUCGUUCAUAUAAAACCUAUAUAUAUAUACAUAUAAAUAAAUAUAUUUAUUUAUUAUAAACUGUAUAAUAUUUAUACGCGAUAACAAUAUUGUCAUUAAUAUUUCGUGGAUAAUUAUUAAUGUAUAAUAUAAUAUAAUUCAACUAUUAUAAUAGUAAUAAUAACAGUAAUAUUAAUAGUAAUAAUAAUAAUAAUAAUAAUAAUGUUAUGUGUAUGCGUGCGGCGGCGGUGUAUUCGUUACCGGACGGAGAAAAUAUCCGCGCGAACGCGAAACGAGACGCCCGCGCGCGUCUUCCCGGGCGAACCUCCGUAGACACGUACAAUUAUCGUGUGUGGCUGUAUGUGUGUGUGUGUGUGUGUGUGUGUGUGUCCAGAGGUACACCGGUGCAGGGGAAAUAGUGCGUGUCGCGUUCGCGUUUACCGUAAGUCCGGUGCGGCCCGAAAACCCGUUUUCGGCGGAAAAACCAACGGCGUUUUUUUUUUUUCUUUUGCAAAUUAUUCUUGUGCCAUCGGUAAUUUCUCCCGAAAAACUCCCGUGCACUUACCCCCGAUAGGAAUCAUUUUCGCAUUUCCAUCCAAUAGUGAAGCCUUGUCGACAUAAAAGACCCUUUUACCGUGUCACCAUAAUAACGUCGACGGUGUUUUGUUUUGUGCAAAGGCGUACACCACUAAACAAUUUCUUUCAAAUCGCGAAAAAACAGCAAAACAGUUUUAAUUGAUGUUUAUCGUGGAAAAAAACAAAAAUUACUCGCACACAUUAUACCUUUUGUACAAAUUAUACGCGCAUUGAAUGUGGUGUAGGCCCUUCUGGCGAAUCGGUGUUGAAUUCAUUUAUAUUUUAAAAGGGGGCCCGAAUAUAUUUUAGUCGACAAUACCGCCUUAAUUUUCUAUAUAUAAAUACGCCUUUUUACCGGAGGAAUACUGUCUGAAGAGUUUAACGUUCACCUUUGAUGGAUUCGAUAUUUUAGCUAUUAUCUUGAUAAUAUGUAUACGGUUUUUUACUUAAACUGAAAUUAACCAUGGCCCAGGUGACCCCCUAUAUACGCCAUGGUGUAGAACUAUUUCGGAACGCGUCGUAUCCCCUCCCGCCCCAGAUACGUGUUUCAAAAUUCAAACUGUUCUUGCAAUAGAUUGAUUGUCGGGAAAACAGUUGAAAAGAGCAGACAAAAAAAAAAACCUUGAAGAAAAACGUCAAUUUUCUCUCCCUCCUUCAAUGGUCCCUAUAUAAGCGACGACUCUUCCCUGGAAUGAAUUUCACGAGACUAUACACGUUAUUACCCACGCCCCUUCCAGAACCGGAUUUCAGGUACCCCGAUUUAACGAAAAGAAACACGGUCGCUAUUAAGUAAACAUUCGUUUUAUUUAUAUACUUUAAAUAUAAUAUAAAUUUAUUUAAACGUUGUGUAGGUUAGGUUAUAAAAAGCUACACCGAUUUUCUUACUCGGAGGUCUUAGGCAUAAGCCUACUUGCCCCUUCCCCAUAAUCCGGGUCUUACCUCCACCCACCGACCUAAUCCUUUGGACGAUCUUUUGCGAUCGUCAUUGUGAUGUAAUUUUUUUGUUUAUAAUUUCUCGUACUUUUUGGUUACUAGAAAACUUUCUCCAUCACUCUGAUCUCAUAUCAAUCGAAGCUUUUUUUUAUCGAUUAUUUUUCAUUGUAUUAUUAUAGUAAUAAUUUUUAGUGUCAGUCUUAGUGUAAUACAUUAUUGAAUUGGCGGAUUCGUAGGUAGUGCUUAAAGAAUAAAGAGAGCAAAUUUUAGAUUGUCAUUUUUUAAGUACCUAUAUAUAUAUAUAUAUAUAUAUAAAAAAAAAAAAAACUACAACAGUGAAAUCGACGAAUAACUAAUCACCGCGCUUUGUUGCUUAUAAAAUUUAAAACCCAUGCAAUUUCGAUCGAGUUUACUUUAUUAUUUAAUUGAAGAUGUUUAGUGGCAAAUAAUUGUUGUAAAAAACACAACAAGGUCCGGAAAUCCGCCUGUGUAUUUUGUAUAUUAUUUAUUAUCGUUUUAAUUGUAAAAUGUACAGGGAAAAAAAAUAAUUGUACAACGCCCUUGUCCCGCGACUAUUACGUUUUAUGAAUAGUCUACGGAGACGUCGUUGAUAGUUAGGACUAAUUUUUUAUUUUAGCCACGAUUUUUGUAAAUAAAAAAAUCCCGCCUCGUACCAAUUUAAAUUUUUAACUAAUAAUACAUAAAAACGACUUUAGGAAAUAUUUUUGUGUGUACAAUUUUUUAAAAACCGAUUUGUGUCUUGUCAUAGCCAUAGUGAGGUUCACAAAAUAUAAUAUUUAUACAA